AUGGCGACCCCCGAGGAGAAGGGGGGGAGGAAGCAGCGGCGGAGGAGCCGCACAGGCAAGUACCCCGAAGACCCCUGGGCGAAGGAGCCCUUGGAGGAAGGAGGCGAGAAGCUGAAGGCGAAAGAGGCCGGCCGGUCCACCGAGAAGAAGGGGGAGAGGGAGGAAGGGGAGAGGGAGGAGGAUCCCCUCCUCGAGUUCCAGGAACAGCAGGGGUAUCGAUGGCUCUACCACCGGAGUAGCAGCAGCAGCAGCUACGACGACAACUUUACCCCCUGGGACCUCCCCCCGGGGCGGCGGCAGGACCCGUCUGCCCUGCGCUUUGGCUUUGAGCAGGCGAGUUACUAUCGGGAGAGUCUCUUUAUCGCUCGCGCCUUGCAAUUCUCCCUGGGGCGUUUGAGUCGGGACGAGCGGCGGAGGUUCCUGGGGAAACUGCGCGAGAUCCCGCUCGAGGAGGGCUUCGUCCGCAUCCCCGAGGAGGCGCUUCAGGAGGCAGGCGCCUCUCGCCUCCGAGACCUGCUGCUCAGCUACUACGGCGGAACUUACGCAGUCGAGGUGGCGGCCGGCGCGCUGAGGGCCGUUGACUGCGAGUACGAGGCGGACAUGCUCCUUCUCUCCGUCGGAGAACGUAAGUCUUUGGUGUUUCGUGACCUUCGCAGCCGUUCAGUCUGACAGCAGAUCCUUCCAUCCCUGGUUGCGCCAGCCCAGCGCUGAGCUGCAGCCGUGAAGGAGGGAAGGGAAAACAACCACGGGCUUGGAAUGUUUGGAAGCGCCUUACUUUAGCGCCAGGCAUUUAGCGCAUAUGGAAUAAUUUGGUAUGUUUCAGCAAUCUGAUGGCUUUAAAAAUCACAAAUACCUCCAGCGCCCUUAGGACAGACAGAACAACAAAGAAUCAGCCUUAAGUACAAGGACAGGCCGUUCUUUGGACGCAGGGUUGAGCUUGUCUACCCUGCACAGGGUAAAAGGGAAAGUCCUUUUUCUUUCCUGCUUGAGCCCUGCAAAAAGUUUUAAUCAGGCCUGUAAAUUCAGAAGGUUUGCAGGCCAUCCUGACAUCUCUGGAACAGAGGAAGGUCCCAAAUGGGCCUCAUGGUCCAUCUAGCUCAGGAUUGCUAAUAUUGCCUGACUGUGGCUCUCCAGGGUUUCAGGCAGGAGUCUUUUGCAGCCCUACCUGGAGACACCAGGGAUUGAACCUGGGACCUUCUGCAUGCAAAGCAGGUGUUCUGCCACUGAGCCAUGGCUCUUCCCUGGUCAUCCAGCUGGAAGUGCUGCCUGCAGAAUGUCCUGCAGAAAGGUUGCUCUAGGAAGAGAAGGAGGAAUUUCCAUGCUUUAUGAUGGUAUAAAAUGGUUUAGUGAUGUUAAAAUCUAGUGAAUAAUCUUCUGGAGAAUAAUCUUUUGGAGAAUAUUCUCGAGAAUAUUAUCAAUUAAUGAGAAUGUUAGAGAAUUUUCAUUUAAAAUAGGAGGAUAUUCAUUUUAAUGCAUUGAAAUCGAUUUAAUUUUGAUGCAUUGAAAAUGAUAUAAUUAAUUAAUAUGCAAGUUUAUUCAUGGGUAAACUUGUUCAGAUGGCAACCAAAAACUGUACAGAUGCUUUUAUUCAAUGAGGCAAUGCAGUGAAUUCACAUUCUUUGAUUUUUUUGCACCAAACUUCAAAUUGAAAAAACAACGUGAAUGACUCGCGUUAAUCACUAAGCCUACCACCCACCAUUAACCGUAUAUUUACCAUCAACUUUGAAUUCUAAUUAUGUUGUGUAUGUUUGAAAUGUAGCUUUUAAAGUAAAAGGAAUAUUAAAAGAACCUCAGGUCCGCUAUAUGAGUACGUUCUUUAAUAAGCAUAUCUACAUGGUACAGUAUUUUCAGUACAACACUAAUAAAAUCAAUAUAAUGUUAAAAAUAAAUGCUAUUAUUUCCAGAAAAUAAAACACAAAUAAUCAGUAAUGACAAGUUACAUAACAUCAGAAAUGCAAAUUGCUAUCUGCUUAGUGUCGUCCGCAACUGGACUUAACGGUCAGGGGUGCCUUUACCUUUACCUUUAGACAAGUAAGGCAACACACAACAUAUUUAAAUUAUAACUGAUAAAUUGUGACAAGAAAAAAAAUCACACUGUAUGGCCAAGGGUAUACAAUUGCUAAGAAUAAGGUCACACCAAAAUAGAAAAAGGCUAUUACAUAUAGUUGAAAUACAAACAAAUUCAAAUGUUCAUCAAAUUUAAACAAAUAGCAUUUUUAAAAUGAAAAAAAAAAGUUUUUUGUAGCUCACAUUUCAUAAGUGCCAGUGGUGAAUGACACAUUGCCCAGUAAUGUAACUGGAUCAAAAAAUCCACUAUUCAUUAUUUACACUGGCAAUAUCACAGCUUGACUUAUUUUUUACUUGAUUUUUAAAAUGUGGGUUGUAAAACUUUUUCUUACAUUAGAAUUUACAGUUUGUGGAGAAUAUUCUAUACUCCCCCCCCCCCCAAACAGCUAGUGUGACACCCCUAGCCAUUGGUUAAAGAAAUAAGUGCUUACCCAGCAAGAAAUGCACUGGCACCAAGUAAAUAUAGAAAAAGACUGUUUUGGGGGCAGGGGGAGGGGGGGAAUAAAGCAGCCAAUUUUGACCUCUCCCUUACCUGCUUACAGGUUAUUAUAUGCAGAGCAAUGAAAGAAAGAAAAAAGUGUGGUAAGUCCAACACAAUUCUGUUUGCAGGAUGGGCAACUGUGUUGCUAAAACGAAUGGUGCUAAGGGAUUCGAUGAUAAGCAAGGGGGACAGGGGACUGACAACCCCCCAAAUUUCAAGGAGCGGGUUGGGUCCCCUCAAUAGUUUGUGCCCAUGACCAUGGGAGUAGGCAGAGGGCCAGCUGCCCCCCCCAAUCAAGUAAAUAAUAAUAAAAAGGCCCUUCCUGCUGUUGUGACAGACGCCAUCAGGCCUCCUCUCAUCACAUGCAAACCAUAAUUCUCUGACUUCAGACUUCUGCAUAUUAUCAUACAGCAUGCUUUGUAUGCAGGGCUGGCCCCAGACAUUUUAGUGACUGAGGCAAAUCACAUGGGUGUUUCCCCAGAAAUUGUAGUUUGCUAAGGGUGUGUGUGUGUGAAAACACAGGGGAAAGUCACUUCUCUCCUUUCUUUCCCUCCUGCCUUCAUUCCUUCUCAGCAGCCCCACCAGCAAUGAGCAGUGGCAGGAGAGCAUCAAUGGCAGGGAAACCCCUUGCCCUGCUGGGACCAGGGGGGCUGAGCCAGGCUGGGAUGGAGGAGGCAACCUGAGAUGAAGUGGCUGUUGCCUUGUGCUGGUGGAAAGGAGGCUGCCUGACCUGAAAGAGGAGGGGGAGCUGGACCUGACAGCCAAGACCAAUCAGCUGGAUAAUAAUAAUACCCUACCCAGAGGGGAGAGGGGGGAGGCACAGCUGCUGCAUCUUCCUUUCUCAGGAAGAUGGAAAAGUAUGGACAAAAGAGGCAGCUGGCUGGUUUGAGUAUAUUCUUGGCCAUUAAAAAAGAUGGCAAAUUACAUCAUGCUUUUCCCCCCAAUGUGGAAUAAAUCAGCAUAUUUUCCAGGUUGCAUAGAAAAGCAGAUCUCAGCAUGCUCAGAGGAUCAGUGAAGGCAGUAUACCAGUGGUGGAAAACUUCAGCCCUAGCUUGUAUCCUAAUCAGGUUCUAAUUCUCUCCCCACAGCAAUGCCUAAAAUAAAAUCAAUGUUUUUGCCACAGGUCAAUGAAAGGAGUCGUUUACACUGGUGAUGAAAUAGUCUGCAAGGGAAGAAAAGAAUUACUUGAAAUUAUUGAAAAGGACCUAGAAUUCUUUUUACAUGAAUUGUGCUAUGGCUUUAUUAUCACACCGAGAAAAUACUGGGAUUUGUGGAAAGCAGGAGAAAACUCCAAGGAGAAAAUUCAAAAAUUGCUGGAUAUGAUCCAGGAAAGGGGGGAGGCAACUUGUUGCUGGUUCCUGGAACAAGUAGAAAGGAAAUAUCCAGGCUCCAUUCAGAUUCUGCUAGUUGCAGUACAUGGUGAGUUUGACUUAGAGUACUUUCUAAGCUUCAAGGACAGUUCAGCUACCUUCCUCCUCCUUGCAACAGUCAUGUCAGGUAAAGAAUUAUCUUUUACAGGCUUGGGUAAAGAAUUGGUCCAGGGGACAGGCCCCUCAGGGCUGAAGUCAGAAUCCCCCCUGUUUGCGGAGGAAGGAAGAAGCAGUAAGGUGGAAAACCCAGCAGUUUGUGGGGAAAGUGUUGUGUGUCAUCUGUGUCCCUGUGAGGUAAGUGGCUGAACACAUGGGCCCAGGGGCAGCUGCCUCCCCCCAGUCAAGUAAAUGAAUAAAAAUACUUAACUAAAAGUAGGAAUUGUAGAAACAUUUUGACAGAUUUUUCUGAACAAAGUACCGUAUUUUUCGCUCGAUAAGAUGCACCUGACCAUAAGGCGCACCUAGGAGGAGGAAAACAAGAAAAAAAAUAUUCUGAACGAAACAGUGGAUGUAUGAUUUUUGUGGUUCAUGCUGUGGCCACAGACAUGAUAUGUGAUUUGACAGUGAGUUUGGGGUAGCCCAUGCUUUGUAACCACGUUUUUGUGCCAUUGCGGCCCCACGAAACAGUGGAUGUGUGGUCUUUUCGGUGCAGGCUGUAGCCAUGGACAUGCUAUGUGAUCUGAUGGAGAAUUUGGGGUGACCCAAUGCAAAAAUCCUGAGGAUCCAUGUGCUUUUACCUCCCUCCUUUAUCACUAGAGUCCCUUAUCUCCUCUCCCGAUCGCUUGCUGAUCAGCUGCUCAUCUGCUUUGUUUCAACACCCCCUUCCCUCUUUCUAAAAAAAAAAAAAAAAAGCACAAAUUGCUUUUAGACCCUGGGCAAUUCGGCUCCCGGGACCACGCAUUCACUCCAUAAGACGCACAGACAUUUCCCCUUACUUUUUAGGAGGAAAAAAGUGCGUCUUAUGGAGUGCAAAAUACAGUGAUUUUAAACAACUGUUGUUGAGACAUUUCAUUCCACAUCUGCAAGACACAGCCAGACAGAUUACUCCUGAGUGUCCCUGCUCAGGAACUGGAGCCAGACCAGCCGCCUGGUUCUCUAUGGAGCUGGUAAUGAAUAAGCGUGUGAGAGGGUGACUACAAGGAAGUUGGCAGAAUGAGUCUGACUGAACACAGACUAGAGCCUCUUUGAAGACCUAUUCUGUGGCAGUGCAUUCCCAUUUCCUGGAAUGGGAAUGUUUUCUUACGUUAACAUGGGUUUUUCCUUUCACUGUAUCUCUCAUGUGAUUGGUUGACUGUGGGUCACAUGAGAGAGGCAUUCCAUUCUGUUCCAACUGUUAUUCCAGUAACUAUCAUUUUCAACUGUCUUUCUGCUUCUCUCUCUGCGUGAGAGGAGGGAGAAUGGCUGCCAAGAGAGAGUUCUCAGGAUACUCAUUUGGGCAGUGUGUGUUAGUGUGAUCUGUCUAAAGUGAAACAGAAAGAGGAAGAUCCCUAAACGUUAAUAGGGAGAAACCUGUGCAGGGGUUCUCUGUAAGGAACAGGGAGAAUGCCACUGAGGUGAAAGAAAAAACCUUUCAUAAGAAACUGUCAGACCUGAGUGAGAACUACUAUGGCCAAAAUGAAGAAAGUAGCUCUAAAAGAGCCAUUAGUGGUCUGUAUUUGUGGGUUUGACACCAAGCAGUGUUCCUUGGUGUGGUCGUUUGGGUGUUAGAAACAGACAGGAAUGUCCUGCUUUCAGGUGGCAAAGGGGUAUGGCGGUCAUAUUAAUGAUAAAUUAUUUUGUAGCAGGAUCUUCCAGAAACAAUCAGACCAGAGGUGUUUUUGGACUCAGAAGUGAGUCGUGAAAGAUACAGGUGAGCAAUGUCUCUCUCAGAUUUUCAAAGCUUUCUCCUUUAAGGGAAAGUUAUCUACAUUGAAUAUCUUUUGGGGUUUCAGAGAAGUGUUCAGCAGAGCACAUUUGGUAUAUGAAGGUUUCACAAUCAUCACAUGUGGUGGUGCUCUCUAAAACGUUCCCAAACUACAUCUGUGUCAGGGACUGGGCAGAGGAGGAGUGGGGGAGACCGCCCCCCCCAAACCAUCCAGGGAGGAGGAAGAGGAAGACAGUAUAGAUUUACAACAGGGGGUUGAGGGAGGUCACAGCUCAGAGUCAGAUGAGAGGGAAAGUUGGGAAAUCAUGGGAGAGCAACACACAGCUAACAUGUCAUUAGAAAGCAUUCCAGACACUCCAUCUUCCAGAACCCAGUGAGCCUUUAAAGUAGGAGAGCUAAGAGGUCAAAGACAGCACCAAUAGAAGUGACGAAUGAGGAAGAGGGAUAGACGGGAUGUGUGGAGAUUCACACGGGACAACUCCAUUAUUGAAGAGACUGGGUUGUAUAGCCUCUCUCUGUAAAUAUUGAAUAAAAAAGGAUGGUAAGAAAUAUUCCCUUGUUACGAUAAUUUUCCGGGCAACAGCUGGGCGUUGCUGACAGCAUCCUGACAAUCUGUCACUUGCACAUUGCAUUCUUGGGUUCUCAGGAACAGAGCUGGGAAAAUAUUACGAUUCAACAUUGGUGUUGCUUAUAUCCAAUUGUUUAUAUCCCCCAUCCUCUGAGGAAUGGGCUUAGCAUCACAAAAUGAUGUCUAAGCCAAAGCAGAUUAUGAGGAAAGUGAAGUCUGUAAGUUUGGAGAAAAGGUUUUUCUACUCUUUAAAUAAAGGAGCUCAGACUUAUCAGAUCUUGCAACAUUGCAGGCACAUGGAGAAGAGCAGAAAGAAGGUGUGCCCAGGCAGAGAGGAGGAGAUAUAGUUUUGCCCACUUCCUGCCUGGGCACAAGGGGAUGUUCUCACAGAGCUCUUGCUAGCAAGUUUAUGGGAAAACCCUUUCAUGCGCCUAUCUAGCAAAACACAAAUUGUUGGUUCGACUGCAUUUUAAAUGUCUCACACAAAGAGCUCAUGGUUUUCCACUUUUCAGUUGUGAUCUUGGGGUUAAUUUUCCACAUCUCCAUUUCACUCUUUUACACCCUGCUUUCCAUAGGGGUUUAAGUGUGCGUAGGUCUCUUCCUAAUCUUCAUAGAAUCAUAGGAUUGUUGGAAGGUAUCCUGAGGGUCAUAUAGUACAAUCCUCUGCAAUGCCAGAAUAUGCAGCUGCCCCAUACAGGGAUAAAACUUGAAACCUUGGCAUUAUCAGCUCCAGGGCUUUUUUCAUCUGGACCUCACCAGAACUGAGUUCCAGCACCUCUCAGGUGAGCGCCAUGGCCAUUAUAAAAGAAGAAGGGAAGCGUUCAUGGUGAGUUCCAGCAUCUCUUUCUAGAAGAAUAACACUGAUCAGAACCGUGCUCUAACCCAUUUUAUUGUUUCUUUGAGAUUUUAUGGUCAAAUAUUAUUGGGGUGGGGAUUGCUUCCCAUCAUGGGGGAUGCAGAGGGUGUUCAGCUGGUGUUUAAUCCAUUUCUCUUUCCAUUUUCUACUUUGUGGCAUUCAGACUGUGUUUCACGGAGGCUGGAUCCUUCCUUUGCUUUUAUACUGAUGUCAUAUUUGAGGUGAGAGGAGCUGUGACCAUCACCUACCACUUUGAUUCAUGGUCUAAGCACCUGGCCGAACAGAACACGGAGGACUGGGUUGUCGCUGGGCCUUUGAUCAACAUUGAAGCAGAUCCAGCAGAGGCUGUGGCAGCUGUUCACUUCCCUCACUUCUUGUGUCUUGCAGGUAUGGCAGGUUAAAAAGGUUUGUAACAAAAUAAAUAUUGCAUGUAACUAGGAAGGAUGCAAUGAUGAGCUUUGUCUUUUUUUUUUUUAAUGAUAUUUAUUGGGGGGGAAUUUUUUUUUUUUGUUACAAAAAAAACAAAGUAGAAAAAGAGAAAAACAAACCACUUCCAACAAUACAAAUUCAAAUUCAAAACAAGAAAGAACAGAAAAAAAAACAAAAAUACACCACAAACAUUUAAAAACAUUUAAAAACAAAUCCAUUUGUCAGGGGUUCAGGAGCAGAGGCAAGGGCAAGGGAGGAAACAGAGAGCGAGGGGGAGGAGGCAGAAGAAAAGAUGAGUGAUGACGACGACCCGAGAUCUCCGAGUCUUUCCAGUGAAUCAGAAGAUUCACAGAAAGGAGCACCAGUGGCCAGGGCAAGGGGGAGCCUAGGGGACACUCCAGGAAGAUAGAGCCAGAGGGGACUCAGAGCGGACCAGUUGGAAAUCGGGACCAGCGUCACAGCCAGAGAGCAGGGAAGAGGAAGGGCGCCAGGGAUCAAGCGCUGGCAACUCACAACAGGGGGAGGGCACGAGUCAGGGAGGGCCACACCUCCAUCGGGAGCGAAGAAACGGUCAGACGGAAGGUGGAAGGUUGGGCGCGCGCGCCAAGUUCAAAUGCACAGGAAGGUGGCGCAGUAGGCAGCCCGGAAAGGGAGCCAGGUCCUAAAGCCCGCCGAAAGGAGGGAGAAGAGUCAGGGGGGUCAGCGUCAGAGGAAUCCCGGAAGGAAGAGACCCCGGGGGGCAGAGGGACCCAGAGAAGAACAGUCAGGCGGAAAAGGUGGAGCAGGGCUAGGAUAUUAAGUUGGUGUACAAGGGGCGGAGACUCAGACGGAGCUUCGCCGAUCUAACCAUGAGACGUAGAGUUGCACGCAGCAGCUUGAGAAUGGAAACUGUAACUCAAUAAAGACUUUUGUUUAAUGAUCGCUGGCUAGCGUGAUCCUCUGUGAGCUAGGAUCUGGAAGCAGCUCUGACACCAUUAUUCUCAAAUCCUCAACUGUCAUUACCUUCUUUCUUUGACCUCCUCCUCCUCCCUUUUUUUGUAUCCUAGUUGUUAAUUAUCACAGCAAAUCCUUUCCAUAUUUCAUAAUAUUCUGUCAUUACAUUACCUUAAACUAUUUUAAUCUUAUCUUUCUAUAAAAAAACCUUGAAACUUAAAACUUAAAUCUUAUCCUUACCAACUUCUCAUAACCAUAAUAUUCUUUCAUAAUUCUUUAAACAUUUUUACUAAAGCCGAGUAGUUUCAUUCCAACAUUUUUCUAACAUUCAUCAAUUUUAUAAAACAGUCCUAAUAGUAAAAAAGAAAUAAAAACAAAUCCAAUCUUCAUCCAGCGUCCCUUCCUCCUGGUCCCGGGUUUUGUCAGUCCUUAUUAUCCCAUUGAUCUAGUGCAUUAACCUGGCAACCUUAUAUCCGAGGCCCUUAAGUCUCUUCCAUGUCCCUUCCGCAGCUCUUCUUCAUAUUUGUAACUGUAUUUUCCCUUGUCUCCUGCUCGUGGGAACUCCAGCUUAGCAAUAUUUUUGACCCUUCUCAACAGAUCAGCCCCUUUUCCAUAUUCGACACUAAAUUCCAUGUGGUAUUUAAAAACAUGUUUCAAAAACCCUCCAAAAUUAAGAGCCCCCACAAUCCCAAACAUCUCACGGCCCAUUGCCAGAUUUGAAAAGUCCAAACAUCCCUGCAUGGGGGGGGGGUCAAUCCAGCCCCCCAUUUCCAAGCCAAACCAAACUUUUUCUUUCCAAAUCUGGCUUUUUCCAAGUUCAUUUGUCAAAUCCGAAACUCAUAUUCCUGUUGGGCCUGUUCUGUCAAGACACACUCGUGAUUUAAUUCCUGGGUGGGCUCCACAUAUUUUCCCACUGUCUGUUCAAAGUUUCCCACUGCCUGUUCAAAAUUUCUAAUCGAAUUCGCCAUCAAAUUCGUCUUCUCAUGUAACUGUUCCAGUAGGGCAUUUGUUUUAUAGAAAGCACACAACAGAGCUUCUGAAUACAUUGUCCUGCAAGGUCAGAUGCCUCUUCCCACGAUUGUAAUCUGUAACAGCUGCCGGCUCCCUGGAGUUAGUUACAGUUUCACAGUCUCCCUCUAGGGGGAAAACUUCUAUUUAUUCUUGCAACCAAGUUUUCCUUUUUGAGAUAUUUUGUCAAUAUUUGUUCCUUUAAACUGCGAAAGGAAACAGUGGAAUCACUAUGUUUCUCCUCUUUUAGCUAUCUGUCAAAAACGUUUGUCUCUGGUCAAUGAGCUUCAAACGUCAGUCCUGACACCCCGCUCCAGGAUCAGGACGGUGGAAAGUUACUUUACUUUAAACUCACUUCUGCAGGUUUAAACAGUCCGAAAAAGAUCCCGCUUCUUCUCCUGCUGUCGAAGGGGGGUUCCACAAUUUUAAAUGAUGAAAUCCAAUCCUUUAGAGGCGAUUUUCUGAGCUCUAGUUUACGUUGUCUUUGCUUUAUUCUGUCUACAAAAGAACGGAAGGCUGACUUCCUGUUUAGACCUUCCCGUUUCAUUUUUUAUUAUUAUUAAUAUUUAUUAAAUUUUCAAAGAAUAACAACAAAAGUUCCAAAAAAGUUGAAAAUACAAAAAGCAAAAAUGAUAAAGAAAUAAAAAAGGAAAAACCCAACCAUAAAGAAAAAAAGAAAAAAGGAAAAACAAAAGUAUAAAAUCAUUUACGAUCUCUAUUAACUUCCUUUCUAGACUUCCUCCUCCUCCCCUCUCUUGUUUCUUAAUUUUUAAUUUUUACAGCAAAUCCUUUCUGUUUUUUCAUAACAUUCUAUCAUUACAUUUCCUUAUUCUACUUCCCUCUUGUCAUAUAAAAACUUUAAAACUCAAAGCUUAUAUUCAGUAUUUACCAAAUUCUUACAUCAUUACCUUUUACAAAUCAUUUACCAAUCAUUACUUAAGCCAUAUAGUUUCAUUCAACAUCUUUCAAACAUUUAUGAACGUUCCCAAUAUUGAAAAAUAGAAAGAUAAAAUAAAAUAAUAAGUCAGACACAAUCCAGUCAACUUCCAGCGCCCCCUCCCCUGGACCCGGGAUUGUCAGUCCUUUUAACCUCAAUAGUCCAGCUCCUUAACCUGGUUGUCUCGUGUCCGAGGCCCUCAAAUCUCUUUCUUGCCCCUUUCGCAGCUCUUCUUGAUGUUUCCCUUUCAGUCGUGGGUACUCCAGCAGAAAGAUACUUUUGACCCUUUGCAACAAGUCCAUCCCAUGCCCAUUGUCCAAGCCAGACAGCAGAUAAUACCACUUCAAGUUUCCUUGAAACUUGGAGGCUCCGACUACUCCAAUCCUCUGAUGGCCCAUCACCAGACUCGGAAAGUCCAGAUAACCAUAUAAAGGGGGUCAAUCCAUCCCCCAUUUCCAAAUCUAACCACAUUUCAUCUUUCCGAAUCUGAUUUAUCCCAAGUUCAUUUAUCAAGUUCAAAGGCUGAUCCUGCCGGUCCAAAGGUCCCUCCAUCUCUGAAGCCUCCAUCACUACAGCAGGUUCAUAUACUUGUAGAUAUUUUAACUGAGUUCCAUUUACUUGCUGCUGUGCUCUGGUAACUUCCGUCAUCAAGGUCGUCUCCUGACGCAUCUGGUCCAGCUGGGCACUUAGUUUUGAAAAACCUUCCAGGAACAUUUGUUCAAGCCUUUGUACAAGCAUUGUCCUUCAAGGUCAAAGAAAAUUCUUUCCCACGAUUAUAGUCCUUCACUUUUAAGCUCUCUGCGUUGCAAUUUCACUAAAUCCCACUAGAGGGAAAACCUUCUUUUUUUCCUUUUUUUUUUUUUUUAUAAAGGAAAAAAAGAUCAGCAACAGUCUUUCUUUUCCAGAUACACUUUAUCCAAAGUUCCCCCUUCAAAUUCAAGAGGCAACAGUAGAGUCACAAUGUUACCUUUCUUUUAACUAUCUAUCGAGCUGGACAAGCUUCAAGACGUCAGUUCUGACAGCCCACUCCUGGUUCAGGGCGGUGGAAAAUUACUUUGUUUUAAACUCACUUCCGCAGGGUUAAAAAGUCCAAAACAACCCCCUUCUUCUCCUGCAGUCAAAGGGGGGUUCAGAAAUCUUAGAUGUUGAAUUCUAGUUCUCUCAGAAUUUAAUUUUCAAGCUUUAGUAUAUUUUGUCUUUGCUUUCUUCACGUAACAAAAGAACGGAAGGCUGACUUCCUGUUUAGACCUUUCCGUUCCAAGUCCCAAUUAAAUUCAAUUUCAAGUCCAAUUUAUUUAUUUAAAAGUAAUUCAGCUCUUCCAAGAUCAGGUACUCACGGAUAGAUGUUUUAAAUGCCAAAUUGUCCCAGGAAAAAGGCAGCGCUCUCCGGAAACGGCAGUGCGGCUUUGCUGCACGAAAGAAGCAGUCGACUCACAGCACCACGCACCUCCCACUCCGGAGCCCGUUACCGGGCUCCUGUACAAAGGGAGAGAGCGCUCACGGUGCCCGCUGAGUCCCACGUCCACAGGCUUCAUCCGCCUGUGGGUUUUAGGGGUCCCCGCUGCGCCGUAGCGGUAGGACCCAAGCUUCCGUGCAGCGGGUUCCCUUCAACUUGAAGGGAAUUCCGCCAUUUUCCGGAGGCGCCACCCCGGAAGUCUAGACCUUCCCGUUUCAGUACCAAAUUGAAAUAAAUUUUUAAGUCCAAUUCCUUUCUGCUCGCAAGUCCUUAUUUAAAGUACAGUUGUUCAAAGUUUAAGUACUCACGCGUGCUUAUUUUAGUAUCCAAAUUGUCCCAGGAAAAAGGCAGUGCUCUCCGGCAACAGCUAUGCGGCUUCGCUCCACGGAAAUAGCAGUUGACUCACAGCACCGCGCCACUUCCCCCUCUUCACUUCGGAGCCCGUUAGUGGGUUCCUUUGCGGGUUGGGGGGGCGCUAAAGGUGCCCGCUGAGUCCCAUGGUCACAGGCUUCAUCCGCCUGUGAUUUUUAAAAGGGUCCCCGCUUCGCCGUAGCAGAGAAGACCCGUUUCCCGCGGAGCUAGUCCCUCCAGUUCAGAGGGAGUCCGCCAUUGCCGAUGGCGCCACCCCGGAAGUCUCCAAUGAUGAGCUUUGUCAUCCAAACUCAAGGGAGGUCAUGCCCAGGCUGGCUGCAGAGGAGUGGUGGGAGGCACCAGUUGGGGAACUCCCAAGGGAACCCCCAGGGGAAGAAGGCUCAGAGCCAGGAGAGUGCUGGUGGGAGAAUGAUGAGGGAUCAGAGGCAGCAGCCUGGGAGGAGGUGGUGUUGCAGGUUGGAGAGGGAACAGGGUUUAGUGAGCAAGAAGAGGCUGUGACCGAGAGCAGUGCAGAAUUGGGGGCAGAAGUGAAGGUUGGAGAGGAGGGGGACUAGGAGACAGAUGUGAGACAGGCUGCUAAAUAAGUCAGGGCAGCCUCCCCCUCCUUUUGCAGCCUGUUCCUUUCUCCAUUCGUCUCCCAGAAUCAGAAGUGGUAUGAAGAAGGCAGAGCAAAUACAGACAUAGUUUUGGAAUCUCAGAUCGCUUUGGGAAGGACCUGGGGGAGAAAGAGCCUUAGGGAACAGCCUCAUAGGGGCUAGAUGUACCGGAAUGAGUUGCAGUGCAGGGUUGACUUCACUGACACUGGGUGUUUUAUUGCUGACCUGCUCUUGACUCCAGUUCCUGGUGGACAGCUCCACAGUUUCCCACUUGUAACAUGUCUGUUUGUUUUUUCUUUUGCUCAUUUCAAGGUAAAGAUGGUUCCCAAGUCCUCAUUGCACAUUUUGUGGAAGGCGGCAUGAGUCUAGAGAAGCCAGACAGAGUGGGGCCAUAUCAUGUUGUGUUGGAAAACCCAAACUUCUCUCCACGUGGAGCCAUUUUGAAAACAUCAUGGUCAUGGUUUAAGCGGAAGAUAAUAGUGCACACUGUAGCACUGCUCUAUCAAAUGGUUCAAUUCCAGCCACCAACAUUCCACCUGUACCUUCUGCCCAAUGACCAUUCCAUAACAAAGGUAACCAGGAUUCUGCAACUCUGAUUGGUAUUCCAGACGUCCUGGAUCUUUUGCUUGACCAUAGGAAGCCUGACAGGGCAGCUAUACAAAAUUAUGCACCAGAGUGUGUCAUGGUUUAUGAACUGUAUCUCCUUUUGUUGGGCUUGAAGUAAUUUGCCAGACUGCUAGCCAACAUCAUAUUACCUAUCCAUAUUUUGGUCUCUGCUACUGAAGUGGUUUAGUUUUUUUAUAUCACUGAUGGAGAUCCUGUGUCCCUUCAAAUGUUUUGGGACUACAAAACCCAUCAUUCCUGACUCAUGACAUCUGGCAGGUUGCAGGUUCCCCAUCCCUGCCUUAAAUGCUGCAACAAAGCCAAGAAAGGGGUAGGGAUCCAGUCUUCCAGAAAUUGGUUACCUUUCUUGCAUAACUCAGAAGUGCCCUUCUUUGCCUUUCCCAGGCAGUUCAUGAGCAUGAAGUACAGUGCCCUUCACAGAGAAUAGACAAACCCCCCUGGACCCUGAGGCCUCUGACGAUUGGCUGCCACUUCUUUGUGGAGACAAAUGAUGUCAGAGUCUGUCCUAAGGUGAGAUGCAAAGAUGAUGAAAGGCUUUGCUAGGGCAGAGCCAAUGCUGUAAAGUAUGAGAAUGGGAGGGACUCCACCAGGAUCCCUUGUCACGCUUUAAUUUGACUCCCUUGGACUGGUCAAUUGGGCUAAGCCUUGUUUGCACAUAAGGAGGUUUUAUGCUUCCUCACAGGAAGUGGAGUUUCAAUAUUUGGAUGCUGACAAGAUGCAGCAGUACGUGGAACUGUCUGCUGAGCAAAUGCAAGACAUGUUCAACUUUAGUGUGAUGGACAAGCGCACAAAUGAACUCAUCUGGGAGGCCCUUGUGACACAAAGUGAGUUGGAUUGGAGGAAGAUCAGAUGGUUUGACCAUAAUUGGGGAGGCAGGAUGGAAAAUGACACCCCAGUCACAUUCCCUCUUUGACUGCUUCAUUCCUGUUCUCUUUCAGAAGAGUUAAAGUCUCCUGAGAUGACGUCUUCUCCUUCAAGCUCAGAGCAAGGUCUGCAGGUUUUAAUUGCUUAUUUCCUCGUAGUUAAAUCCCACCUUCCUCCCAAUGGCAGCACAGAGUGGCUGGUGAUACAGUACCAUAGAAAAGUCACUUUUGUAAUGUUAGGGAAUCGCCUUCCGGUGCAGGUUCCCCAUUGCUUUAUAGUCUCCUUUGGUGCCAGAUGAAGUUCUUUCCACGCAGCUAAAUUUUGUAGAAACAGCUUUGGCUUGGAUUCAGCACACCAAGUGUGCUAACGGAAUCCAGUGCAAAUGCUCAAGAUACUUCAAUUGGGCUUUCCUCCCUUCACCCGCCACUUCCCUCAAAUGCACUUUGGAGGGUCAAGGCGAACCCCCAGAACAGCCAGAAAGGGUGCAGUGUGUGUACUUGGCUGUUGGGGAGGGAUAGCUCUGUCUGGCAAGCAGGAAAGGUCACAGAGGGUGACAUUUAAUUUAUCCCUGUAUGUUUUACAGCCUGGGCUUCUUAGUUUUCAGCUGAGUGUCAGUUGUUAAACUAUUUUUCUAAUUGCAUGUUAAUGUGUGUGUUUGUUGCUCUGUUUUUCCUUGUGAGCCAACUUUGGAAAUUGUGUUAUGAAGGGGUAGUGCAAGUGUAAGACUUUAACAAGUAACAUAUGUGACACAGAGUCCAAAAAGGUGGUAUUCUUCCAAGGACAGGGGCCUUGUGGGUAGUUUUCAUGGAUUUACAUGCUGGCAGAAUGGCCUCUCUCUCUCUACAGUAUUGCAGCAGACCCCUGCCGGCAGUCCUGGUUUGCACCCCCAAAAAAUCGUUCACCCGGGACGAUGGCCCCCUGGGCCCCCCACGCUAUACCCCUGCUACAACUAUGAUGUAGAAUGGAAGGUGAGAAGCGUGUGAGUGUGCAAAAUUUUGGUGUCACACACAACACUGCUGUAAUUUGAGACCCGAAGGUCCUCUACUGGUUAACGUUCCAUGAUUAUCAUUUCCCCGUGAUCCCUCCUUGUUUCCUACCUAUCCAUAAACUUUCUCUCUCUCUUUUCCAGGUGCUUGUUGCUGCACUCUGACCCAUGCUGCUUCCAGCAGCACUGACUCAGGACAUGGUGUGGAAAGCAGGUAGGUCUUGACAUUCCCUUUCCUCACACAAAGCCAGUCCUGCUAUUAGGGACAGUUCAGCAGCUGCCACAGGCAGACAGCAGAUGUUGGGGGGGGGGUGCUGUUUAGGCAUUGGCUGCACUGCUGUUGCUGGAGGAGCAGGAACAUGCAAACGUGUAAAGUCAACAGAAGCUAAAUUGGGUAUCUCUCUACAUAUUGGUUGCAUGCAAGGCUCCCCUCAGGGCAGGAGGAGGUUUAGCUCCAAUCCCAGCAUUGUGUUGCUCGGACCUCGAAUCACUGAUCAAAGAUGGCUCUCUAAACUUCAAAGCAACUUCAGGCCACCCCUCUUUCCCCUCCCUCAGUGCCAGUCACAGUCAUGGAAGGUGACAGCACCUCCUGAUGAUGUAGUUCCUUCCCAUAUCCCUUUGCUGAGCUUCUCUUGUUUUGUGUCUGCUUUUGCCUGCUGUUGGAGGCGCCAGUGCAGAGUGAAGGUGAGGACCAUCAGAGAACGUCUGGUGUCCGUCCUGGAGAAUCUGGAUGAGGAUGAACUCAAGAGGUUCAAGCUCAAUCUCAGCGAUUCCCCCAUCAGGGGUGGCUAUGACAACAUCCCUCGAGGGAGGCUAAUGAAGGCGGAUGUCAUGGACCUGAGCUUGCUGCUGCUUGGUUUCUACAUGGAAGAUGCUGUGCAGGUGGCGGCUGAGGUGCUCAGAGCCAUCAACUGCAGGCCUGAGGCAGAGAGGCUCAUCGCCCUCUCUGAGACUGAGUAAGAAAGAAGGAAUUCCAGCUCACAGAACUUGCUAGGAUGGAAGGCAAAUGGAGUGCCACCUGCCCCCCCCCCCCGCAAAUGCAGAGUGGUGGAUUGAUAAUCUCUUCAUGGGGGCAGUGGGGAUGAGAGAAUAGAAACCUUACAUCAGGGAUAACCAACCUGGUGCCCUUCAGUAGUUGGCUUAUCUUUUUUAUUUAACAGAAUGUGUGUAAUGCUCAGUUAUAAGAAACAAAUCUCUAAGCUAUUUGUAUAAAACACAAAAUAUUAUUUUUAAAAGUCAGAAGUUUAAAAUGAGUUGAGCUUAAAAAUUUCAAAAUGUUAAUAGUAUCAGCAGCUAAAAUAUAAUUUUUAAAAUAAAAUCACCUAUUAAAAUACGUGUCAGCUUUACGUAUCUGGGUAGGCUUGCCUAAACAAAUAUUUUUUUUAGCAGGCACUGAGCAUAGUACAAAGAAGACAGCUGUCAAUGGGCAAGCCGUUCCAGAGUGUAGGUGCUGCCUUGCUAGAAUAUGGAUUCCCUAGAGGUGUUGGACUGCUGCUCCCAUCAGUCCCAGCCAGCACUGCUAAAGAUCAGGCAUGAUGGGAGUUGUAGUCCUGCAGUUUACUUAGGGCACUGUGUUGGCUACCGCUGCUGUACAUAAAAAAGCUGUUUGCUCUGGGGCAAUGUUGUUGGAGAUAAGAAGACAUGGAUCUAGUUGUGCAUCCACACCACAUUUUUAAUGCACAUUUAGAGCAUGUGGCUUCCCCCAAAGCAUCCUGGGAACUGUAGUUUAGCCUUUCACAGGGCUGAAAUACACCAUGCUCUAAAUACAAUACUGUUCCCAGGAUUCUUUGGAGGAAUUUAUGCACUUAAAUGGUGUCGAUCAGCCCUUCGUCUUGUGUCCCUCAGAUCUGAGGCUUACAGAAGAGCACUUCACAUGGUCACGCAAGAUGGGAGUUGUAGUCCAGCAUCUUCUGGAGGGCACCAUAUUGACUACCCCUGAUUCACAUGGUCUCAUGUUCCCCAGUUUGGGGAGUUUUGCUACAACAUGAUCAGGGGACAGCUUGCUCUGCCUGGGAACAGGUACAUCAGUGAAGCUUCUCACAAAUUUAGGGAUGUGUUUCUCACUUUAGGUAAAACUUGCCCUUUCUAACUUCCUGGACCCCUUGCCUGCACCCACCAUAAUACUUUAGGAUUACCUGCAUAGGCCACCACUUGGAACAUUCUAGAGCUGUUUUUCAACUUUGGAUCCCCUGAUGUUGCUGAACUUCAACUCCCACCCUCUUUGAGGUCAGGUUAAGCUAGCUGGGGGUGAUGGAACUUGUAGACCAACAACAUCUGGGGGCCCAAAGUUGAAGAUCAUUCUCUAGAGUAGGAACAGGUAACUGUUGAACCUCCAGAAGUUGUUGAACCAACUCCCAUCACACCCAGCCAGCCUGGCCAAUGGAGCCCAGGAUGGUGGGAGUUGUAGUUCAGCAACAUUUGGCGGGCCAAAGGUUUCCCACACUUUAGAAAUUUGGGGGCUUCUUUUCCCUUCAUUUCCUGACAGUAUUUAAUUGCUUCACACAUGUACUCAAUGAUCCCUUUUUUCCUUCCUCCAGGAAGUAGUUCAUGCUGAAACCUGUGCCUUAGAACUUAAGAAGAGUUUGCUGGAUCAGGCCAGCAUCCUGUUCUCACCACUGCCAGCCAGAUGGCUGUGGGAAACCUGCAAGUGCAACAACUCGCUCCCUUUCUGUGGUUUCCAGCAACUGGUAUUCAGAAACAUUUCUGCCUCUGACUGAGGAGGGAGAGCACAGCCAUCAUGGCAAGGAGCCGUGUCUUCCAUGAAGUUGUCCAGUAAUUUUUUUGAAACCACCCAAGUUGGUGACCAGCACUGUCUUCUGUGGAAGUGAGUUCCAUGGUCUAACUCUGCGCUGUGUGAAGCACUUCUAUCUGUCCUGUGUCUUCCAACAUCCAGACUCAUUGGAUGCUCACUGGUUCUAGCUUUCCAAGAAAGGGAUAAAAACAUUUCUCUGUCCACUUUGCUCACACCCUGAAUAAUGUUAUAAACUUCUACCAUGUCCUCUCUUACCUUUUCUCUAAACAGUCUGAAACCCUGCAGCCGCUCUCAUAUGGGAGUUGCUGCAUCCCCUCAAUCAUUUGCCCUUUUCUGAACAUUUUCCAACUCUACAAUGUCCUUUUUGCGGUGUGGAACCAGAACUGUACACAGUAUUCCAAAUGUGGUUGGCCAUGGAUUUGCAAAAUGGUAUGAUAUUCACAGUUUUAAGUUCAGCUCCUUUCCUAAUGAUCCCCAGCAUGGAAUUGGACUUUUUCACAGCUGCCGCACACUAGAUCCACCUCUUCAUCAUGCUACCCACUGUGAAUUUUAGCCCAUUGAGCUCUUAAGAAUUCUCCCACAAAAUCCCUAGCCUUUCCCAACAGAGCUUCAGUUUCCAGACCUCCAGGGAAAUACCAAUGAGCCACACAAAGCAGUUCUGGUAUUUCCCCCUUUAUUCCCUUAUAAAAGAAAAGACACGACACAGUCUUCUAUAAAAAGAGUUUACUCACAUUCUGUUCACAAUUGGAUCCCAGAAGGCAAACUUAGUUUUCAGGUGUAUGUUAUUUUUCACAGCUAACUCAUAAGGAGACAGUCCCUUUGUCCUCUCUUGGCUGGAGGCCAAGAGAGCAUCUUUGGCUAAGCAGAUGUUGCUUCUUCAACUAAAGUAGUCAGAGAGAGAGAGAUGGCUGCCCUGCCCUGUGCUAUUGUUGUUACCUGCACGGGUGAGGCCACACCCACCUCUAGUCACAUGCAGAGGAAGUUUACCUGCUGGCUGGACAAACAUUCCUCCCCAUGUGUAAACGUUCACUCUAGGAAUGUUGUACUUAACUGCUCUUGUGUUUGACAUACCACAGCAGAGCUGUCUCAUUCACUAAGCACAGUGCCUCUGGUGAGCAAAGUCCCUCCUGAGGCUGCAGUUCAGUGCAUGUUCCUUUCCUAACAGGACUUUUUCUCUCACUGGGAGAUGUACAUCUUGGGAGGAGGAGCAGGUUUCAAUCCCAGGAGAUGAACAGAAUCUCAGGAGAUGAAGCCAGAGAGAGCCAGCCUGUCCUUCUCCGAACUUCCUGGGUGGUGGUGACUCCAAGUUGGUUUGCCUUAGGGCUUCCUAACAUUUCUCCUUUCCAGUUUGUACAUUGUAAAUAAAAGUACUUUGUAAUAAAGAUAUUUUACCAAUAACAUUCUGUCCUUUUCAUUAGGCCUGCAUAAGCUUCCAAUAUUCUUUCAUCCAAAGGAAACUGGUCCAAGAGGUCUCUCUCAAUUUUUGGUACACUUCAUCAUGGGAAUUUGGUUAUUUGAAAGAAAUGAGAGGAAUAGUCUGGGAUGCACAGAAGUCCACCCAAGAUUUCUGGGCACCUGCGCUAGAUAUUGAAGAAAGCCCUCUUCUAACCAGCUCCCUACAGAUCCAGAUAAUUUGAUCAGGACCGACCUACCAGAGAACUUGGGGGAGUUCUCCUUCCUAUCCCUAGUCCAAUCCACUUCCCGGAGCCUGUGCCUGGUCGCUGCAGUUCAGGGGAGCCAACUUGAAUUAAAUAUGUGGGCGGGGGGGGGGGGCUUAGGUAAGCCUUGCCCCACAUAAUCGAUCACAAGAUCACACCCUUUGAAUGGCAAUGACCGUCAACCUCGGAGGUGGAUCUGGCCCCCUCAAAUAUUUGAGGGGGCACAGGGCCCUGGCUCGUAUGCUGCAGUUAAUCCCAUUGAAGAUCUGGGCUGUCAGGUGUGGGGCGUCUUCCUCCGUGUAGUAGCGAAGCCGGAGCAGGCUCACGUGCGUUUGUGGUACCCGCUCCUUCAGCGCCAUCCAUCGAUGGGAAUUGCCUUCAGUUUCCCCCUGAACUUCCGCAGCUCGUCUUUCUCCAAGUUCUCGAGGGGGUCCAUCAGGCACCGGAGCGUAGGCGUUGCAAGGAUUUUUUUUGGGGGGGUGGACCGUUGUUAGGGGGGCAGAACCGACGUGAUUGUUCAGUUAAGUAUUUCUCUUCUUUUACUUCAUCUAGGCCCCCCUGGUUGCGCCCCCCCUGCACCGGCCGGCCGUCUUCGGGAUCCCGCAGCCAAAAGGUGGGCAGCCACUUUGGGUUCUUCGAAGAAGAGGAGGCGGCCAAGGGCUUCCCUUCCGCGCUGAGAAAGAGGCGCGCUCCACCCUCUUUCUUUGCUCACCUGGCGGUUUUGUUUCUGCCCUUCUGGGUCCUGCGGUUCAGCAAGGGCGGAUGUGCUCCUUUUGGCAACAAGGGGAGAGGAGGGAGGGAGAUGCUCCUGGCUGAUACACGAUUAGAAGUUGAGCCAAACUUGGAAGGAAGCGGCGUGUUUUCAUUUUGCCGUCCCCCCCCCCCCGCCAGCCAGCCAAUCUUCUGGGAGCGCCGGGAAGACCCUUCCCACGUUCUCGCCUUCCCAGGUCCGGCGCUGAUUCUCUGCUCGGCGGGAGGAAACCUCGGGAGUCUCCGCCCCCGCCAAGCGCCCGCGGAGGAGCCGCUUCCCCGAGGGCGUCGCCCGCUUCCUUCUUCCUCCUUUCGGACGCUGCCGCCUCUCCGGCUCUGCCGCGGGGCGCGACUUUCCUCUGGGCAGGGGCGCCAUGGCGACCCCCGAAUACAACUGGGCGAAGGAGGCCCUGAAGGAAGGAGGCGAGAAGCUGAAGGCGAAAGAGGCCGGCAGGUCCACCGAGAAGAAGGGGGAGAGGGAGGUGGAUCCCCUCCUCAAGUUGCGGAGGUCCCUAAGGCUCAAGGGUGUGCUCCCGAGUAGCAGCAGCAGCGGCGGCGACGACAGGGAUCCCAACAGGUGGCGAUUGCAGCAGUCGGUCGUCCCGCAGUCUCUCUCUGAGUGGGAGAAUGUCUCUCUCGCUCUGCUCCCUGUCGUUCGCGCCUUGCAAUUCUCCCUGGGGCGUUUGAGUCGGGACGAGCGGUGGAGGUUCCGGCGCAAACUGCGCGAGAUCCCGCUCGAGGAGGGCUUCGUCCGCAUCCCCGAGGAGGCGCUGCAGGAGGCAGGCGCCUCUCGCCUCGUAUACCUGCUGCUCAGCUACUACGGCGGAACUUACGCAGUCGAGGUGGCUGCCGACGCGCUGAGGGCCAUUGACUGCAAGUACGAGGCGGGCAGGUUCCCCUACAUCAUGGAACGUAAGUCUUUGGUGGAUCCUGACCUUCGCCGCCGUUCAGCCUGACAGCAGAUCUUUCCUUCCCUGGUUGCGCCAGCCCAGCGCUGAGCUGCAGCCGUGAAGAAGGGAAGGAAAAACAACACAACCAUGGGCUUGGAAUGUUUGGAACUAUCUUUACUUUAGCGCCAGGCAUUUAGCGGAUAUGGAACAAUUUGGUAUGUUUUAACCGUCUGAUUGCUAUUGCUUAAAAUAUUACAAAUACCUUCAGCGCCCUUAGGACACACAGAACAGCAAAGAAUCAGCCUUCAGCAAAAGGGCUGGCCGUUUUUUGGACUCAGGAUAGAGCUUGUCCCUUUGUAGAAGGGAAAGUCCUUUUUCUUUCCUGCUUGAGCCCUGCAAAAAAAUUAAAUCAGGCCUGUAAGUUCAGAAAGUUUGCAGGCCAGGAACAGAGGAAGGUCCCAAAUGGGCCUCAUGGUCCAUCUAGCUCAGGAUUGCUAAUCUUGCCUGACUGCGGCUCUCCAGGGUUCCAGGCAGGAGUCUUUCGCAGCCCUACCUGGAGACACCAGGGAUUGAACCUGGGACCUUCUGCAGUCAAAGCAGGUGUUCUGCCACUGAGCCAUGGCUCUUCCCUGGUCAUCCAGCUGGAAGUGCUGCCUGCUGAAUGUCCUGCAAAUAGAUUGCACUAGGAAGAGGAGGAGGAAUUUCCAUGCUUUAUGAUGGUAUAAGCAGGUUCCCUGGAUUUUCUGUUCAAUACUUCCACUACAGCACAGUCUCCAAAUGGCUGUCUGCUGAACAUGCUGCAUGCCAUUAUUACAGGAUGACGUCAGAUGAUUAUUAUAAAUAAGGAACUGGGUUUCCACCCCACAAUAAACUUUAGGUUAACCUUCCUUCAAAUCAGCCUGCAGCGCGCCCGAGCCACACAUCUCUCCCAAGAAAUCUUCUGUUGUAAUUUUUGUUGCUCCACAAAAGUCUUCCAUAUUACAGAGUUUAAAAUAAUACCUAAAUAAGACCAUAGGAAUUUGACACUGUACUGGCAUAGUUCCUGUUUCUGCUCUAAUACUAGCUGCUGGAGUUGGGGGGGGGGAUAAACCGAGUAGUCUUAUUAGAAAUUAAUUUCUCCCCAAUACGUUAACUGUGGGAGCACCUAACCAUUAUUUGUUCUCAGUGCAGAGACAAUCAUGUUUCCACCUUUGCUUCUGGUAAAACUAAGAAUUGCUUGUGCAGAUCUUGAUGUCUUCAAGGCCUAAGUGCUGCUAUAUGGUACCAAGUACCAAGUACUUUUAUCGGAGAACAAAUCUCCAAAUAAUUGAAAUGUCUCACUUGUUCAAUUAUUUGUUCAUUUAGGAACCAUUUAUGCUUCACAGGCUGUGCCUCAAAUACUACAGCUUUUGUCUUGGAAUAAUUUAUAUUCAAACCUUUGUUAGGACAAACUACUAAAGUUCUUUAGUAAUCCCCUCAUACCCACGUGUUUGUUCUCAUAGCACCAUAUUGCCGGCAUAUAGCAAGAUGGAUACCUUAUGGGAUAAAAGUGUAACAGGAAAAAAUUCUGGUUGUUUUAGUUCUAGUUAUUACAUCAUUUACAUAAAUGUUAAACAGCAGGGGUGCCAAUAAGCACCCUUGUUCUACUCCAUUUGUUGUCAGAACUAGAGCUGUCAAGUGUCAACUGACCAUUCACCCCUACUCUUUCUCUCAUAUACAUUUCACAGUCUGAUAUCCACUGGAAUUCCAAAGGGCUAGUGUCACACAAACAUCAAUGGUUAAAGGAAAAUGUGCUUACCCAGCAAGAAAUGCACUGGUGCUAAUUAAAUAUAGCAAAAGACUGCUGGGGGCAGGGAUAAAACAGCCAGUUUUGACCUCUCCCUUACCUGUCCACAGGUUACAGUGUCAUGCUCCCUUAUAUGCAGAGGAAUGUACGAAAGAAAAAUGUGUGGUAAGUCCCAUUGCAGUUCUACUUGCAGCUUACAGUGGAAGAGCAUUGAUUGGAUGGUGUGAGAAUCAGAUCUUAGCUUGGGAGGGAGCUUCAUCCAGGAAAAAGGAUGGGCAAAUGUGUCACUGGAAUGGACAGUGCUAAGGGAUUUAGUGAUAAGUAUCACUUCCUAGGAACGGGGUUGCUAGGUGAUGCUGGUGUACUAGUAAAGAGACACAAGUAGUUCAGUGGUCCUCAGGAACCUGAUGGAUGGGGGAACGGGAGAAGCAGCCUUGAGGAGAGGCUUGUGUGUGAGUCCAGAGGGCAACUUCUCAGCCAUUUCUAUGACUUCAAGCUUCUGCUUAUUAUUAUGGAGCAUGGUUUGCAUGCAGGGCUGGCCCCAGAUAUUUCGGCGCCUGAGGCAAAUCAAAUUGGUUCUCCCCCUGGAAUUGUAGUUUGCUAAGGGACUCACUCUCUUUCUACACACACACACACACAAAACACAGGCCCGGAAAACACUUGUCUCCUUUCUUUCCCUCUUGCCUUCCUUCUCAGUAGCCCAACCAGUGAUAAGCAGUGGCAGGAGCAGCAUCAGUGGCCAGGAAGACCCUUACCCGGCUGUGGGUGGGCAGUGCUGGGGCCAGGGUCUGAGCCAAGUUGUGAUGGAAAAGGAAAUCUGAGAGCCACCAAAGAUGCAGCAGCCAGUGUGACUGAAGGAGGGAGCUGAGGAGAGAGAGGACCCUGGCUUUGCAGCAUCCUUCCUAGAUCAGCUUCUGCUCCUCUCAUGGAGAAGGAAAAUGAAAGGGAAAUCUCAUGCAGUUAAGAGGGGUCUUUAACCAGGGUGGCAAUCUUUUUCCACAAUGCAUGUUAUGUACACACAUGCAGACACUACCCCUCCUUUUGAAAUUCAACACCUAAAUGUAUACAGAAUCCAGAUCUGUGGGUGGUGGGCUCUGGGAGAUGGGCUGUCAAGCUAAUAAGUCUAAUUUGAAGCCUCUUGUUAACUUGGUAGAUAAGCAAGCCAAAUUUUCUUCUAGAAAGACUGCCCCAUUCUCCUCCCAGUUUAUUUCUGAAAUCUAUUCUUUACAGCUGCCCUGGGGCAGAAGGUUUUCCCACUUUGGUCUUUAAAAAAAACCUAAAAGAAAACUGUGAUUGGCUAGUUUGUCAGCCCCUCCCCCAUGAAGUGGCUUUUUCCUUCUGCUGGUGGAAAGUAGGCUGCCUUACCUGAAAGAGGAGGCAGAGCUGGACCUGACAGCCAAGACCAAUCAGCUUAAUAAUAAUAAUAAUAAUAAUAAUAAUAAUAAUAAAUUAAUUAAUAAUAAUAUCAUAGUCCAGAGGGGAGAGGGGGAAGCACAGCUGCUGCAUCUUCCUUUCUCAGGAAGAUGGAAAAAUAUGGACAAGAGAGGCAGCUGACUGGUUUGAGUCCCUGCUGCAGAUUCAGGCCAGCAGCGCAGCUUCACCCCCACCCACCACCUGCCACACAACUUCCUUUACGGUCUCCAUUUUGAAAAUCACUCUAUUACAACUUUGCCCUCCUUGUUCCUUAGGGGUGUGGAUGAAGUUGUAACACUUCCAUUUUCAAAAUAGAGACCUGCAAGGAAGGGCAGAUAUGCAGUUUUUGAGGAGGAGGAGGAGGAAGUGGUGAGUUAGCGGUCGGUGGAGAAGGAGAGGCAGCAAGAGGGCCUGUGGAAGAGCUGGUCACAGAGGCAGUGGCAGGCAGAUUUGACACCCCUCUUAGGAGGGUCCAGGUAUGCCUCCCCCCCCCCCGACAGCUUUCCCUCCCCUCUUCGUGGGCAGCCUGGCUGUGUCUGCAUGUAGAACGUAUAAUAACAAAGUCAGCAGGGGCGCCUGCCUUGGAUGAAACCUAGAGAGGAGUGCAAAAUGUAUCACAAAUACUGUGUAUAUUCUUGGCCAUUAAAAAAGGGGUGGCAAAUUACAUCAUGAUUUCUUUUCAGUGUGGAGUAAAUCAACAUAUUUUUCAGGUUGCAAAGGAAAAGCAGAGCUCAACAUUCUCAGUGGAUGAGUGAAAGCAGUAUACUAGGGGUGGAAAAAUUAAGCCCCAGUUGUAUCCUAAUCAAGCUCUAAUUCUCUGCCCACAACAAUGCCUAAUAUAAAAUAAAUGUUUUUGCCACAGGUCACUGGAAGGAGUCAUUAUCACUGGUGAUGAAAUAGUCUGCAAGGGAAGAAAAGAAUUACUUGAAAUUAUUGAAAAGGACCUAGAAUUCUUUUUAGAUGAAUUAUACUAUGGCUUUAUUAUCACACAAAAAGAAUACAGGGACUUGUGGAAAGCAGAGGAAGACUCCAAAGAGAAAAGUCAAAAACUGCUGAAUAUGAUCCAGGAAAGGGGGGAGGCAACUUGUUGCUGGUUCCUGGAACAAGUAGAAAGGAAAUAUCCAGGCUCCAUUCAGAUUCUGCUAGUUGCAGUACAUGGUGAGUUUGACUUAGAGUAUUUUCUGAACUUCAAGGACAGUUCAACUACCUUCCUCAUCCUUGCAACAGUCGUGUCAGGUAAAGAAUUGUCUUUUACAGGCUCGGGUAAAAAAUUGUUCCAGGCGACAAGCCCCUCAGGGCUGAAGUCAGAAUCUCCCCUAUUUGCAGAGGAAGGAAGAAGCAGCAAGAUGGAAAACCCAGCAGUUUGCAGGGAAAGUGUUGUGUGUAAUCUGUGUCCCUGUGAGGUAAGUGGCUGAACAGAUGGGCCCAGACUAGGGGGUGGUGGUGGGGAGAGCUGCCUCCACCCAAUGAAGUAAAUGAAUAAAAAUACUUAACUAAAAGUAGAAAUUGCAGAAAGAUUUUGACAGAUUUUUCUGAGCACUUGGGGUGAAAAAAAGUAUUUUUUAUUUUUAUUUUUUUCCAAUUCAAUGCUUUAUUGAGUUUCAUAAAUAACAAAAAACAAUCCAAAAAUGAUCUUAUGUAAGUAAUCUUAUGUAAAUAUACAGAUAAAAAUUGAUUCAACCUUAUACAAUCUCUUUAGUUCAACAUUCUUACUAAAGUGUAAUCGACUUCCCGUCAACUCCCAAUGCAGUUAACAUUUCUAAUAUCGAGUGUACUUAUAAUUAUUACCUUCAUCUAUUUAUAUUUUUUAAUACAUUUUUACAACAUAUCGUACCAAUUUUCCUUAUUUCUUUGUUAUUAUUUUACACAAGGGUCACUCAAAUACAGCCAUAGAUAUCACACCACUGUUACAUUAUUGUAAAUAUAGCUUAAACAUGUCCCAUUUUUGAAUAAAUGAUUGUUUUUUAUUACCUCUCAUCCAAUUAGUCAGUUGUGCCAUUUAUGCAUAUUCUAGUAAUUUAUUCUGCCAUUCCAUUCUCGUUGGAACCCUUGCCCCUUUCCAGUUUAUUGCAAUUAAGGUUCUGGUGGUGGCUGUUGCGUAUAGCUGUUGUUGAGACAUUUCAUUCCAAAUCUGCAAGACACAGCCAGACAGAUUACUCUUGAGUGUCCCUGCUCAGGAACUGGAGCCAAACCAGCCGCCUGGUUCUCUAGGGAGCUGGUAAUGAUUACGGUAAAUGUGAGAGAGGGUGACUACAAAGAACUUGGCAGAAUGAGUCCGUCUGAACACAGACUAGAGCCUCUUUGAAGACCUAUUCUUUGCCAGUGCAUUCCCAUUUCCUGGAAUGGAGAUGUUUUCUUAUGUUAAAUGACUGUGUACUUUAAGGGGGGGCGUGUUCCUUUCGCUGUAUCUCUCACGUGAUUGGCUGACUGUGGGUCACAUGAGAGAGGCAUUCCAUUCUCUUCCAACUAUUAUUCUGGUAACUGUCUUUUUCAACAGUCUUUCUGCCUCUCUCUCUGCGUGUGAGGAGGGAGAAUGGCUGCCGAGAGAGAUCUCAGGCUACUGAGACAUUGUUAGGAAGAUAAGAAGUUUUUCUGUAUGCCACCACUGCUGCAAGGGUACUUAUAGUAAAACAUUGGAAGAGUGACAGAAUUCCCACUAAAUCUGAAUGGUUACUAAAGCUGGUAGAACAUGCUGAAUUAGACAGUCUCUCGGAAAAGAUCAAAGUUAAGUCAAAACAGGAGUUCAUUUCAAACUGGGAACCUCUAAGGAGAUAUUUAAAGAACAAUUGUUGCAAUCUGAACUUGAUAGCAGCCUUUGAGUAAUCUCUGUGAGAAAACAGAUUUAAUUUCAUGAGUAAUAUAUUGAGGCAAUAGGUUUAUUAGAGUGGAAAAACUGGGAAAGGACAGGAAGUCAAGCUUAUGUAUUAAAUGUAUUGUAGGAGGACUUACAUUCUUUUGUUGGAUUUUCGUUUCGACAAAAUUGACUAAUGUAAAAUAAGGAAAGUAUGUCUUUGAUGUACAGAUGCAAGUAUGAACAAUAAAGCAUAUAUAUAUAUAUAUAUAUAUAUAUAUAUAUAUAUAUAUAGAUAGUGUUACAGGAUGGAGAUUUAUUGGACCUUGAAGGGUUUAAUAACUGCUGUGGGUGGCAUGCAUAUUUAGGAUACGAAAAGGUAAAAGUUCACAGGGGAUUUACCAAUCAUAUCAUAAGAAAAUCGAUAUACAGAGCAUGGGCAAAAUACAAAGAACUACUAGAACCGAAGACACCCGGGGCCGCUAGGGGCGCCUUGGAAGAUGGCAGAUAAUACCAUCUAUCCAGCCCGCACGAGGUAAUUUGAGGCUGAUUAUGGGGAGUAAAUCAGUCUUCCCCGUCUCUCCAGGGAAUGGAGAGACGCAGUUUUCACCCGCGGUUGCCAUAAAUCACCCCCGAGUUCGGAAGAAGGAGGGGUGAGAGGGACUGGGUGCACAACCCUUGGCGGGUCUCGGCACUCCUCCGAAACUGUUUCCAGGAGCGAAACUAGUUGCGUUACCUAAAAGGAAAAAUUUGGAGAUAGCCAACGCACAUGCUUUGAGAGAGGCAGGAGGUUUUAUCUGCUAAUAAUUUUGCCACUGAAAGGAAGAAGAUUGAGACGGAAGAUUACAUCAAAGUACUGCAGACAUGCUGGUAUGUGGAAGGCAACGGAAUGGAGAGGGGGGGAAACGACUUUUUAUUUUUUGUUUCAUGUGAUUACCUAAUAACCCUCCCCCUCAGAAGAUCCGUCACAAUAACUAAUUGGCAAAUGGGGUUAAAAACGAGUUGUGUGGGGGAAAAUAAUAUGAAUUUAAAGGUUUUACUCUGUGAAGGUUUUGGAAAAACAAAGGCUCUCUUUGUGACGCAGCAAGAAUUGAGAUUUGAUACAAAAGGACAGACAUCUGUUGCAGGGAGUUUGGUCUUAGGGAGGGCGAGCCGAAGAUUUGUUAUCUGCAUGGGACUGUGAACUGGAAGCGGCAGCCCUCCUGGAAAAGACUAAUUUACGAUGCAACAGGUCUGGAAAAAACGAGCGAGCUUUUAGAUUGUAUUUCAUCGGAAUGACAAGAUGGCAUUUGCCCGCUCGAGUGGAAACAUCUGGACUGUUGGAGGAGAGUGAUUCAUGAGAGAGCAAUACAGAAUCCACACAGAAAUAUAAAUAAUUGUUUGUUUAUCCCACUUGCGGAGAUAAUUCGGAGGUGAAUGAAAAGGAAAAUGAGUAACGACAAGGAUUGAGAAGAGGGACUGAAAAUAUCAUUGUAAAUAUGAAAGCAGCAAAAAUAUUCAAGGAUUGGACUCCUGCCGAUCAAGAAGCAUGGGUACCCCCCACAAAAAAAUCUACAAUUGGGAAAUAAUUGGAUUGUAUGAUGUGUAUUGUUAUAAUUUAGAUUUAUUGGUUUGAUAUGUUUAAUUUGGUAAAUGGAAACUUAAUAAAAAUUAUUUUUUUAAAAAAGCAAAGAACCGAAGACACCCUGGUGGAUUUCACCCUUAGAAGCGAUAAUGGUAAAAAAGAAAAAUAUGGAACUAAAUUGGGCUACAUAUAAGGAUUUAUUAAAAGGGGGGGGGGGGAGCUGAUAUUAAAAGAUUACAAGAAAAUAAGGCAUCAUCUAACAGGGUGGAUUCAGUAUCACCAACUAAAUGAAGUGUUCAAAGCAGAUGAGAAAAGAGGCUUUUGAAAGGAAAUCUCAUUACUAGAUAAAGAAUUAUUACAAAAUAAGACCAAGGUAACUUCUAAAAUUUAUGAAACACUACUGGAGUGGGAGGUGAAGGACGAGCAGGUAAUGAUUAGAUGGGCUAUAGAUAUAGGUAAAACUACCAAAUUAUCAUCAUGGGAAAAAUUAUGGAAAGAGAGUUGGCAAUUUAUGGCUUGUGAAGCGAUAAGGGUAAAUUUAAUAAAGAUGUUUUACAGACGGUAUUUAACACCAACCAAAAUAUGUAAAAGGGACACGGGUGGAGCUGUGGCCUAAACCACUGAGCCUAGGGCUUGCCGAUCGGAAGGUCGGCGGUUCGAAUCCCCACAACAGGAUGAGCUCCCAUUGCUUGGUCCCAGCUCCUGCCAACCUAUCAGUUUGAAAGCACGUCAAGGUGCAAGUAGAUAAAUAGGUACCGCUCUGGUGGGUAGGUAAAUGGUGUUUCCGUGUGCUGCUCUGUAGACAAAUGUUGGCUCCCUUGGCCAGUAAAGCGAGAUGAGCGCCGCAACCCCAGAGUCGUUCAUGACUGGACUUAACUGUCAGGGGUCUGUUACCUUUUUAAAAAUAUGUAAAAUGUAUAAAACAAAAUCAAAUCAAAGUUGGAGGUGUAACAAAUACAUAUGUGUCAUACAUAUGUAUUGGACAUGAUAAAAUCAAAGGCUUCUGGGAUAUGGUGUAUGAAGAGUUAAAGAAAAUGUUUAAACAAAACUUUGUUAAGAAAACAGAAGCUUUGUUAUUGGGGAAACUAGACACAGAUAUUGCCAGAGAAAAUAAUAAAAUAUUCCUUUACGCCACGGGAGUGGCAAGAACACUAAUUGCCAAAAAUUGGGAAAAAGAAAUAAUCCCAACAAAAAAAGAAUGGCAAGACAAAUUAUAUGAUUAUAUUGAAUUGGCCAGAUUGACAGAGGCAAUUAGGAGUCAAACCAACCCAAGCAAAAAUUCCAAAAAGAAUGAGUAAAAUACAGAGAAUAUCUUAAAAAGCAGUGCCCUCAAAUGAAUACUUGGACUUGUUUUGAUUAACUUCUGCAAAAUAGUUUAUGGUACUUAAGUUAAAAACAGAAAGAAAAAGGGGUAAUAAUGAACUAAAAAGGAGACAGUUUACCAAAAGCGAUAAAAGAACCAUGUUGAGGAUGAAGUAAGUCAGUUGGAAGAAAAGAAGAAGUGUAAUAUGGUGUGUGUGUGUGUGGGUGUUUGUUUGUUUGUGUGUGUGUGUGUGUGUGUGUGUGUGUGUGUGUCUACUUGUUUUGUAUAAGUUUUCGUACGUUAUUAUGUUUUAUUUGUAGUUUUUUGUUUUGUUGUUUCUGUUUGUUGUUUGUCUGUCUUUUGAUUCUGUAUUAUUAUUUUCAUGUUCAGUUUGACAAGUGUGUGUGUAUGUUGUAAAUAAACUUUCUCUCUCUCUCUCUCUCUAUAUAUAUAUAUAUUAAAGUGAAACAGAAAGAGAAAGAUCCCUAAAUGUUAAUAGGGAGAAAACUGAGCCAGGGCUCUCUGUAAGGAACAGGGGGAAUACUGCUGAGGUGAAAGAAAAAACCUUUCAUAAGAAACUGUAAGACCUGAGUGAGAACUACUAUGGCCAAAAUGAAUGCAGAACAAAGUAGCUAUAUUUGGAUUUGUGGGUUUGACCUCAAGCAGUGCUCCUUGGUGUGGUCGUAUGGGUGUUAGAAACAGACAGGAAUGUCCUGCUUUCAGGUGGAAAAGGGGUCUGGUGCCCAUAUUAAUGAUAAAUUAUUUUGUAACAGGAUCUUCCAGAGACAAUCAGACCAGAGGUGUUUUGGACUCAGAAACAAGUCAUGAAAGAUACAGGUGAGCAAUGUCUCUCUCAGAUCUUGCAGAGCUUUCUCCUUUAAGGGAAAGUUGAUUUUCUUUUUAGGUUUCAGAGAAGUGUUCCGCAGAACACAUUUGGUAUAUGAAGGUCUCACAAUCAUCACAUGUGGUGGUGCUCUCUAAAACGUUCCCAAACUACAUCUGUGUCAGGGACAGGCCAGAGGAGGAGUGGUGGAGACGGUAUAGAUUUACAGCAGGGGUUUGAGGGAGGUCACAGCUCAGAGUCAGAUGAGAGGGAAAGUUGGGAAAUCAUGGGAGAGCCAGAGCAACGCACAGCUAACAUGUUAUCAUUAGAAAGCAUUCCAGACCCUCCAUCUUCCAGAACCUGGCAAGUCUUAAAAGUAGGAGAGCAAAGAUCCCACCCAUACUGUCUUCCUCUUCUUCCUCCCUGGAAGUUUUUUUUUGGGGGGGGGCGAGUUUGGAGUGGGGAUUGCUUCCCAUCAGGAAGAUGCAGAGGGUUUCCGGCUCGUGUUCAAUCCACUUCUCUUUCCAUUUUCCCCUUUGUGCCAUUCAGACUAUGCUUCACGGAGGCUGGAUCCUUCCUUUGCUUUUAUACUGAUGUCAUAUUUGAGGUGAGAGGAGCUGUGACCAUCACCUACCACUUUGAUUCAUGGUCUAAGCACCUGGCCGAACAGAACAUGAAGAAUUGGGUUGUCGCUGGGCCUUUGAUCAACAUUGAAUCAGAUCCAGCAGAGGCUGUGGCAGCUGUUCACUUCCCUCACUUCUUGUGUCUUGCAGGUAUGGCAGACGAAAAAGUUUGUAACAAAAUAAAUAUUGCAUGUAACAGGAUGAGUGCAGUGAUGAGCUUUGUCAUCCAAACUCAAGGGAGGUCAUGCCCAGGCUGGCUGCAGAGGAGUGGUGGGAGGCACCAGUUGGGGAACCCCCAAGGGAACCCCCAGGGGAAGAAGGCUCAGAGCCAGGAGAUUGCUGGUGGGACAAUGACGAGGGAUCAGAGGGAGCAGCCUGGGAGGAGGUGAUGUUGGAGGUUGGAGAGGGAACAGGCUUUAGUGAGCAGGAAGAGGCUGUGACCGAGAGCGGUGCAGAAUUGGGGGCAGAAGUGGAGACUGGAGAGGAAGGGGGCCAGGAGACAGAUGUGAGGCAGGCCGCUGAGAAGCCAGGGAGUCUCCCCUCCUGAUGUGACCAGCUUUCUUCUCCAUUCGUCUCCCAGAAUCAGAAGUGGUAUGAAGAAGGCAGGGCAAAUACAGACAUGGUGAUGUAAUCUAAGAUUGCUUGGGAAGGAGCCUUAGGGAACUGCCUCUAUGGGCCAAAUCUACUGGAAUGUGUUGCUGUGCUCACUAGGCCUGGCAUCCUGGGAUGGCCUUGUUUCCUUGAAUAAAGGGUUUAUUUCACUGAAACAAGGUGUUUUAUUGCUGACCUGCUCUUUUAUGCUUCUUUCCAGGUAAAGAUGGUUCCCAAGUCCACAUUGCACAUUUUAUGGAAGGGAGGAUGAGCCUAGAGAAGCCAAACAGAGUGGGGCCGUAUCAUGUUGUGUUGGAAAACCCAAACUUCUCUUCCCAUGGAGCCAUUUCGGAAAUACCAUUGUUUAAGCGAAUGAGAAAGGUCCACACUGUGGCACUGCUUUAUCAAAUGGUUCAGUUCCAGCCACCAAAAUUCCACCUGUACCUCCUACCCAAUGACUCUUCCGUGAGAAAGGUAACUGGGAUUCUCCAACUCUGAUUGGUAUUCCAGAUGGCCUGGAUCAUUUGCUUGAUCAUAGGAAGUCUGACAGAGUAGCUAUGCAAAAUAAUGCAUCAGAGUGUGUUAUGGCUCAUGAAGUGUACCACCCUGUGUUGGCUUGAACUAAUUUACGAAACUUCUCACUAACAUCAACAUGCCCCUAGAGAGAUCAGUAGUUGCCCUUCACUGAGUGACAUUUCCAAUGCUAGGCAGCCUCCUUUCCAGAGGGCGAAUGCCAUGCCUGGUUCCAUAGACGACAGCAUUGUCACUGAAUUUGCUUAGGAAUUGGCUUGGUAUUUACUAGCUUUCUCCAAGAACUCAUGAGGGAAAAUGUUGCUUUUGGUUUGCAAAGUUGGCACAUGAUAGAUAAAUUGCCUUCUCAAUUUCACGUAUUCCUAAGAAUAUUAUGUUAUGUUUUGAUCAAAGUGUAAUGCUUUCUAUGGUUUCCUGCGUUGCCUCCUCAAGAGAGUUAGCAGGGUGACCCAGGAUAGCUGGUACCUCUGCUGUUUCAUAGGUCAAGCUGGCCAAUUAUGUGGGAAUGUUCAGGGAUGCAGGAGAGGAUAUAUUGUGAGAUUAUAUCCUUAUCCAACUUGUGCUAACAAGCUCCCAAAAUACCGUAUUUUGUGCUCCAUAGGACGCUCCGGCCCAUAGGACGCACCUAGUUUUUUGGGGGGGGAAAUAAAGAAAAAAAAAUUUAUUUCCCCCCCAGGUGCGGGGCUGGAAGAACUAGGUCGGGGAACAGCGGGAAGGUGCGCUCUGCCUCCCCGCUGUCCCCCGAGCUUGUGGGGCUGGCGAUGGGGAGAAGUGCGCUGAUCCCGGGACUGCAGGCAGCUCUGCGCGGCCAUCCGGAGCGGGGCGGGACUUCGCGCCCGGCUCCCGGUGGCCGCGCAGAGCUGCGCUGAUCCCGGGACUGCAGGCAGCUCUGCGCGGCCAUCCGGAGCGGGGCGGGACUCGCGCCCGGCUCCCGGUGGCCGCGCAGAGCUGCGCUGAUCCCGGGACUGCAGGCAGCUCUGCGCGGCCAUCCGGAGCGGGGCGGGACUUCGCGCCCGGCUCCCGGUGGCCGCGCAGAGCUGCGAUGAUCCCGGGACUGCAUGCAGCUCGGCACGGCCAUCCGGAGCGGGGCGGGACUUCGCGCCCGGCUCCUGAUGGCCGCGCAGAGCUGCGCUGAUCCCGGGACUGCAGGCAGCUCUGCGCGGCCAUCCGGAGCGGGGCGGGACUUCGCGCCCGGCUCCCGGUGGCCGCGCAGAGCUGCGCUGAUCCCGGGACUGCAGGCAGCUCUGCGCAACCCUCGGAGCCGGUCUCCCGAGGGUUGCGCAGACCUUCCUGAAGCCUGGAGAGCGAGAGGGGUCAGUGCGCACCGACCCCUCUCACUCUCCAGGCUUCAGCGAAAGCCUGCAUUCGCCCCAUAGGACGCACACACAUUUCCCCUUCAUUUUUGGAGGGGAAAAAGUGCGUCCUAUAGGGCGAAAAAUACGGUAUCAGCAGAGUAAGACAUUCCCCUUUUUAAGUUCGCAACGGUAACGUGUGCUCAGGUUCGCUAGAACCUCUAUAACAAUCACUCUGGUAAUUUCCCCUUUGUUCCCUCUUAAAAUACAAGACACGACACAGUCUUUCAUAAAAGUAUAAAGAGAAUUUACUCACGUUUUGUUCACAAUAGGAUCUCAGAAGGCAGACAGGCUUAAAAAGGUAAAAUACAUUUAGAAUCUAUCUUAUAGGAAGAUAGUCCCUUUCUCCUCUCUUGGCUGGGAGCCAAGAGGGCAUCUUUAGAUGUUGCUUCUUCAAAGGAAGAUGGCAGAGAGAGAGAGAGAGGCAAGAGAGAGAUGGCUACCCCUGCCCUGUGCUUUUAUCAUUACCUGCACAGGUGAGGCCACACCCACCUCUGGUCACAUGUGGAGGAAGUCUGUCCCAGGAAGUUUACCUGCUGGCUGGACAGACACCCCUCCCCAUGUCUUAACAUGUACACUCUAGGAAUGUUGUAAUUGACUGCUCCUGUGUUUUGCAUCCCACAAAUUCAGGGGUCCAGAAUAGAGUUCCCCAGGUGGUCAGAAAAUUGCCUGUCCAUAUUUUGGUCUCUACUACCAAAGUGGUUUGGUUUUCUUUAUAUUACUGAUAGAGAUCCUGUGUCCCUUUAAAUUCUGUGGGACUACAAAGCCCAUCAUUCCUGACCUAUACUGUCUGUGGCUGAUAGGAAUCCACAGGUUGCAGGUUCUCCAUCCCUACCUUACAAGCUGCAACAGAGCCAAGCAAGGGGUAGAGAUCCAGUCUUCCAGAAGUUGGUUACCUUUCUUGCAUAUCUCAGAAGUGACCUUCUUUGCCUUUCCCAGGCGGUUGAUGAUAAUGAACCACGUAGUCGUUCACAGAAAAUAGAGAAGCCCCCUUGCACUCUGAGACCUCUGAGAAUUGGCUGUCGCUUCUUUGUGGAGACAAAUGGUGCUAAAAUUUGCCCCAAGGUGAGGCACAAAGAUGAUGAAAAGCUUUGCUAGGGUACAGCCAAGGCUGUGAAGUAUGAGAAUGGAGGGGACUCCACCAGAUCCCUCGUCACACCUUAAUUUGACUCCCACAUAAGGUUUAAUGCAGGGGUUGGCAAACCAAGUUCCACGGGCUGGAUCAGGCCCAAUUGCCUUCAAGAUCCGGCCCAUGGACUGUCCGUGGAUCAGCGUGGGGAUUCUGUUCGUUCGGGCUGCGCCAUCCCCCCCCCCACAGUGCCAUUCCAUCCCCGCCCUACUCUAUCACACAUACCGCGGCACCACCUCCUCUCUCCUGGCUUCUCCCCACCCUGCCUAGAGAAGGAAGGGGGCUGGACUGAACUGGCUGACUGACAUUUUAAACAGCCCCUCUCCAGAGCCAGCCCUUUUGCACUGCUCAUCUUCCCUCUGCUGCCGCUGCACUGGUGCUCCUGUGGGCCAGAGAGUGGAGUGGACAAGCUCACUCUGCCUACCCACGAGAAGCAGCGGUGGUGGUAGCCCCAGGGAAGGUAAGCUGGGGGUGGGGGUGGGGAGGAGGGCUACUUGCCCCCCUCGCCUCUUCUUCCAGCCCCCCCCCCCAGUGUCGCUUUUCCAGCCCGCCACAAGGUCUGAGGGACAGUGGACCAGUCCGUGGCUAAAUUUUUUUCCCAACCCCUGGUUUAAUGCUUCCCCACAGGAAGUGAAGUUUCAAUACCUGGAUGCUGACAAGCUGCAGCAAUAUGUGGAACUGUCUGCUGAGCAAAUGCAAGACACAUUCAACUUCCGUGUGAUGGACAAGCGCAAGAAUAAACUCAUCUGGGAGGCCCAUGUGACACAAGGUGAGUUUGAAUGGAGGAAGAUCAGAAGGUUGGACCAUAAUUUGGGAGGCAGGGUGAUAAAGGACAUGCCAGUCACAUUCCCUCUUUUGACUGCCUCUUUCCUGUUCUGUUUCAGAAGAGUUAAAGUCCCCUGAGAUGACUUCUCCUCUUCUACAUGCAGCACAAGGUCAGCAGGUUUUAAUUAUUUCCUCAUACUUAAAUCUCACCUUCCUCCCAAUGGGAGCACAGAAACUUCCGGCAGCAGGCAGGGUCAGACAGAGAUCCCUGAAUGGGGGCGUGAUUUCUACUGGUAUGUUUUACAACCUAGGCUUCUCAGUUUUCAACUUAGCGUCAGUUGUUAAAAUAUUGUUUUUAAUGGGUUUAAUUGGUUUUCUAACUGCAUGUUAAUGUGUGUUCUUGUUGCUUUGUUUUUCCUUGUGAGCCAGCUAGAGAACUUUUGUUAUGAAGUGGCAAUAUAAGUGUAACACAGUAAGGUUUAUUGCACAGAGUCCUAAAAAGUGGCUUUCUUCCCAGGGUAGAGGCCUUGUGGGUAAAGUUUUCAUGGAUUUAAAAGCUGGCAUAAUGGCCACUCUCUUCCCACAGAAGAAAGGAAGGAUCAUGGGAGACCCCCACUGCAGGCAGGGUGGAACAGGGAUCACUGUGUGUCUGGUUUGGGCCCUGUAAAAAUUGUGCAUGUGGGGCUUAUGCCCCCUGGCACCCCACACUGCUAUAAUGUAGAAUGGAAGGUGAGAAGUGGGGGCUAGAAAUUUUUGAUGUUGCACAAUGCGCUGCUAUAAUUUGAGACCCGAAAGCGUGGCACAGGUUCAUGUCCCAUGAUUAUCAUUUCCCCGUGAUCCCUCCUUGUUUCCUACCUAUCCAUAAACUUUCUCUCUCUCUUUUCCAGGUGCUUGUUGCUGCACUCUGACCCAUGCUGCUUCCAGCGGCACUGACUCAGGACAUGGUGUGGUAAGCAGGUAGGGCUUGAUAAUCCCUUUCCUCACACAAAGCCAGUCCUGCUAUUAGGGACAAUUCAGCAGCUGCCACAGGCAGACAGCAGAUGUUGGGGGGGUGCUGUUUAGGCAUUGGCUGCACUGCUGUUGCUGGAGGAGCAGGAACAUGCAAACGUGUAAAGUCAACAGAAGCUAAAUUGGGUAUCUCUCUACAUAUUGGUUGCAUGCAAGGCUCCCCUCAGAGCAUGAGGAGGUUUAGCUCCAAUCCCAGCAUUGUGCUGCUCGGACCUCGAAUCACUGAUCAAAGAUGGCUCUCUAAACUUCAAAGCAACUUCAGGCCACCCCUCUUUCCCCUCCCUCAGUGCCAGUCACAGUCAUGGAAGGCGACAGCACCUCCUGAUGAUGUAGUUCCUUCCCAUAUCCCUUUGCUGAGCUUCUCUUGUUUUGUGUCUGCUUUUGCCUGCUGUUGGAGGCGCCAGUGCAGAGUGAAGGUGAGGACCAUCAGAGAACGUCUGGUGUCCGUCCUGGAGAAUCUGGAUGAGGAUGAACUCAAGAGGUUCAAGCUCAAUCUCAGCGAUUCCCCCAUCAGGGAUGGCUAUGACAACAUCCCUCGAGGGAGGCUAAUGAAGGCGGAUGUCAUGGACCUGAGCAUGCUGCUGUUUGGUUUCUACAUGGAAGAUGCUGUGCAGGUGGCGGCUGAGAUGCUCAGAGCCAUCAACUGCAGGCCCGAGGCAGAGAGACUCAUCUCCCUCUCUGAGACUGAGUAAGAAAGAAGGAAUUCCAGCUCACAGAACUUGCUAGGAUGGAAGGCAAAUGGAGUGCCACCUGCCCCCCCCCCCAAGCAAAUGCAGAGUGGUGGAUUGAUAAUCUCUUCAUGGGGGCAGUGGGGAUGAGAGAAUAGAAACCUUACAUCAGGGAUAACCAACCUGGUGCCCUUCAGUAGUUGGCUUAUCUUUUUUAUUUAACAGAAUGUGUGUUAUGCUCAGUUAUAAGAAACAAAUCUCUAAGCUAUUUGUAUAAAACAAAAAUAAUAUUUUUAAAAGUCAGAAGUUUAAAAUGAGUUGAGCUUAAAAAUUUCAAAAUGUUAAUAGUAUCAGCAGCUAAAAUAUAAUUUUUAAAAUAAAAUCACCUAUUAAAAUACGUGUCAGCUUUACGUAUCUGGGUAGGCUUGCCUAAACAAAUAUUUUUUUUAGCAGGCACUGAGCAUAGUACAAAGAAGACAGCUGUCAAUGGGCAAGCCGUUCCAGAGUGUAGGUGCUGCCUUGCUAGAAUAUGGAUUCCCUAGAGGUGUUGGACUGCUGCUCCCAUCAGUCCCAGCCAGCACUGCUAAAGAUCAGGCAUGAUGGGAGUUGUAGUCCUGCAGUUUACUUAGGGCACUGUGUUGGCUACCGCUGCUGUAUAUACAAAAGCUGUUUGCUCUGGGGCAAUGUUGUUGGAGAUAAGAAGACAUGGAUCUAGUUGUGCAUCCACACCACAUUUUUAAUGCACAUUUAGAGCAUGUGGCUUCCCCCAAAGCAUCCUGGGAACUGUAGUUUAGCCUUUCACAGGGCUGAAAUACACCAUGCUCUAAAUACAAUACUGUUCCCAGGAUUCUUUGGAGGAAUUUAUGCACUUAAAUGGUGUCGAUCAGCCCUUCGUCUUGUGUCCCUCAGAUCUGAGGCUUACAGAAGAGCACUUCACAUGGUCACGCAAGAUGGGAGUUGUAGUCCAGCAUCUUCUGGAGGGCACCAUAUUGACUACCCCUGAUUCACAUGGUCUCAUGUUCCCCAGUUUGGGGAGUUUUGCUACAACAUGAUCAGGGGACAGCUUGCUCUGCCUGGGAACAGGUACAUCAGUGAAGCUUCUCACAAAUUUAGGGAUGUGUUUCUCACUUUAGGUAAAACUUGCCCUUUCUAACUUCCUGAACCCCUUGCCUGCACCCACCGUAAUACUUUAGGAUUACCUGCAUAGGCCACCACUUGGAACAUUCUAGAGCUGUUUUUCAACUUUGGAUCCCCUGAUGUUGCUGAACUUCAACUCCCACCCUCUUUGAGGUCAGGUUAAGCUAGCUGGGGGUGAUGGAACUUGUAGACCAACAACAUCUGGGGGCCCAAAGUUGAAGAUCAUUCUCUAGAGUAGGAACAGGUAACUGUUGAACCUCCAGAAGUUGUUGAACCAACUCCCAUCACACCCAGCCAGCUUGGCCAAUGGAGCCCAGGAUGGUGGGAGUUGUAGUUCAGCAACAUUUGGAGGGCCAAAGGUUUCCCACACUUUAGAAAUUUGGGGGCUUCUUUUCCCUUCAUUUCCUGACAGUAUUUAAUUGCUUCACACAUGUACUCAAUGAUCCCUUUUUUCCUUCCUCCAGGAAGUGGUUCGUGCUGAAACCUGUGCCUUAGAACUUAAGAAGAGCCUGCUGGAUCAGGCCAGCAUCCUGUUCUCACCGCUGCCAACCAGAUGGCUGUGGGAAACCUGCAAGUGCAACAACUCGCUCCCUUUCUGUGGCUUCCAGCAACUGGUAUUCAGAAACAUUUCUGCCUCUGACUGAGGAGGGAGAGCGUAGCCAUCAUGGCAAGGAGCCAUGUCUUCCAUGAAGUUGUCCAGUAAUUUUUUUGAAACCACCCAAGUUGGUGGCCAGCACUGUCUUCUGUGGAAGUGAGUUCCAUGGUCUAACUCUGCGCUGUGUGAAGGACUUCUAUCUGUCUGCGUCUUCCAACAUCCAGCCUCAUUGGCUGCUCACUGGUUCGAGCGUUCCAAGAAAGGGAUAAAAACAUUUCUCUGUCCACUUUGCUCACACCCUGAAUAAUGUUAUAAACUUCUAUCAUGUCCUCUCUUAUCUUUUCUCUAAACAGUCUGAAACCCUGCAGCCGCUCUCAUAUGGGAGUUGCUGCAUCCCCUCAAUCAUUUUGCUUGCCCUUUUCUGAACAUUUCCCAACUCUACGAUGUCCUUUUUGCGGUGUGGAACCAGAACUGUACACAGUAUUCCAAAUGUGGUUGGCCAUGGAUUUGCAAAAUGGUAUGAUAUUCACAGUUUUAAGUUCAGCUCCUUUCCUAAUGAUCCCCAGCAUGGAAUUGGACUUUUUCACAGCUGCCGCACACUAGAUCCACCUCUUCAUCAUGCUACCCACUGUGAAUUUUAGCCCAUUGAGCUCUUAAGAAUUCUCCCACAAAAUCCCUAGCCUUUCCCAACAGAGCUUCAAUUUCCAGACCUCCAGGGAAAUACCAAUGAGCCACACAAAGCAGUUCUGGUAUUUCCCCCUUUAUUCCCUUAUAAAAGAAAAGACACGACACAGUCUUCUAUAAAAGUAUAAAAAGAGUUUACUCACAUUCUGUUCACAGUUGGAUCCCAGAAGGCAAACUUAGUUUUCAGGUGUAUGUUAUUUUUCAAAGCUAACUCAUAAGGAGACAGUCCCUUUGUCCUCUCUUGGCUGGAGGCCAAGAGAGCAUCUUUGGCUAAGCAGAUGUUGCUUCUUCAACUAAAGUAGUCAGAGAGAGAGAGAUGGCUGCCCUGCCCUGUGCUAUUGUUGUUACCUGCACGGGUGAGGCCACACCCACCUCUAGUCACAUGCAGAGGAAGUUUACCUGCUGGCUGGACAAACAUUCCUCCCCAUGUGUAAACGUUCACUCUAGGAAUGUUGUACUUAACUGCUCUUGUGUUUGACAUACCACAGCAGAGCUGUCUCAUUCACUAAGCACAGUGCCUCUGGUGAGCAAAGUCCCUCCUGAGGCUGCAGUUCAGUGCAUGUUCCUUUCCUGACAGGACUUUUUCUCUUGCUGGGAGAUGUACAUCUUGGGAGGAGGAGCAGGUUUCAAUCCCAGGAGAUGAACAGAAUCCCAGGAGAUGAAGCCAGAGAGAGCCAGCCUGUCCUUCUCCGAACUUCCUGGGUGGUGGUGACUCCAAGUUGGUUUGCCUUAGGGCUUCCUAACAUUUCUCCUUUCCAGUUUGUACAUUGUAAAUAAAAGUACUUUGUAAUAAAGAUAUUUUACCAAUAACAUUCUGUCCUUUUCAUUAGGCCUGCAUAAGCUUCCAAUAUUCUUUCAUCCAAAGGAAACUGGUCCAAGAAGUCUCUCUCAAUUUUUGGUACACUUCAUCAUGGGAAUUUGGUUAUUUGAAAGAAAUGAGAGGAAUAGUCUGGGAUGCACAGAAGUCCACCCAAGAUUUCUGGGCACCUGCGCUAGAUAUUGAAGAAAGCCCUCCUCUAACCAGCUCCCUACAGAUCCAGAUAAUUUGAUCAGGACCGACCUACCAGAGAACUUGGGGGAGUUCUCCUUCCUAUCCCUAGUCCAAUCCACUUCCCGGAGCCUGUGCCUGGUCGCUGCAGUUCAGGGGAGCCAACUUGAAUUAAAUAUGUGGGGGGGGGGGGGGCUUAGGUAAGCCUUGCCCCACAUAAUCGAUCACAAGAUCACACCCUUUGAAUGGCAAUGACCGUCAACCUCGGAGGUGGAUCUGGCCCCCUCAAAUAUUUUAGGGGGUGCAAAGGGCCCUGGCUCGUAUGCUGCAGUUAAUCCCAUUGAAGAUCUGGGCGGUCAGGUGUGGGGCGUCUUCCUCCGUGUAGUAGCGAAGCCGGAACAGGCUCACGUGCGUUUGUGGCACCUGCUCCUUCAGCGCCAUCCAUCGAUGGGAAUUGCCUUCAGUUUCCCCCUGAACUUCCGCAGCUCGUCUUUCUCCAAGUUCUCGAGGGUGUCCUUCAGGCACCGGAGCGUAGGCGUUGCAUGGAUUUUUCGGGGGGGGGUGGACCUUUGUUAGGGGGGCAGAACCGACGUGAUUGUUCAGUUAAGUAUUUCUCUUGUUUUACUUCAUCUAGGCCCCCCCGGUUGCGCCCCCCCCUGCACCGGCCGGCCGUCUUCGGGAUCCCGCAGCCAGAAGGUGGGCAGCCACUUUGGGUUCUCCGAAGAAGAGGCGGCGGCCAAGGGCUUCCCUUCCGCGCUGAGAAAGAGGCGCGCUCAACCCCCUUUCUUUGCUCACCUGGCGGUUUCGUUUCUGCCCUUCUGGGUCCUGCGGUUCAGCAAGGGCGGAUGUGCUCAUUUUGGCAACAAGGGGAGAGGAGGGAGGGAGAUGCUCCUGGCUGACACACGAUUAGAAGUGGAGCCAAACUUGGAAGGAAGCGGCGUGUUUUCAUUUUGCCGUCCCGUCCCCCCCCCCCCCCCGCCAGCCAGCCAGUCUUCUGGGAGCGCCGGGAAGACCCUUCCCACGUUCUCGCCUGCCCAGGUCCGGCGCUGAUUCUCUGCUCGGCGGGAGGAACCCUCGGGAGUCUCAGCCCCCGCCAAGCGCCAGCGGAGGAGCCGCUUCCCCGAGGGCGUCGCCCGCUUCCUUCUUCCCCCUUCAGACGCUACCGCCUCUCCGGCUCUGCCGCGGGGCGCGACUUUCCUCUGGGCAGGGGCGCCAUGGCGACCCACGAAUACCCCUGGGUGAAGGAGCCCCUGAAGGAAGGAGGCGAGAAGCUGAAGGCGAAAGAGGCCGGCCGGUCCACCGAGAAGAAGGGGGAGAGGGAGGUGGAUCCCCUCCUCGAGUUGCAUAGGAUAGGCUCUGAUCUAAGGCUCAUGGGUGAUCUAAGGUUCAAGGGUGUGCUCCCGAGUAGCAGCAGCAGCGACGACGACGACGACGACGACAGGGACCCCAACACGUGGGGAUUGCAGCAGUCGGUCGCCCCGCAGUCUCUCUCUGAGUGGGAGAAUGUCUCUCCGGCUCUGCUCCCUGUCGUUCGCGCCUUGCACCUCUCCCUGGGGCGUUUGAGUCGCGACAAGCGGCGGAGGUUCCGGCGCAAACUGCGCGAGAUCCCGCUCGACGAGGGCUUCGUCCGCAUCCCCGAGGAGGUUCUGCACAAGGCAGGCGCCUCUCGCCUCCGAGACCUGCUGCUCAGCUACUACGGCGUAACUUACGCAGUAGAGGUAGCGGCCGAUGCGCUGAGGGCCAUUGACUGCAAGUACGAGGCGGACAGUCUCCUCUUCUCCGUCAGGGAAGGUAAGUCUUUGGUGGAUCGUGACCUUCGCAGCCGUUCAGUCUGACAGCAGAUCCUUCCAUCCCUGGUUGCGCCAGCCCAGCGCUGAGCUGCAGCCGUGAAGAAGGGAAGGAAAAACAACACAACCAUGGGCUUGGAAUGUUUGGAAGUACCUUUACUUUAGCGCCAGGCAUUUAGCGGAUAUGGAACAAUUUGGUAUGUUUCAACCGUCUGAUUGCUAUUGCUUAAAAUAUUACAAAUACCUUCAGCGCCCUUAGGACACACAGAACAGCAAAGAAUCAGCCUUAAGUACAAGGGCAGGCCGUUUUUUGGACUCAGGGUAGAGCUUGUCCCUUUGUAGAAGGGAAAGUCCUUUUUCUUUCCUGCUUGAGCCCUGCAAAAAAAUUAAAUCAGGCCUGUAAGUUCAGAAAGUUUGCAGGCCAGGAACAGAGGAAGGUCCCAAAUGGGCCUCAUGGUCCAUCUAGCUCAGGAUUGCUAAUCUUGCCUGACUGCAGCUCUCCAGGGUUCCAGGCAGGAGUCUUUUGCAGCCCUACCUGGAGACACCAGGGAUUGAACCUGGGACCUUCUGCAGUCAAAGCAGGUGUUCUGCCACUGAGCCAUGGCUCUUCCCUGGUCAUCCAGCUGGAAGUGCUGCCUGCUGAAUGUCCUGCAAAUAGAUUGCACUAGGAAGAGGAGGAGGAAUUUCCAUGCUUUAUGAUGGUAUAAGCAGGUUCCCUGGAUUUUCUGUUCAAUACUUCCACUACAGCACAGUCUCCAAAUGGCUGUCUGCUGAACAUGCUGCAUGCCAUUAUUACAGGAUGACGUCAGAUGAUUAUUAUAAAUAAGGAACUGGGUUUCCACCCCACAAUAAACUUUUGGUUAACCUUCCUUCAGAUGAGCCUGCAGCGCGCCCGAGCCACACAUCUCUCCCAAGAAAUCUUCUGUUGUAAUUUUUGUUGCUCCACAAAAAGUCUUCCAUAUUACAGAGUUUAAAAUAAUACCUAAAUAAGACCAUAGGAAUUUGACACUGUACUGGCAUAGUUCCUGUUUCUGCUCUAAUACUAGCUGCUGGAGUUGGGGGGGGGGAUAAACCGAGUAGUCUUAUUAGAAAUUAAUUUCUCCCCAAUACGUUAACUGUGGGAGCACCUAAACCAUUAUUUGUUCUCAGUGCCGACUUUGCUUCUGGUAAAAUUAAGAAUUGCUUGUGCAGAUCUUGAUGUCUUCAAGGCCUAAGUGCUGCUAUAUGGUACCAAGUACUUUUAUCGGAGAACAAAUCUCCAAAUAAUUGAAAUGUCUCACUUGUUCAAUUAUUUGUUCAUUUAGGAACCAUUUAUGCUUCACAGGCUAUGCCUCAAAUACUACAGCUUUUGUCUUGGAAUAAUUUAUAUUCAAACCUUUGUUAGGACAAACUACUAAAGUUCUUUAGUAAUCCCCUCAUACCCACGUGUUUGUAGCAAGAUGGAUACCUUAUGGGAUAAAAGUGUAACAGGAAAAAAUUCUGGUUGUUUUAGUUCUAGUUAUUACAUCAUUUACAUAAAUGUUAAACAGCAGGGGUGCCAAUAAGCACCCUUGUUCUACUCCAUUUGUUGUCAGAACUAGAGCUGUCAAGUGUCAACUGACCAUUCGCCCCUACUCUUUCUCUCAUAUACAUUUCACAGUCUGAUAUCCACUGGAAUUCCAAAGGGCUAGUGUCACACAAACAUCAAUGGUUAAAGGAAAAUGUGCUUACCCAGCAAGAAAUGCACUGGUGCUAAUUAAAUAUAGCAAAAGACUGCUGGGGGCAGGGAUAAAACAGCCAGUUUUGACCUCUCCCUUACCUUUCCACAGUUGACAGGGUCAUGCUCCCUUAUAUGCAGAGGACUGUACGAAAGAAAAAUGUGUGGUAAGUCCCAUUGCAAUUCUACUUGCAGCUUAUAGUGGAAGAGCAUUGAUUGGAUUGGAGAAUCAGAUCUUAGCUUGGGAGGGAGCUUCAUCCAGGAAAAAGGAUGGGCAAAUGUGUCACUGGAAUGGACAGUGCUAAGGGAUUUAGUGAUAAGUAUCACUUCCUAGGAACGGGGUUGCUAGGUGAUGCUGGUGUACUAGUAAAGAGACACAAGUAGUUCAGUGGUCCUCAGGAACCUGAUGGAUGGGGGAACGGGAGAAGCAGCCUUGAGGAGAGGCUUGUGUGUGAGUCCAGAGGGCAACUUCUCAGCCAUUUCUAUGACUUCAAGCUUCUGCUUAUUAUUAUGGAGCAUGGUUUGCAUGCAGGGCUGGCCCCAGACAUUUCGGCGCCUGAGGCAAAUCAAAUUGGUUCUCCCCUGGAAUUGUAGUUUGCUAAGGGACUCACUCUCUUUCUCUCUACACACACACAAAACACAGGCCCGGAAAACACUUGUCUCCUUUCUUUCCCUCUUGCCUUCCUUCUCAGUAGCCCAACCAGCGAUAAGCAGUGGCAGGAGCAGCAUCAGUGGCCAGGAAGACCCUUACCCGGCUGUGGGUGGGCAGUGCUGGGGCCAGGGGUCUGAGCCAAGUUGUGAUGGAAAAGGAAAUCUGAGAGCCACCAAAGAUGCAGCAGCCAGUGUGACUGAAGGAGGGAGCUGAGGAGAGAGAGGACCCUGGCUUUGCAGCAUCCUUCCUAGAUCAGCUUCUGCUCCUCUCAUGGAGAAGGAAAAUGAAAGGGGAAAUCUCAUGCAGUUAAGAGGGGUCUUUAACCAGGGUGGCAAUCUUUUUCCACAAUGCAUGUUAUGUACACACAUGCAGACACUACCCCUCCUUUUGAAAUUCAACACCUAAAUGUAUACAGAAUCCAGAUCUGUGGGUGGUGGGCUCUGGGAGAUGGGCUGUCAAGCUAAUAAGUCUAAUUUGAAGCCUCUUGUUAACUUGGUAGAUAAGCAAGCCAAAUUUUCUUCUAGAAAGACUGCCCCAUUCUCCUCCCAGUUUAUUUCUGAAAUCUAUUCUUUACAGCUGCCCUGGGGCAGAAGGUUUUCCCACUUUGGUCUUUAAAAAAAACCUAAAAGAAAACUGUGAUUGGCUAGUUUGUCAGCCCCUCCCCCAUGAAGUGGCUUUUUCCUUCUGCUGGUGGAAAGUAGGCUGCCUUACCUGAAAGAGGAGGCAGAGCUGGACCUGACAGCCAAGACCAAUCAGCUUAAUAAUAAUAAUAAUAAUAAUAAUAAUAAAAAAUUAAUAAUAAUAUCAUAGUCCAGAGGGGAGAGGGGGAGGCACAGCUGCUGCAUCUUCCUUUCUCAGGAAGAUGGAAAAAUAUGGACAAGAGAGGCAGCUGACUGGUUUGAGUCCCUGCUGCAGAUUCAGGCCACCAGCGCAGCUUCACCCCCACCCACCACCUGCCACACAACUUCCUUUACGGUCUCCAUUUUGAAAAUCACUCUAUUACAACUUUGCCCUCCUUGUUCCUUAGGGGUGUGGAUGAAGUUGUAACACUUCCAUUUUCAAAAUAGAGACCUGCAAGGAAGGGCAGAUGUGCAGUUGUUGAGGAGGAGGAGGAAGUGGUGAGUUAGCGGUCGGUGGAGAAGGAGAGGCAGCAAGAGGGCCUGUGGAAGAGCUGGUCACAGAGGCAGUGGCAGGCAGAUUUGACACCCCUCUUAGGAGGGUCCAGGUAUGCCUCCCCCCCCCCGACAGCUUUCCCUCCCCUCUUCGUGGGCAGCCUGGCUGUGUCUGCAUGUAGAACGUAUAAUAACAAAGUCAGCAGGGGCGCCUGCCUUGGAUGAAACCUAGAGAGGAGUGCAAAAUGUAUCACAAAUACUGUGUAUAUUCUUGGCCAUUAAAAAAGGGGUGGCAAAUUACAUCAUGAUUUCUUUUCAGUGUGGAGUAAAUCAACAUAUUUUUCAGGUUGCAAAGGAAAAGCAGAGCUCAACAUUCUCAGUGGAUGAGUGAAAGCAGUAUACUAGGGGUGGAAAAAUUAAGCCCCAGUUGUAUCCUAAUCAAGCUCUAAUUCUCUGCCCACAACAAUGCCUAAUAUAAAAUAAAUGUUUUUGCCACAGGUCACUGGAAGGAGUCAUUAUCACUGGUGAUGAAAUAGUCUGCAAGGGAAGAAAAGAAUUACUUGAAAUUAUUGAAAAGGACCUAGAAUUCUUUUUACAUGAAUUAUACUAUGGCUUUAUUAUCACACAAAAAGAAUACAGGGACUUGCGGAAAGCAGAGGAAGACUCCAAAGAGAAAAGUCAAAAACUGCUGAAUAUGAUCCAGGAAAGGGGGGAGGCAACUUGUUGCUGGUUCCUGGAACAAGUAGAAAGGAAAUAUCCAGGCUCCAUUCAGAUUCUGCUAGUUGCAGUACAUGGUGAGUUUGACUUAGAGUAUUUUCUGAACUUCAAGGACAGUUCAACUACCUUCCUCAUCCUUGCAACAGUCGUGUCAGGUAAAGAAUUGUCUUUUACAGGCUCGGGUAAUAAAUUGUUCCAGGCGACAAGCCCCUCAGGGCUGAAGUCAGAAUCUCCCCUAUUUGCAGAGGAAGGAAGAAGCAGCAAGAUGGAAAACCCAGCAGUUUGCGGGGAAAGUGUUGUGUGUAAUCUGUGUCCCUGUGAGGUAAGUGGCUGAACAGAUGGGCCCAGACUGGGGGUGGUGGUGGGGAGAGCUGCCUCCACCCAAUCAAGUAAAUGAAUAAAAAUACUUAACUAAAAGUAGAAAUUGUAGAAAGAUUUUGACAGAUUUUUCUGAGCACUUGGGGUCAAAAAAAGUAUUUUUUAUUUUUAUUUUUUCCAAUUCAAUGCUUUAUUGAGUUUCAUAAAUAACAAAAAACAAACAAAACGAUCUUAUGUAAGUAAUCUUAUGUAAAUAUACAGAUAAAAAAGAUUCGAUCUUAUACAAUCUCUUUAGUUCAACAUUCUUACUAAAGUGUAAUAGACUUCCCGUCAACUCCCAGUGCAUUUAACAUUUCUAAUAUUGAGUGUACUUAUUACUUUCAUCUAUUUGUAUUUUCUAAUACAUUCUUACAACAUAUCUGUCAGGGAACUGACAUUGGAGCUAGAGGCGGAGGGAAGGCUCUCAAAUGAUGCUGGAGAAGGGCCCAGCAGGGAGAGAGGCAGCUCCGCAGAUGGGGAAGCAAAUCAGCGCAACACCAGGGAUAAAGAGGGGCUGAUGGGGGAAUCGGCGAGAGGGCUCCAGGACUCUUCACCGGACACCAGCGGGGAGAGCACGGGUCCUCCGCUACCCACGCCCACCCUGCGCAGAAGACUUCCGCGCAGAGAGAGUAGGAGGAGACUGGGUGUCAAACAACUUUUAUGUUGGAAAAGAUUUAAGAAACGCCCACUGACGGAUUCUGAUAGCGACUGAGGCAGCCACGAAGUGAAGGGCUGCCCAGACUGAAGGGUUUAGCAAGGCAACAAAGCCUGGAGAGGCGGCAACUUACGCACAAGCAACCCAUACACAUUACAGCAAUCCGUCAGUCCCUGACGUCGCUCGUGCACAGCGACAGGCAGGCAGCAUCAUGAGCAAAACCGGAGAAGCUGGCGCCACAGAGGGAGCAGCUGGAGGGCAAAAUCUGGUGGAGAGGAACCGAGAUUUGGAACAGCAUGUGGCUCUGCUGACGGCGCGGCUGGACGAAAGGCGGUCUCAGGAUGCUCAGGUCAGACCCACCCCCGUAGCAAGGAAGGUACCGGGACUGGUACACAAGUUUGGAGGGAAACCCCAGGACUACAGUGCGUUCCGAACGGAAAUAGAGUACGCUUUGGAACUGCAACAGAAUGAUUUUGCAGACGAUGGGGAGAGGGUUGCCUAUAUUGUCGGACAUCUGCAGGAUGGGGCCAGAGAAUGGAUCAGGCCCCUAAUGGCAACGCAGAAUGCCGCCUUGAAAGACCUGAGGAAAUUCUUCCAGGCGAUGGAUGCGAUGUAUUCCAGUGAUGUACAGCAAAGUGUGACUCGGCGGGAACUGAUGGGUUGCAAACAGGGGAACCAGUCAGUUAGAGACUACUGGUCACGCUUUGCCAUGUUAGUCCACCGGCUCGGGUGGGAUUUGGACUCUGAACCUAUUCAAAUGCUGUUCGAGGAGGGGUUGUCCCCAACGGUGAAGGACGAGCUUUCCCGCGCACCCCGCCCGCAGUCGAUGGAUCAGCUGACCAAGGCUGUGCUUGCGAUUGGUGUAAGGCAGGAAGCGCGGGCCCAGGAGAAGCGGGAAGGGAGAGAGCAACGUUACCAUGACUACUGCAUUCCUGAAAUAGCAAGGAAGCCUUCCCCGCCGGCGGAGCCCAUGCAAAUAGAUGGGGCGCACGCGCGGGAGAUUUCAAACUCCAGUGAAGGUCGCAAGAGGGAGGGAAAAGAUGGGAAAACCACCAAGAAGUGUUUUCUCUGCCAGCGGCCAGGACAUUUUGCCAGGGUCUGCCCGCAAAGAAAGGCCUGGCAAGGGAUGGUGGGAGCUGCAGGGGGUGAGGAGGAGAUGGUAAAGGAGCAGGGAAACGCCAAAGCUUGGCUGCCACUCAGCGGGCACAGCAGCCAGGCCAGCAACCAAUAGAAGUGCCCAAACCAGACCCCCCCGGCGGCUAUAGCCAUAGAAGUGGUGCUAGAACUCCCAAAUGGGCACCCAGUCAAGGUGAAAGGGCUGUUGGAUUCAGGCAGUUCCUGCAAUUUCUUCAGCAAGGACUUUGCACUAGAGCACCAGCUCCACCUGCUGCCCCUGGAUUUCCCCUUGCAAGUAACCACCAUUGAUGGCAGGGAGCUUCUGGGAGGGGAAGUGACGCACCAGACCCCACCAAUGAGAAUGAGGGUUUCCAGGCACACGGAGACUAUCGCCUUUCACGUAGCCUCACUGGCAGGGCCCCCAAUAAUAUUAGGGAUGAGCUGGCUAGCACAACAUGAUCCAGUGGUGGCAUGGCAUCAGAGAACGGUCACCUUUGGGUCCGCUUACUGCUUGGAACACUGUCUAGGGGGAGAAACCCCAAGGAUGACCGUGGCCAGGGUGGCUGAGAUAGCUGUGGAGCCGAAAGGGAGGUGCCACCACAAUAUGCUGACCUGCAGGAGGUCUUCAGCGAGAAGGAGGCAGAUAGACUACCCCCACAUAGGCCCUUUGACUGCCAAAUCAACUUGCUCCCUGGGGCGCAGCUACCGGUGGGUAAACUGUAUGCCAUGUCGGACAGGGAGAUGAAGGAGUUGCGGGAGUUUAUUGACAAGAACCUGAAGAGGGGGUUCAUAAGGGAAUCAAAGGCGGUGGGGGCAAUCCGGUGUUCUUUGUGGACAAAAAAGGGACUAACCAGCCCAGAUUGGUCGUAGAUUUUAGGGCGUUAAAUUUGGUAUCAGAACCCUUGACCUUCCCAAUGCCCAGGAUUGACGACAUUUUAACACGAGUGAGGCAGGGAAAGAUUUUUACCAAGCUGGACCUCAGGGGAGCCUACAGUUUGAUCAGGAUGAGGGAGGGGGACGAAUGGAAGACCACAAUGUUCACCCCCCUGGGGGCCUUUGAGUACUUAGUUAUGCCAUUUGGAUUACAGUCAGGCUCCGCCUGUUUUCAAGCUUUCAUGCACCACGUGUUGGGGUCCCUGCUGUACAAGAACUGCGUAGCCUUCUUGGACAACGUCUUAAUCUAUUCGGACAAUGAGAAGCAACAUGUCAGAGACGUCAGUGAAGUGCUGAAGAGACUGCAGAAGCACCAGUUGUGGGUCAAGCUGGAGAAAUGUCAGUUUCACGCCAGAGAAGUCGUGUUUUUAGGGUACAAGUUGUCAGACAAAGGCUUAGCGAUGGACCCAAGCAAGGUGCAGGCAGUGCUGGAGUGGAAGGCUCCCAAAACCCGGAAGGACGUGCAGAGGUUCCUAGGGUUCAGCAACUUCUACAGGAAGUUCAUCAAGAACUUCGCCCACUUGACAGCACCCAUAACAGACUAUCUCAGUAGCAAAAGGAAGUUCGCCUGGACAGAGGAGGCCCAACAAUCCUUUGAAAAACUGAAGAAGGCGUUCGCAUCGGAAGAGCAGCUCCUGCACGUGGAUCUGGAGAAACCCAUGAGGCUAGAGACCGACGCGUCCGACAGAGCCAUUGGGGCGGUUCUUUUGCAGCCAGGGAGGAGCAAGCAGGAAUGGAGACCGUGUGCCUUCUUCUCAAGAAAGCUGAACAAGUCGGAGCAAAACUAUACGGUGUAUGACCGCGAACUGCUUGCGAUCUAUGCGGCGUUUCGUCGAUGGCGACAUCUACUAAUAGGGGCGCAGCACAAGAUCCAGGUUUGUACAGAUCACAAGAACUUGGAAUACUGGAGGACCGCACGAGUGCUCAACCAGAGACAGAUUCGAUGGGCACAGGAGUUCUCCAAGUUUUCCUUCGAAAUCCGAUACGUGCCAGGAGAGGAAAACGUGAGAGCAGAUGCUCUCUCCCGGAAACCGGAGUACUUGGAAGGAGAGGGGCCACCGGAGAUACGACACGUGAUCCCCGAGGACCGAUGGGUGUGUGGGGGAACCCUGGUGGGGCAACGAGAACUGGCUGGACUUACUAGAAACGACGUGUUCGCACAAACUAAAAUCCGGGAACUCCGAGACGGAAGAGAAACCCAAGGAGGGUUUGAGGAGAAGGAAGGGGUGCUGUACUAUAAGGGGGCGCUGUAUGUACCGGGGGAGACCCUACGGGGGAAGGUACUCAAACAACUCCAUGACAACCCUACAGCGGGGCACUUUGGACAGCACAAAACCAUGAUGCUCGUCACCAGGCAGUUCUGGUGGCCCAGGGUGAGGGAGGAUGUACGGGAAUAUGUACGGGGUUGAGACCGCUGCCAAAGGGCAAAGGGGGAGCGGGCUGCCCCCGGAGGAUUACUGGAACCCUUACCCACACCGGGGAAACCUUGGGAGGUGGUAUCCAUUGAUUUUAUGACCGAUUUGCCCCCAAGUCCCGGGUGAAGACAGCGGUCAUGGUAGUGGUCGAUCUACUAACAAAAAUGUGCCAUUUUAUAGCUUGCUCACAUGCGGUCAUGGCAGAGGAAACAGCCAGGUUGUUUGUGGAUCACAUCUUCCGGUUGCAUGUGGCUCCUUCAAGGAUCAUCUCCGACUGCGGGAAACAAUUUACUUCCCGUUUCUGGAGGAAGCUCAUGAGCUUGCUGCAGGUCGAAGUGGGCUUCUCAACGGCGAGACACCCGGAAACCAACGGGCAAGCAGAAAGAGCGAACAGUAUUCUCCAGCAAUACCUACGCUGCUACGUCAGCGAGAGGCAGAACGAUUGGGUAGAAAAACUAGCGCUGGCUGAAUUUGCGUACAAUAACGCUGAACAUGUGUCAACGGGAAUGAGCCCGUUCAUGGCCAAUUAUGGGUGUCACCCCAGGGCCUUCCCGGGGAGUGGGGAGGAAGGUUGGAGUGUACCGGCAGCAGAGCAGUUUGUGGAAGAAAUGGAAGCCCUGCACCAGCAACUUAAGAUGAACUUGGAGCGGGCCAAGGAAAUUUACAAGAGGCAGGCAGACAAGCGCCGUAGGGAAGGGGAGACCAUACGGGUGGGAGAUCGGGUGUGGUUGUCAACCCAAGGGUUACCUUUUAAGGGGGGGUGCAAGAAGUUGCAACCCAGGCGGCUGGGACCGUUUGAGGUAACACAGCAGGUGAACCCCGUGGCAUUCAAGCUCAAAUUGCCAGACAGCAUGAAGAUACACCCGGUGUUCCAUAGGUCCCUACUCUCACCGUACAGGGAAGGACGGGGAUUCCCGGGGCGAGAGGGAGAAGUCACCACACACCCGCAGGUAGAAGAGAGGGAGCACCACAACUUGGCCACGGAAAUACUUGAUUCAAGGUGGCGAGGGCGCCAGGUGGAGUACUUGGUGGCUUGGGAGGGAGAACCCGGGUCGGAAAACACGUGGGUUCCCACGGAGGCAAUCACUGACGGGUAUCUGGUGGAGGAAUUCCACCGCCUGUUCCCGGACAAACCCAAACCACUAGCGAGAUUCUGGGAGGAGCAAUUUGGAACCACAGACGAUGAAGAGGAUUUUGUGGGUUUUUCUGUCUCCGAAGGGGAGGGAGAAGAGGCUUUGGAGGAAGAAGAAUCCGACUGGGAGGCCCACCCCGCGGGAAGGGAUCAGAGCGGGUAGGAAGCGGGUUUUGAAUCCUCAGAGGAUGGCAACAGCUCCUUCCAGGGGUUCCCCGCAUCGUCGGCCAAAGAAAGGGACGAAGUUGGGUCAACAGGUCGGGCUGGGGGUGGAGGGGGUCCUGGGGGGGGAGGUGGAUGUCAGGGAACUGACAUCGGAGCUAGAGGCGGAGGGAAGGCUCUCAAAUGAUGCUGGAGAAGGGCCCAGCAGGGAGAGAGGCAGCUCCGCAGAUGGGGAAGCAAAUCAGCGCAACACCAGGGAUAAAGAGGGGCUGAUGGGGGAAUCGGCGAGAGGGCUCCAGGACUCUUCACCGGACACCAGCAGGGAGAGCACGGGUCCUCCGCUACCCACGCCCACCCUGCGCAGAAGACUUCCGCGCAGAGAGAGUAGGAGGAGACUGGGUGUCAAACAACUUUUAUGUUGGAAAAGAUUUAAGAAACGCCCACUGACAGAUUCUGCUAGCGACUGAGGCAGCCACGAAGUGAAGGGCUGCCCAGACUGAAGGGUUUAGCAAGGCAACAAAGCCUGGAGAGGCGGCAACUUACGCACAAGCAACCCAUACACAUUACAAUAUCGUACCAAUUUCUCUUAUUCCUUUGUUAUUAUUUUACACAAGGGUCACUCAAAUGCAGCCAUAGGUGUCACACCGCUGUUAUAUAUUUUUUAAUAUAUCUUAAACGUGUCCCAUUUUUGAACAAAUGAUUGUUUUGUAUUACCUCUCAACCAAUUAGUCAAUUGUGCCAUUUAUUCAUAUUCUAGUAAUUUAUUCUGUCAUUGCAUUCUCAUUGGAAUCCUUUCCCCUUUCCAGUUCAUUGCAAUUAAGGUUCUGGUGGUGGCUGUUGUGUAUAGCUGUUGUUGAGACAUUUCAUUCCAAAUCUGCAAGACACAGCCAGACAGAUUACUUCUGAGUGUCCCUGCUCAGGAACUGGAGCCAAACCAGCCGCCUGGUUCUCUAGGGAGCUGGUAAUGAUUAAACGUGAGAGAGGGUGACUACAAAGAACUUGACAGAAUGAGUCCGUCUGAACACAGACUAGAGCCUCUUUGAAGACCUAUUCUGUGGCACUGCAUUCCCAAUUCCUGGAAUGGAGAUGUUUUCUUAUGUUAAAUGACUGUGUACUUUAAGAGGCGCACGCGUUCCUUUCGCUGUGGGUCACAUGAGAGAGGCAUUCCAUUCUCUUCCAACAAUUAUUCCAGUAACUGUCUUUUUCAACUGUCUUUCUGCUUCUCUUUCUGUGUGUGAGGAGGGAGAAUGGCUGCUGAGAGAGAUCUCAGGAUACUCAUGUGGGCAGUGUGUGUUAGUGUGAUCUGUCUAAAGUGAAACAGAAAGAGGAAGAUCCCUAAAUGUUAAUAGGGAGAAACCUGUGCAGGAAAAAGAAGAAUCACAGAAGAUAUCAGGAUUGGCAAUAGUAAACAAAACUAAGGACUUGGGAAUAUGGCUAACAAACAAAAAUAGUAACCUAUUUAAGGACAAUGAUACAAAAAUUUGGAAAGAAAUUAAAAGAGAUUUGGAGAUCUGGAAUAAGUUAAGACUAUCACUCUGUGGCAGGAUAUCAGUAGUAAAAAUGAACGUGUUGCUUAAAAUGAUGUUUUUAUUUCAAAUUAUACCAAUCAUUGGAGGGAAGGGCUGUUUCAAAUUAUGGCAAAAAGACCUAUCAAAAUUUAUUUGGCAGUAUAAAAAACCAAGAAUUAAACAUAAACUUUUAAUAGAUAAAUAUAGAGGUGGAUUGGCAUUACCUGUUCUAAAUUUGUAUUACGAUUUGGUUUGUUUAAAUUGUCUAAAAGAGUAGAUAUUCUGGCAAGGGAAAAGACCUCGAAUUAAACAUCAAAUCUUAAUUGAUAUUAAGGACAGAGGAGGCUUUUCCCUGUCCCAUAAUACAAUUUAAGAUUGUAUUAUGAGGAAGCCUGUCUCCCUGCUAAAGGAGUAGUGCACACUCAGAAACCCGGAAUUGUUAGACCUGGAAUGGUAUAACAACAGGAAUGGCUGGCAUGCCUGCCUGGGUUAUGGGAAAGUCAGAGUUCACAGCAACUUUUUGAAUCAUAUCAGAAAAUCCCUCUACAUGGUCUGGGGAAAAUAUAAAGACCUCCUUGAACCAAAAGUGCCUUGGUGGGUCUCACCAAUUGAAGCACUUGCAGUGAGAAGGAAGAACACAAACGGAAAUUUGCCUGUAUAUAAAUCAUUAUUAAAAGAAGAAUAAAACCAGUUAAAAGUUUAAAAAAUUCAAGAAAUAAGAGACCAGGUGUCAGAUUGGUUUCAAUAUUAUCAAUUAUUUGAAACUUUUAAAAAUGAUGAAAAGAAAGGAUUUGCGACAGAGAUUCAAAUCCGACCUAGUAAAGACCAAAACCCUUUCUGAAGCAUACCGACUCCUCCUUGGCUGGCAAGUCAAGGAGGAGGAGGUCAAAUCAGCAAUGAUUAAAUGGGCCCAAGACUUUGACCACAACAUAGAGAUGAGCCAAUGGCAACACCUACGGAAAGUUAAUUGGAAAUUUACGGCAUGUUUUACGUUAAGGGAGACCCUCCAAAAGAUGCUAUAUCGAUGGUAUUUAACCCCCUGUAAACUUUCCAAAAUGUACAAAAAUGUUCCAAAUACAUGCUAGAGAUGUAGAGAACCAGGUGGAACUCCCUUCCACAUGUGGGUAUGUAAAAAGAUUAAGACCUUUUGGAAUGAUAUAUAUAGAGAGAGCUCAAAACAAUGUAAAUUGUAACUUUUCUGAAAAAACCAGAAUAAUUUUUAUUGGGCAUUACAGGUCCAGACAUUGUUAGGAAGAUAAGAAGUUUUUCUGUAUGCCACCACUGCUGCAAGAGUACUUAUAGCAAAAUGUUGGAAGAGUGACAAAAUUGCCACUAAGAAUGGUUACUAAAGCUGGUAGAAUAUGCUGAAUUAGACAGUCUCUCGGAAAAGAUAAAAUAUCAAAGUCAAAACAGGAGUUCAUUUCAAACUGGGAACCUCUAAGGAGAUAUUUAAAGAACAAUUGUUGCAAUCUGAACUCGGUAGCAGCCUUUGCGUAAUCUCUGUGAGUAAUAUAGGUUAAAAGGGAGAAAACAGAUGUAUGAAAUAUGUAUGAAAAUUAUUAUUUCAUGAGUAAUAUAUUGAGGCAAUAGGUUUAUUAGAGUGGAAAAACAGGGAAAGGAUGGGACGUCAAGCUUAUGUAUUAAAUGUAUUGUAGGAGGACUUAUAUUCUUUCGUUGGAUUUUCAUUUUGACAAAAUUGACAUGUAAAAUAAGGAAGAUAUGUCUUUGAUGUAUAGAUGCAAGUAUGAAGAAUAAAGCAUAUAUAUAUAUAUAUAUAUAUAUAUAUAUAUAUAUAUAUGGAUAUUCUUACAGGAUGGAGAUUUAUUGGAUCUAGAAGGGUUUAAUAACCGCUAUGGGUGGCAUGCGUAUCUAGGAUACGAAAAGGUGAAAGUUCACAGGGAUUUACCAAUCAUAUCAUAAGAAAAUCGAUAUACAGAGUAUGGGCAAAAUACAAAGAGCUACUAAAACCGAAGACACCCUGGUGGAUUUCACCCUUACAAGCGAUAACGGUAAAAAAGAAAAACAAGGAACUAAAUUGGGCUACAUAUAAGGAUUUAUUAAAAAAGGGGGGGGGGAUAAGCUGAUAUUAAAGGUUACAAGGAAAUAAGGUGGAUCUAACAGGGUGGAUUCAGUAUCACCAACUAAAUGAAGUGUUCAAGGCAGACAAGAAAAGAGGCUUUAUAAAGGAAAUCUCAUUACCAGAUAAAGAGUUAUUACAAAAUAAGACCAAGGUAACUUCUAAAAUUUAUGAAACGCUACUGGAGUGGGAGGAGAAGGACGAACAGGUAAUGAUUACAUGGGCUAUAGAUAUAGGUAAAACUAUCAAAUUAUCAUCAUGGGGAAAAUUAUGGAAAGAGAGUUGGAAAUUUAUGGCUUGUGGAGCGAUAAGGGAAAAUUUAAUUAAAAUGUUUUACAGAUGGUAUUUAACACCAACCAAAAUAUGUAAAAGGGACAUGGGUGGCGCUGUGGUCUAAACCACUGAGCCUAGGGCUCACCGAUCAGAAGGUCGGCGGUUCAAAUCCCCACGACGGGGUGAGCUCCCAUUGCUUAGUCCCAGCUCCUGCCAACCCAGCAGUUUGAAAUCAUGUCAAGGUGCUAGUAGAUAAAUAGGUACUGCUCCAGCGGGAAGGUAAAUGGCAUUUCCGUGUGCUGCUCUAGUUUCGCCAGAAGCGGCUUAGUCAUGCUGGCCACAUGCGCCUGAAAAACUGUCUGUGGACAACUGUCGGCUCCCUCAGCCAGUAAAGUGAGAUGAGCGCCGCAACCCCAGUUUGCAACUGGACUUAACUGUCAGAGGUCCUUUACCUUUUUUAAAAUAUGUAAAAUGUAUAAAACAAAAUCAAAUCUGUGUUGGAGGUGUAACAAAUACAUAUGUGUUAUACAUAUGUGUUGAACUUGAUAAAAUCAAAGGCUUCUGAGAUAUCACGUACGAAGAGUUAAAGAAAAGGUUUAAACAAAACUUUGUUAAGAAAACAGACGCGUUUUUAUUGGGGAAACUAGACACAGAUAUUGCCAGAGAAAAUAAUAAAAUAUUCUUUUAUGCCACGGGAGUGGCAAGAACACUAAUUGCCAAAAAUUGGAAAAAAGAAAUAAUCCCCCCAAAAAAAGAAUGGCAAGACAAAUUAUAUGAUUAUAUUGAAUUGGCCAGAUUGACAGAGGCAAUUAGGGGUCAAACCAACCCAAGCAAAAAUUCCAAAAAGAAUGAGUAAAAUACAGAGAAUAUCUUAAAAAGCAGUGCCCUCAAAUGAAAACUUGGACUUGUUUUGAUUAACUUCUGCAAAAUAGUUUAUGGUACUUAAGUUAAAAACAGAAAGAAAAAGGGGUAAUAAUGAACUAAAAAGGAGAUGGUUUACCAAAAACAAUAAAAGAACCGUGUUGAGGAUGAAGGAAGUCAAUUGGAAGAAAAAAAGAACUGAAAUACGGUGUGUGUGUGUGUAUAUGACUAUUUGUUUUGUAUAAGUUUUCAUACGUUAGCAUGUUUUAUUUGUACUUUUUUGUUUUGUGUUGUUUUGUUGUUUCUAUUUGUUGUUUGUUUCUCUUUUGAUUCUGUACCUGAAUUAUUAUUUUCAUGCCCAGUUUGACAAGUGUGUGUGUAUGUUGUAAAUAAACUCAAUAAUUAUUAUUUUUUUAAAAAAUGAAACAGAAAGAGAAAGAUCCCUAAAUGUAAAUUGGGAGAAAUCUGUGCAGGGGCUCUCUGUAAGGAACAGGGGGAAUACUGCUGAGGUGAAAGAAAAAACCUUUCAUAAACCUUUCAUAAGAAACUGUAAGACCUGAGUGAGAACUACUAUGGCCAAAAUGAAUGCAGAACAAAGUAGCUAUAUUUGGAUUUGUGGGUUUGACCUCAAGCAGUGCUCCUUGGUGUGGUCAUAUGGGUGUUAGAAACAGACAGGAAUGUCCUGCUUUCAGGUGGAAAAGGGGUCUGGUGCCCAUAUUAAUGAUAAAUUAUUUUGUAACAGGAUCUUCCAGAGACAAUCAGACCAGAGGUGUUUUUGGACUCAGAAACAAGUCAUGAAAGAUACAGGUGAGCAAUGUCUCUCUCAGAUCUUGCAGAGCUUUCUCCUUUAAGGGAAGUUGAUUUUCUUUUUAGGUUUCAGAGAAGUGUUCCGCAGAACACAUCUGGUAUAUGAAGGUCUCACAAUCAUCACAUGUGGUGGUGCUCUCUAAAACAUUCCCAAACUACAUCUGUGUCAGGGACUGGGCUGAGGAGGAGUGGCGGAGACCGCCCCCCCCCCCCCGAACCAUCCAGGGAGGAAGAAGAGGAAGACAGUAUAGAUUUAGAACAGGGGUUUGAGGGAAGUCACAGCUCAGAGUCAGAUGAGAGGGAAAGUUGGGAAAUCAUGGGAGAGCCAGAGCAACGCACAGCUAACACGUUAUCAUUAGAAAGCAUUCCAGACCCUCCAUCUUCCAGAACCUGGCAAGCCUUAAAAGUAGGAGAGCAAAGACCCCCCCCCCAUACUGUCUUCCUCUUCUUCCUCCCUGGAAGUUUUUUUUUUGGGGGGGGGGGAAGUUUGGAGUGGGGAUUGCUUCCCAUCAGGAAGAUGCAGAGGGUUUCCGGCUCGUGUUCAAUCCACUUCUCUUUCCAUUUUCCCCUUUGUGCCAUUCAGACUAUGCUUCACGGAGGCUGGAUCCUUCCUUUGCUUUUAUACUGAUGUCAUAUUUGAGGUGAAAGGAGCUGUGACCAUCACCUACCACUUUGAUUCGUGGUCUAAGCACCUGGCCGAACAGAACACGGAGGACUGGGUUGUCGCUGGGCCUUUGAUCAACAUUGAAUCAGAUCCAGCAGAGGCUGUGGCUGCUGUUCACUUCCCGCACUUCUUGUGUCUACGCAGGUAUGGCAGGUAAAAAAGCUUGCAACAAAAUAAAUACAGCAGUACCUCACUUUUUGAACGUAAUCUGUUCCGGAAGACCAUUAGAGUUCUGAAACAUUCAAAAACUGAGGUACUCUUUGCAGAUAGGGAAACAAAUAACUUGGACUUCCGGGGUGGCGCAACCGGCAAUGGCGGACUCCCUCUGAACUGGAGGGACUAGCUCCGCGGGAAACGGGUCUUCUCCGCUACGGCGAAGCGGGGACCCUUUUAAAAAUCACAGGCGGAUGAAGCCUGUGACCAUGGGACUCGGCGGGCACCUUUAGGGCCCCCCCCAACUCGCUAAGGAACCCACUAAUGGGCUCCGAAGUGAAGAGGGGGAAGUGGCGCGGUGCUGUGAGUCAACUGCUAUUUCCGUGGAGCGAAGCCGCAUAGCCGUUGCCGGAGAGCGCUGCCUUUUCCUGGGACACUUUGGACUUUAAAAUAAGCACCCGUGAGUACUUAGACUUUGAACAAUUGGACAUCAAAUAAGGACUAGCGAGCAGAAAAGAAUUGGAUCUUAAAAACCUAUUUUAAUUUGAGUACGGAACAGGAAGGUCUAAACAGGAAGUCAGCCUUCCGUUCUUUUGUAAACAGAAUAAAGCAAAGACAACUUAAACUAGAGCUCAGAAAAUCGCCUUUAAAGGAUUGGAUUUCACCAUUUAAAAUUGUGGAACCCCCCUUCGACAGCAGGAGAAGGGGGGGGGUCUUUUUUGGACUGUUUAAAGUGAGUUUAAAGUAAAGUAACUUUCCUCCGUCCUGAUCCUGGAGCGGGGUGUCAGGACUGACGUUUGAAGUUCAUUGACCAAAGACAAGUGUUUUUGUUACGAUAUAGAAGCAAUGCGGCCGCGAGCUGGUAGCUUGAAAGCAAAACAUAAUGGGAAUGUUGGGACUGUUCCGUGGGAAACAGAGGGACAGUCAAUUCACAGUGCAGAGGGCACCGGAAUUAGCUCAGAGUGUAAUAUGAGCUGUACAGGAAGUACAGGAGGAGUUUGUCUCUCGACUGCUGAAGCUUGAAGAGAGCAGACAUGAUUUUUGUAACGCUGCAAAGACAGAAAUAAAGGAAUGUAAAUACGUUUCUGUCUAUCUCUCUCCCUGCCCAGGGGGCAGGAAAGAGGGGUGUGUUCUUCUCACGCUGAGGAGGAUCGCCUAUCGCGACCUAGCCUGGAUCCUGCCGGGAAUGCAGACAGGGAGGUCAACAGGAGAUCAAGCCGGGUGCCUGGAGAGUGGCCAGUUUCUCCUGAUAAAGGCUUGAAUCCCAACAUAUGGUAGCAAGGAGCAGAUGGUUUUGAUCCAUGAAAGCAACAAGAGAGGUUGAUGGAUCGUACUUCAUCCUCUGCAAGGAGAUAAAGAAAGAAUGUGGUAGCGGGCGGAUGGAAGCUACAAGGACGGCUGAGCACCGGAGGAGGUGUUUUUGCUGAGCAACGGAUUCCCUCAAGGUAUGGUGAUUUUAUGGCUGUGAGAGUGAACGCGAAUUGAAGCAUUCUUCGGUUCACUGAGUGUCUGCUUUUGGAUGAAACCAGCACUGAAAGAGAGCCACAUAUUUCGCAUACCUGAGUCUUGAUAAGCCUGGAAUGUCCAGUUGCUAAGCAACGAAACGUCAGUAAAGUGGAAAGUUACUGGCCAACAACGGAAGUAAGGCUGAGCACUGUGAGAGGCUGGAAAAACACUGAUAAAACAGCAUUUGUUUUGUCUGUAUAUCUCACUGCUCUUGGAGGGACUUUCAAAACAGCCUGCGUUUAGCUGCCAAGUGUGAGGCAGUAAACAGCCAAUAGACUCUUGGAAUUUUACAGGCUCGAGAGUGAGAGCUGACACUUGGAUUCAAAAUGGAUACCAAGAAGGGGGGAGGCUUACCUUACCCACCUCCACUGACUAAUGACAAUUAUUCCUCAUGGUCUGUAAAGAUGAAAGCCCUGCUUCAGAAUCAGAGGAUUUUUGGGGUGAUUGAUAACCCCAUCCCUGCUGCACCAACGCCAGGUUGGAAUUCACAGAAUGUGAGAGCCAGGACGGCCAUAAUUCUGUGUAUCUCAGAUGAUCAGCUCGUGCAUAUUCAGGAUUUGGAAUACGCGCGUGAGAUUUGGCAAACGCUGCGUAGAAUACAUCAAAGAGAUGCUGGUUCUUCAGCGUUGCUGCAUUUUGAAAAGCUAACCAAUCUAAGGCUAGCGCCUGAUGGAGAUGUACAAGCGCAUCUGACAGAGAUGAAAUUCUUACGCCAGCAGAUGGCGGAACGCAAUUUCCCUCUACAGGAAGAGAUAUUCUGCUUCAUGAUUAUUAACAGCCUUAAUCGGACUUAUAAAACGGUUGCAAGUCAGCUUGGUUCUCUACCUGCCGCAGAUCUCACGACGGAGAGAAUUUGUGCCGUGAUUCUCAAUGAGAAAGACAGACUUGCUGCAAUAGAUGUCAAAGACAGGGGGAGAGAAGCUCGGAGUUCUGACACCCCCACUGCUAUUGCUAGUGAAGAACAGGCUGUUGCUUUGAACGUUGUCCGUUGUUUCAAUUGUGGACAGACUGGGCAUCUUCAGCGGAAUUGUAAGAAGCCACGUCAACAGAAAGGAGCUAAGGGGAGCUCUGCAAAGCCUGAGGCAUCAGGCAAAAGUCGUACCAAGUCCCAGGUGAAACCUGCAAAGGCAUUGCUGUCAACAAAAGCCGCAUUUUCAACGGAGAACGCUUUUAUUUUGGACACUGGAGCGACGCAACACAUGACGUCUCGGCGAGAUCUGUUUUCAACGUUUAAGAAGCAAAGCUUCACUGUGAAACAAGCCAACGGUCAGGAGCUGGAAGCGACCGGGUUUGGAACUGUGUAUCUUGAGAGUCUGAACUUGACUAUUAACAAUGUGUAUUUGGUUCCUGAUUUAAAGUUCAAUCUGCUGAGUGUUUCGCAGAUCACAAAGAAAGGACUGACUUUGUCCUAUGAUAGAGAAAGCUGCAAAAUCUUCAAAGAUGGAGAGCUGUAUCUUUCUGCCAGAGAGAAAGAUGGACUGUAUUUGUUGACUUUUGAUCAAAGUGAUUGCAUAAAUUGUAAUGCAUCUGAUUCUAACAUGAUUUCUCUCGCAGGUGUGUCGAAAAACGUCCAGAAGACGACAAAAGUAACCAAAGCUUUUCAGCGAGUGUAUGCUGAUGUGAUUGGUCCUCUAGCACCGUCUAGAGGCAAUGCAAGAUAUUAUCUUGUGUGUGUGGAUUAUUUCUCUCAUUAUGUGUGGGUAUAUAUAUUGCAGAAACCACAAGAAGCCUUAGAAAGGUUUAAAGAGUUUUGUGACAAGGUUAAGAAUGUUCAUAAUGCUAACAUUGAUUGUCUUUUCACAGAUGAAAAGCCAGUUUUUCUUUUGCAGGAUUUUCAGGAUUUCCUGGAUAAGAAAGGGAUAAGGCACAAGACUGCUGUUUCUGCAGAAGCAUGGAACAGAAGUGUCUGUGUGCAAGUGAACAAAGAAUUGCAAAAUGGCAUGAAGGCGCAAUUGCUGAGUUCACAUUUGCCACAUGAGUAUUGGGCGGAAUCGUUAAUGUGUUUUUGUUACAGUUGGGUGAGAAAAGUUUCAAAAGGUUUAGGAUGUUCUCCUUUUGAAAGCUAUUCCACAGAAAACCGUCUGUUGCCCAUUUUAAGGUUUUGGGUCUCAUGUGAAGACUGAAGCUCCAGGUGGAGUAAAGAAUGCUAGAGGCAUUUUUGUGGGUUAUGAAAAGGGUCUCUACAGAGUAAUUUUGUCUGAAUCUGGUCAGGUGGUUCUCACAAAAUUUCUAGAGAGUGCUCCUGAACAGGAGAGAGUAAUUGUUCACACAUUUCCCACUGAGGACGAUUCAGAUGAUGAUGAUGAUUUUACUGAUUACAGUGGUACUGAGAAUGACAGUGAUAGCUCAAAGAGCUCAGUUGACACAGUCAUUGAGAGGAAAUCUCACACAAUGGAUAGACCUUCACAGGUGAAGGAUGAACCACUGUUUACUAUUGGAACUGGUUCUCCAAAGAGUCCUGAGACUGAACCAGUGAGCAGAGAGGAUCAGCACCUCAUACGCAGGUCCGAGAGAGUUACAAAGGGUGUACCACCCAAGAGGUAUUCAAAAGAGUUUGCUAACUCAGCUGUAGCAUGUGUUACUAUUGUUGACAACUCAAGACAGGUUGAAGCUGUGUCUAAGUCAGAGACAAAGACACAACAGAGAGUUGCUAAGCGUAACACUACAUUCCCUAGCCAAGGUAAUGCAGAUGCACUCAUUCCUUGGAAGACAGACAACCAGAGAGGUACACUGGGGAAACCAGUGGCGGGUAGUUCCAAGGGUGGAACUGAAACAACAGGGAGUGUUAUAUGUAUAACAACUGUUUGUUUUCUUCUCUGGAUCAUGCUUUGCUCGCAGCGCACAUUGAUUCAUAUGGGGAGUAUGUUACGAUAUAGAAGCAAUGCGGCCGCGAGCUGGUAGCUUGAAAGCAAAACAUAAUGGGAAUGUUGGGACUGUUCCGUGGGAAACAGAGGGACAGUCAAUUCACAGUGCAGAGGGCACCGGAAUUAGCUCAGAGUGUAAUAUGAGCUGUACAGGAAGUACAGGAGGAGUUUGUCUCUCGACUGCUGAAGCUUGAAGAGAGCAGACAUGAUUUUUGUAACGCUGCAAAGACAGAAAUAAAGGAAUGUAAAUACUGUUUCUGUCUAUCUCUCUCCCCUGCCUGGGGGGCAGGAAAGAGGGGCGUGUUCUUCUCACGCUGAGAAGGAUCGCCUAUCGCGACCUCAGCCUGGAUCCUGCUGGGAAUGCAGACAGGGAGGUCAACAGGAGAUCAAGCCGGGUGCCUGGAGAGUGGCCAGUUUCUCCUGAUAAAGGCUUGAAUCCCAACAUUUAAAGUGAGUUUAAAGUAAAGUAACUUUCCUCCGUCCUGAUCCUGGAGCGGGGUGUCAGGACUGACGUUUGAAGUUCAUUGACCAAAGACAAGUGUUUUUGACAGAUAGCUAAAAGAAGAGAAACAUAGUGAUUCCACUGUUCCCCUUCGCAUUUUAAAGGAAUAAAUAUUGACAAAGUAUCUCAAAAAGGGAAACUUUGUUGCAAGAACAAAUAGAAGUUUUCCCCCUAGAGGGAGACUGUGAAACUGUAACCAACUCCAGGGAGCCGGCAGCUGUUACAGAUUACAAUCGUGGGAACAGGCAUCUGACCUUGCAGGACAAUGUAUUCAGAAGCUUUGUUGUGUGCUUUCUAUAAAACAAAUGCCCCACUGGAACAGUUACAUGAGAAGGUGAAUUGGAUGGCGACUUCGACUAGAAAUAUGAAGAAGAGCUGCGGAAGGGACAUGGAAGAGACUUGAGGGCCUCGGAUAUAAGGUUGCCAGGUUAAUGGGCUAGAUCGACGGGAUAAUAAGGACUGACAAAACACGGAACCAGGAGGAAGGGACGUUGGAUGAAGAUUGGAUCUGUUUGUAUCUCUUUUCUCUACCAUUAGAACUGUUUUAUAAAAUUGAUGAAUGUUAGAAAAAUGUUGGAAUGAAAUUACUUGGCUUUAGCAAAGAUGUUUAAAGAAUUAUGAAAGAAUAUUAUGGUUAUGAGAAGUUGGUAAGGAUAAGAUUUAAGUUUUAAGCUUUAAGGUUUAUUUUAAUAUAGAAAGAUAAGAUUAAAACAGUUUAGGGUAAUGUAAUGACAGAAUAUUAUGAAACAUGGAAAGGAUUUGCUGGGAUAAUUAAUAACUAGGAUACAAAGAAAGGGAGGCGGAGGAGGUCUAAGAAAGAAGGCAAUGACAGUUGAGGAUUUGAAAAUAAUGAAUUUGUUUUUAAAUGUUUUUAAUUGUUUGUGAUGUAUUUUUGUAUUUUUCUUUUUUUUUCUGUCACUUUUUAUUUUUGAAUUUAUACUCAUAUGGUUGGAAGGGGUUUGUUUUUUUCUUUUUCUACUUUGUUAACUAUUUUUAUUUUGUACUUUCUUUUGCUUCUAUUUUAUUUUGUAACACUUUGAAAAUUUCAGUAAAUAUCUUUUAAAAAACCAAAAACAAAUAACUUGCACUCAGUGGAAGCUGCGUUUCCUGUUUGACUUUGAAGGCGUAUUCAAAAACCGAAGCAUUUACUUUUGGGUUUAUGCAGUUCGAAAACCAAAAUGUUUGUCAACAGGGACGUUCAAAAACUGAGGCACCGUAUUUUUCGCUCCAUAACACGCACCGGACCAUAAGACGCACCUAGUUUUUAGAGGAGGAAAAGAAGAAGGAAAAAUAUUCUGAAUGAAACCGUGGAUGUAUGAUUUUUGUGGUUCAUGCUGUGGCCGCAGACAUGUGAUUUGACAGUGAGUUUGGGGUAGCCCAAUGCAAAAAUCCUGAGAAUCCAUGUGGAUCAGUGCUUUGUAACCACGUUUUUGCGCCCCAGGCAACAGUGAGUGUGUGAUUUUUUUUGGUGCAGGCUGUAGCCAUGGACAUGCUAUGUGAUCUGAUUUGACGGUGAGUUUGGGGUAGCCCAAUGCAAAAACCCUGAGGGUGCAUGUGGAUCCGUGUUUUGUAAUCACAUUUUAAGUGGGGCGGGAAGGAAAAACACUGAAGGGACAAGGAGCAUGCGUGGAGUGUGUGGAGAAGGAGCUUUUCAGCGAGCUGAGCCGGGGAGGAAGGAGGGAAAGAGAGCAUGCUCGCUUUAAAGCAGCCAACUGGACAGGAGCCGCUUACACCCAUAUAAGCAGCUCCUCUCCUCUCCCACUUUGCUCCUUUAAAGUGAGCGGGCUCUCCUUCUCUCCCUCCUCCCGGCUCAGCCCGCGACUGGAGCAGGAUCCCCCCACCAUCCGUAGGCAUUCGCUCCAUAAGGCACACAGACAUUUCCACUUACUUUUUAGGAGGAAAAAGUGAAGCGAAAAAUACGGUACUUUACUGAGCAGGGAGAGGCUGUGGCUGAGAGCAGUCCAGAAUCGGAGGCAGAAGUGGAGGCUGGAGAGGUGGUGGGCCAGGAGACAAAUGUGAGGCAGGCUGCUGAAGAAGCCUGGGAGUCUCUCCUUCCUGCUGCGACAAGCUCCCUUCCCCACUGGUCUCCCAGAACCAGAAGAGGUACAGUGGCAUGUGGUCAGUGGACUUGGGGGAAGAGGCUAGUUUCCUAAGUGUUCUCCUGGCACCUGCUUCUCAAAGCCUGUGAAGCUUCUGCCUGCCUUAGGAAGAGAGGCACAUUACUCUGAUGUGUGCAAGAGCCUUCCCUUCCCCUUCUCAAAGCCCGCCUAACGUUGGGAAGAAGGCAGCAGGGCUUCAGCAUCCUUUCAGAGACCUGGUGCCCCUUCCCAAAGCCCAGGAAGCUUCUGCCUGGCUUAGGGAGGGAGGUGCUAUACUCAUGUAUGCAACCUCACAAUGUUUUCACCCCACCCCCCAAAUCGCCUUCACAAGCUGGUGCCUACACCAUAACUGUUACCUACAGAAAAUGUCACCCCGUGCCACUAAAGAGGUAUGAAGAGAGCAGAGCAAAUACAGAUAUGGCGACGGAGUCUCAGAUUGCUUGGGAAGGACCCAGGGGGAAAGGAGCCUUAGGGAACUGCCUCAUGGGGGCUAGAUCUACCAGAAUGAGUUGCUAUGCUCACUAGGCCUGCCUUCUUUCUUUGAAUAAAUAGUUGACUUUACUGACACCAGGUGACAGACGGUCAACAGUUUCCCACUUGUGACACAUUUGUUUGUUUUUCCUUUCUGCUGCUUUCCAGGCAAAAGUGAUUCCCAAGUCCACCUUGCACAUUUUGUGGAAGGGGGGAUGAGUCUAGAGAAGCCAGACAGAGUGAGGCCAUAUCAUGUUGUGUUGGAAAACCCAAACUUCUCUCCCCGUGGAGCCAUUUUGAGGACGUCGUGGUCAUUGUUUAAGCGAAAGAGGAAGGUCCACACUGUGGCACUGCUCUAUCAAAAGCUUCAAUUCAGCUCACCAAAAUUCCACCUGUAUCUCCUACCCAAUGACUCUUCUCUGAGAAAGGUAAUCGGGAUUCCAACUCUGAUUGGUAUUCCAGACAGCCUGGAUCAUUUGCCUGACCAUAGUAAGCCUGACAGAGUAGCUAUGCAAAAUCAUGCAGCAGAGUGUGACAUGGUUCAUGAACUGUAUCUCCCGUUGUUGGGCUUGAGCUAAUUUACCAAACAGCUAGCCAACAUCAACUUGCUGCUGGAGAGAAGAUUUGCAGUUGCUCUUCAACUGAGUUAUUUUGGUUGCCACCAGUAGUGGUUUUUAAAAGUGAGCUUUCCAACACUGUAAUAAGCAUUUUACAUUUGCUGUGCAACCUCUUUUCCAAAUGCCCUGCUUGGUUCCAUAGACAGCAUGGUUAGUCAAUUUUGCGAACAAAAUAUGUUUACUCUAUAGUUCUAAGUACACUCAGCCUUCUCUGAAAUCAGUGGCGCUACCUUCAAAGUAAAUGCAUUUAGUGAUGAGCAAAUUCUCCUUGCUUCGUUGAGUAGUUACAGGCUUUCUGCAAGAACAUUGUUUCUGGUGUGUGAGGCUGGCACAUGAGAGAUAAAUGCCUUUGCAAUGUCAGCUGCUCCCCAUGCAGUCUGAAAAUUGCCUUUCCAUAUUUUGGUUUCUGAUGAGAUUUAGUUUUCUUUAUAUUGAAGAUGGAGAAUCUGUGUCUCUGCAGAUGCUCUUGGACUACAAAACCCAUCAUUCCUGACCCACACUGGCUGUGGCUGAUAGGAAUCCAAUGACAUCUGGAAGGUUGCAGCUUCCCCAUCCCUGCCUUGCAUGCUGCAACAAAGCCAAGAAAGGGGUAGGGAUCCAGUAUUCCAGAAGUUGGUUACCUUUCUUGCAUAUCUCAAAAGUGACCUUUGCGUUUCCUAGGCGGUUCAUGAGCACGAAGCACAAUGCCCUUCACAAAGAAUAGACAAACCCCCCUGGACUCUGAGGCCUCUGACGAUUGGCUGCCACUUCUUUGUGGAGACAAAUGAUGUCAGAGUCUGUCCCAAGGUGAGACGCAAAGAUGAUGAAAGGCUUUGCUAGGGCAGAGCCAUGGCUGUGAAGUAUGAGAACGGGAGGGACUCCACCAGGAUCCCUCAUCAUGCUUUAAUUUGACUCCCUUGGACUGGUCGAUUGGGCUAAGCCUUGUUUGCACAUAAGGAGGUUUUAUGCUUCCCCACAGGAAGUGGAGUUUCAAUAUCUGGAUGCUGACAAGCUGCAGCAGUAUGUGGAACUGUUUGCUCAGCAAAUGCAAGACAUGUUCAACUUCAGUGUGAUGGAGAAGCCCAAGAAUGAACUCAUCUGGGAGGCCCUUGUGACACAAGGUGAGCUUAGUUGGAAGAAAAUUGGAAGGUUGGACCAUAAUUUGGGAGGCAGGAUGAUAAAGGACAUCGCAGUCACAUUCCCUCUUUGACUGCCUCUUUCCUGUUCUCUUUCAGAAGAGUUAAAGUCUCCUGAGAUGACGUCUUCUCCUUCAAGCUCAGAGCAAGGUCUGCAGGUUUUAAUUGCUUAUUUCCUCGUAGUUAAAUCCUACCUUCCUCCCAAUGGCAGCACAGAGUGGCUGGUGAUACAGUACCAUAGAAAAGUCACUUUUGUAAUGUUAGGGAAUCGCCUUCCGGUGCAGGUUCCCCAUUGCUUUAUAGUCUCCUUUGGUGCCAGAUGAAGUUCUUUCCACACAGCUAAAUUUUGUAGAAACAGCUUUGCCUUUCAUUCAGCACACCCAGUGUGCUAACGGAAUCCAGUGCAAAUGCUCAAGAUACUUCAAUUGGGCUUUCCUCCCUUCACCCACCACUUCCCUCAAAUGCACUUUGGAGGGUCAAGGAGAACCUCCAGAACAGCCGGAAAGGGUGCGGUGUGUGUACUUGGCUGUUGGGGAGGGAUAGCUCUGUCUGGCAAGCAGGAAAGGUCACAGAGGGUGACAUUUAAUUUCUCCCUGUAUGUUUUACAGCCUGGGCUUCUUAGUUUUCAGCUGAGUGUCAGUUGUUAAACUAUUUUUCUAAUUGCAUGUUAAUGUGUGUGUUUGUUGCUCUGUUUUUCCUUGUGAGCCAACUUUGGAAAUUGUGUUAUGAAGGGGUAGUGCAAGUGUAAGACUUUAACAAGUAACAUAUGUGACACAGAGUCCAAAAAGGACUUCCAAGGACAGGGGCCUUGUGGGUAGUUUUCAUGGAUUUAAAUGCUGGCAGAAUGGCCUCUCUCUCUUUACAGUAUCACAGCAGACCCCUGCCGGCAGUCCUGGUUUGCACCCCCAAAAAAUCGUUCACCCGGGGCGAUGGCCCCCUGGGCCCCCCACGCUAUACCCCUGCUACAACUAUGAUGUAGAAUGGAAGGUGAGAAGCGUGUGAGUGUGCAAAAUUUUGGUGUCACACACAACACUGCUGUAAUUUGAGACCCGAAGGUCCUCUACUGGUUAACGUUCCAUGAUUAUCAUUUCUCCGUGAUCCCUCCUUGUUUCCUACGUUUCCAUAUCCUUUCUGUCUCUCUUUCCAGGUGCUUGUUGCUGCACUCUGACCCAUGCUGCUUCCAGCAGCACUGACUCAGGACAUGGUGUGGAAAGCAGGUAGGGCUUGAUAAUCCCUUUCCUCACACAAAGCCAGUCCUGCUAUUAGGGACAAUUCAGCAGCUGCCACAGGCAGACAGCAGAUGUUGGGGGGGGUGCUGUUUAGGCAUUGGCUGCACUGCUGUUGCUGGAGGAGCAGGAACAUGCAAAUGUGUAAAGUCAACAGAAGCUAAAUUGGGUAUCUCUCUACAUAUUGGUUGCAUGCAAGGCUCCCCUCAGAGCAGGAGGAGGUUUAGCUCCAAUCCCAGCAUUGUGUUCCUCGGACCUCCGAUCGCUGAUCAAAGAUGGCUCUCUAAACUUCAGAGCAACCUCAGGCCACACCUCUUUCCCCUCCCUCAGUGCCAGUCACAGUCAUGGAAGGUGACAGCACCUCCUGAUGAUGUAGUUCCUUCCCAUAUCCCUUUGCUGAGCUUCUCUUGUUUUGUGUCUGCUUUUGCCUGCUGUUGGAGGCGCCAGUGCAGAGUGAAGCUGAGGACCAUCAGAGAACAUCUGGUGUCCGUCCUGGAGAAUCUGGAUGAGGAUGAACUCAAGAGGUUCAAGCUCAAUCUCAGCGAUUCCCCCAUCAGGGGUGGCUAUGACAACAUCCCUCGGGGGAGGCUAAUGAAGGCGGAUGUCAUGGACCUGAGCUUGCUGCUGCUUGGUUUCUACAUGGAAGAUGCUGUGCAGGUGGCGGCUGAGGUGCUCAGAGCCAUCAACUGCAGGCCCGAGGCAGAGAGACUCAUCUCUCUGAGACUGAGUAAGAAAGAAGGAAUUCCAGCUCACAGAACUUGCUAGGAUGGAAGGCAAAUGGAGUGCCACCUGCCCCCCCCCCCCAAGCAAAUGCAGAGUGGUGGAUUGAUAAUCUCUUCAUGGGGGCAGUGGGGAUGAGAGAAUAGAAACCUUACAUCAGGGAUAACCAACCUGGUGCCCUUCAGUAGUUGGCUUAUCUUUUUUAUUUAACAGAAUGUGUGUUAUGCUCAGUUAUAAGAAACAAAUCUCUAAGCUAUUUGUAUAAAACAAAAAAUAUUAUUUUUAAAAGUCAGAAGUUUAAAAUGAGUUGAGCUUAAAAAAUUUCAAAAUGUUAAUAGUAUCAGCAGCUAAAAUAUAAUUUUUAAAAUAAAAUCACCUAUUAAAAUACGUGUCAGCUUUACGUAUCUGGGUAGGCUUGCCUAAACAAAUAUUUUUUUUAGCAGGCACUGAGCAUAGUACAAAGAAGACAGCUGUCAAUGGGCAAGCCGUUCCAGAGUGUAGGUGCUGCCUUGCUAGAAUAUGGAUUCCCUAGAGGCGUUGGACUGCUGCUCCCAUCAGUCCCAGCCAGCACUGCUAAAGAUCAGGCAUGAUGGGAGUUGUAGUCCUGCAGUUUACUUAGGGCACUGUGUUGGCUACCGCUGCUGUACAUACAAAAGCUGUUUGUCAGAACUAGAGCUGUCAAGUGUCAACUGACCAUUCGCCCCUACUCUUUCUCUCGUAUACAUUUCACAGUCUGAUAUCCACUGGAAUUCCAAAGGGCUAGUGUCACACAAACAUCAAUGGUUAAAGGAAAAUGUGCUUACCCAGCAAGAAAUGCACUGGUGCUAAUUAAAUAUAGCAAAAGACUGCUGGGGGCAGGGAUAAAACAGCCAGUUUUGACCUCUCCCUUACCUUUCCACAGUUGACAGUGUCAUGCCCCCUUAUAUGCAGAGGAAUGUACGAAAGAAAAAUGUGUGGUAAGUCCCAUUGCAAUUCUACUUGCAGCUUACAGUGGAAGAGCAUUGAUUGGAUGGUGUGAGAAUCAGAUCUUAGCUUGGGAGGGAGCUUCAUCCAGGAAAAAGGAUGGGCAAAUGUGUCACUGGAAUGGACAGUGCUAAGGGAUUUAGUGAUAAGUAUCACUUCCUAGGAACGGGGUUGCUAGGUGAUGCUGGUGUACUAGUAAAGAGACACAAGUAGUUCAGUGGUCCUCAGGAACCCGAUGGAUGGGGGAACGGGAGAAGCAGCCUUGAGGAGAGGCUUGUGUGUGAGUCCAGAGGGCAACUUCUCAGCCAUUUCUAUGACUUCAAGCUUCUGCUUAUUAUUAUGGAGCAUGGUUUGCAUGCAGGGCUGGCCCCAGACAUUUCGGCGCCUGAGGCAAAUCAAUUUGGUUCUCCCCCUGGAAUUGUAGUUUGCUAAGGGACUCACUCUCUUUCUCUUUCUACACACACACAAAACACAGGCACGGAAAACACUUGUCUCCUUUCUUUCCCUCUUGCCUUCCUUCUCAGUAGCCCAACCAGUGAUAAGCAGUGGCAGGAGCAGCAUCAGUGGCCAGGAAGACCCUUGCCCGGCUGUGGGUGGGCAGUGCUGGGGCCAGGGGUCUGAGCCAAGUUGUGAUGGAAAAGGAAAUCUGAGAGCCACCAAAGAUGCAGCAGCCAGUGUGACUGAAGGAGGGAGCUGAGGAGAGAGAGGACCCUGGCUUUGCAGCAUCCUUCCUAGAUCAGCUUCUGCUGCUCUCAUGGAGAAGGAAAAUGAAAGGGGAAAUCUCAUGCAGUUAAGAGGGUCUUUAACCAGGGUGGCAAUCUUUUCCACAAUGCAUGUUAUGUACACACCUGCAGACACUACCCCUCCUUUUGAAAUUCAACACCUAAAUGUAUACAGAAUCCAGAUCUGUGGGUGGGGGGCUCUGGAAGAUGGGCAGUCAAGCUAAUGAGUUGCUUUGAAGCCUCUUGUUAACUUGGUAGAUAAGCAAGCCAAAUUUUCUUUCUGCUAGAAAGACUGCCCCAUUAUCCUGCCAGUAUAUUUCUAAAAUCUAUUCUUUACAGCUGGCCUGGGGCAGAAGGUUUUCCCACUUUGGUCUUUUAAAAAAACCUAAAGGAAAACUGUGAUUGGCUGUGAUUGACACCCCUCUUUUUUUUUUUAAUGAUAUUUAUUAAAGUUUCAAAAAAUACAAAAAAUACAGAAUACAGAAAGAAAAAGAAUAAAGUUUUUUAAAAUAUAACCAAAAAAGUAAAAAAUAAAAAGAAACAUACCAAAUAAAACAGUUAAAAGGACAUUAAUUUUCCAUAACCUAUCUUCCCUAUACUUAUUUCCCCGGACCUCCUCAUACCUCCCUUUUUUUGUAUUCCAGUUCAAUUUGUUAGUUCAGCAAAUCCUUACCAUUAAACUUUUGCCCAGUUGCAAACCUUUUUUCAUAUCUCUUAAAGCAUUACAGCUAAAAACCUCUUAAUUUCUAUCCAACAUCCUUCUAAGAUUCCUUAAUUUUACAAUAUUUCUGUAAAUAGUCUUUAAAUUUCUUCCAGUCUUCUUUCACCGACUCUUCUCUCUGGUCUCAGAUUCUGCCAGUCAGACCUUAAGUCCAACAGAUGCUUUGGGAUGUCCUUAAAGAUCACCAAACUUGAAUCGUCAAUUUCCAAGGUUUUUUGAUAGUGCAGAUUCAGAAUUUUAUCUCUCUCUUCUUUUGUUCAAAAGGUAAUCAAACAGUCUCUCACCUUGUCCUUACCUUGUCUUCUUCCGAGCCUAAAUGCAUUCACUAUCUUAAAUUCUUCCUUCCCCGAGUCCAGUUGCCAAAAAUCUGUAAAUUCCUGUGUAAGAAAGUCAGCCAAGUUAUCUUUCUCCCGUUCUGGAACAGCCCUGAUUCUUAAAUUUCUUUGUCUAUCUUUCAGUUCAAUCAUAGAAAAUGUCACAUCAUGGUCCUCCAAUUUCUUAUAUACUGGUGGAAUUUUCUCUUGAGUAACAGUUGCAAUAUCUUUUGCUUCCUCUGCUAUCUUUCGAAUCGAGGCAGAUUCCUGUAGUAUUUUUUCAAUGGUCUCUGUGUUGGCAUUCACCUUCUGCCCCAAGGUAUUAAUACUUGCAGUGUUUAAAUCAAUUUUGCUUGAUGCUUCCACAACUUGUCUAUUUGUCUCAGCUACUCGUCUAUUUGUCUCAGCUACUUGUCUAUUUGUCUCAGCUACCUGUUUACUUAAGCUUUCCAAAGAUUCAUUAAUUUUUGCCAGUGCCUGUGCCAAAACUUCUUCCGACGACAUAACUUUUGGUUUAGCCUGUGGGAGUGCGGCCCCUGAUGUUCCAGAUGCUCCAGAUGUUGAGCCCCUUCGCGGCUGCGCAGUGUCUAUCCGAUAAUGUCUGCCAGACCUAGUAGUUUUUUCCUGCGGUUCUGCCUUCUCUAUCUUCCCUUUGCCAUCUGCCAUAACAGUCUCAUAGAAAUUCAAGGUCGCUCCCACAGUCAGACAGUUGUUUUAGAAUACAGUGGUGCCUCGCAAGACGAAAAGAAUCCGUUCUGCGAGUCUCUUCGUCUUGCGGGUUUUUUCGUCUUGCGAAGCAAGCCCAUUAGCGGUUUAGCGGAUUAGCGCUACAGUAUUAGUGGCUUAGCGGGCUUAGCGGAUCAGCUGAUAAGCGGCUUAAGGAUCAGCUGAUAAGAGGCUUAACGAUCAGCUGAUAAGCGGCUUAGUGAUCAGCUGUUAAGCGGCUUAGCCGAUCAGCUGAUAAGCGGUUUAGUGGCUUGGGAAAAAGGGGGGGGGAAGGGAAAAACCCCCGCAGGAACUCGCAAGACAUUUUCAUCUUGCGAAGCAAGCACAUAGGAAAUUCGUUUUGCGAAGCACCUCCAAAACGGAAAACCCUUUCGUCUAGCGGGUUUUCCGUCUUGCGAGGCAUUCGUCUUGCGGGGCACCACUGUAGAAUGGAAUUUUCCUCUAAACCAACUGCUGUUGUAACAAUGUCCAACUUCCUCUAGGGGGACACAGUAACAGCCAGAACUUGCAACUUUUAAAAACAAAGAUAGUCUUUAUAAGUCCCCCAAUUUACUUUAAAAACCACAGUCUCAGUGCACAUAAACAGUUACUUUCAAGCCAAAAGAAGUCCAGAAACACUGUAUCCCUUUUGCAGAAUUGGCUGUCAGAAAUAGACUUUCCACUAUGCAACCCUUAUCUCAAGGCAGUCCGUUCCAAAUCUUAAACAGUAAAUUUUUCCUUCCUUUCCCCUUCUUUUUUGCAGGGAAAUUCAGCUCAGUCUUUUUCCCCCCCUCCUCUCCUGCAAUCCGGAGGGGGAACCACUUACAAGAUGUUAGGAUUUAGCUCUUUUUCAAGUAACUUUCUGUGUUUCCGCUUUAGGGUCUCUUUGCUUUGAUCUAUUUACAAUACAAGGAAGGCAGACUUCCUGGUUGUACCUUCCCCGCUCCGUGCCAAAUUAACUUUUUUCUUUUAGAUCCAAUUUGAUCCUACUCACGCGUAGUUGUUUUCAAAGUCUGAUUAUCCCAGGAAAAAGGCAGCGCUCUCCGGUAACAGCUUCGCGGCUUCGCUCCACGGAAGAAGCAAUUUGCUCACAGCACCACGCCAUCCCCGCUCCGCUCCGGAGCCCGUUGCCGAGCUCCUUUAACAGUUGGGGGGGGCGCAAACGGUGCCCGCUGAGUCCCACGGUCACAGGCUUCACCCGCCUGUGAUUUUUUUGGGGGUCCCCGCUGCGCCGUAGCGGCAGGACCCAGAUUCCAUAGAGCCAGUUCCCUCCGAGUUAGAGAGAAGCAGCCAUUACUGAUGGCGCCACCCCGGAAGACACCCCUCUUAGGAGGGUCCAGCCCCCCCCCAUGAAGUGGCUUUUUCCUUCUGCUGGUGGAAAGAAGGCUGCCUUACCUGAAAGAGGAGGCAGAGCUGGACCUGACAGCCAAGACCAAUCAGCUUGAAAGUAAUUAAUAAUAAUAAUAAUAAUAAUAAUAAUAAUAAUAAUAAAUUAAUUAAUUAAUAAUAAUAUCAUAGUCCAGAGGGGAGAGGGGGAGGCACAGCUGCUGCAUCUUCCUUUCUCAGGAAGAUGGAAAAUAUGGACAAGAGAGGCAGCUGACUGGUUUGAGUCCCUGCUGCAGAUUCAGGCCACCAACGCAGCUUCACCCCCACCAACCACCUGCCACACAACUUCCUUUCCGGUCUCCAUUUUGAAAAUCACUCUGUUACAACUUUGCCCUCCUUGUUCCUUAGGGGUGUGGAUGAAGUUGUAACACUUCCAUUUUCAAAAUAGAGACCUGCAAGGAAGGGCAGAUGUGCAGUUGUUGAGGAGGAGGAGGAGGAGGAAGAAGUGGUGAGUUAGCGGUCGGUGGAGAAGGAGAGGCAGCAAGAGGGCCUGUGGAUGAGCUGGUCACAGAGGCAGUGGCAGGCAGAUUUGACACCCCUCUUAGGAGGGUCCAGGUAUGCUCCCCCCCCCCGACAGCUUUCCCUCCCCUCUUCGUGGGCAGCCUGGCUGUGUCUGCAUGUAGAACGUAUAAUAACAAAGUCAGCAGGGGCGCCUGCCUUGGAUGAAACCUAGAGAGGAGUGCAAAAUGUAUCACAAAUACUGUGUAUAUUCUUGGCCAUUAAAAAAGGGGUGGCAAAUUACAUCAUGAUUUCUUUUCAGUGUGGAGUAAAUCAACAUAUUUUUCAGGUUGCAAAGGAAAAGCAGAGCUCAACAUUCUCAGUGGAUGAGUGAAAGCAGUAUACUAGGGGUGGAAAAAUUAAGCCCCAGUUGUAUCCUAAUCAAGCUCUAAUUCUCUGCCCACAACAAUGCCUAAUAUAAAAUAAAUGUUUUUGCCACAGGUCACUGGAAGGAGUCAUUAUCACUGGUUAUGAAAUAGUCUGCAAGGGAAGAAAAGAAUUACUUGAAAUUAUUGAAAAGGACCUAGAAUUCUUUUACUUGAAUUGUGCUAUGGCUUUAUUAUCACACCGAGAAAAUACUUGGAUUUGUGGACAGCAAGAGAAAACCCCAAGGAGAAAAUUCAAAAAUUGCUGGAUAUGAUCCAGGAAAGGGGGGAGGCAACUUGUUGCUGGUUCCUGGAACAAGUAGAAAGGAAAUAUCCAGGCUCCAUUCAGAUUCUGCUAGUUGCAGUACAUGGUGAGUUUGAUUUAGAGUACUUUCUGAACUUCAAGGACAGUUCAACUACCUUCCUCAUCCUUGCAACAGUCGUGUCAGGUAAAGAAUUGUCUUUUACAGGCUUGGGUAAAAAAUUGUUCCAGGCGACAAGCCCCUCAGGGCUGAAGUCAGAAUCUCCCCUAUUUGCAGAGGAAGGAAGAAGCAGCAAGAUGGAAAACCCAGCAGUUUGCGGGGAAAGUGUUGUGUGUAAUCUGUGUCCCUGUGAGGUAAGUGGCUGAACAGAUGGGCCCAGACUGGGGGUGGGGGUGGGGCAGCUGCCUCCACCCAAUCAAGUAAAUGAAUAAAAAUACUUAACUAAAAGUAGAAAUUGUAGAAAGAUUUUGACAGAUUUUUCUGAGCACUUGGGGUCAAAAAAAGUAUUUUUUAUUUUUAUUUUUUCCAAUUCAAUGCUUUAUUGAGUUUCAUAAAUAACAAAAAACAAACAAAAAACGAUCUUAUGUAAGUAAUCUUAUGUAAAUAUACAGAUAAAAAAGAUUCGAUCUUAUACAAUCUCUUUAGUUCAACAUUCUUACUAAAGUGUAAUAGACUUCCCGUCAACUCCCAGUGCAUUUAACAUUUCUAAUAUUGAGUGUACUUAUUACUUUCAUCUAUUUGUAUUUUCUAAUACAUUCUUACAACAUAUCUGUCAGGGAACUGACAUUGGAGCUGGAGGCGGAGGGAAGGCUCUCAAAUGAUGCUGGAGAAGGGCCCAGCAGGGAGAGGCAGCUCCGCAGAUGGGGAAGCAAAUCAGCGCAACACCAGGGAUAAAGAGGGCUGAUGGGGAAUCGGCGAGAGGGCUCCAGGACUCUUCACCGGACACCAGCGGGGAGAGCACGGGUCCUCCGCUACCCACGCCCACCCUGCGCAGAAGACUUCCGCGCAGAGAGAGUAGGAGGAGACUGGGUGUCAAACAACUUUUAUGUUGGAAAAGAUUUAAGAAACGCCCACUGACGGAUUCUGAUAGCGACUGAGGCAGCCACGAAGUGAAGGGCUGCCCAGACUGAAGGGUUUAGCAAGGCAACAAAGCCUGGAGAGGCGGCAACUUACGCACGAGCAACCCAUACACAUUACAAUAUCGUACCAAUUUCUCUUAUUUCUUUGUUAUUAUUUUACACAAGGGUCACUCAAAUGCAGCCAUAGGUGUCACACCGCUGUUAUAUUUUUGUUAAUAUAUCUUAAACAUGUCCCAUUUUUGAACAAAUGAUUGUUUUGUAUUACCUCUCAACCAAUUAGUCAAUUGUUCCAUUUAUUCAUAUUCUAGUAAUUUAUUCUGUCAUUGCAUUCUCGUUGGAAUCCUUUCCCCUUUCCAGUUCAUUGCAAUUAAGGUUCUGGUGGUGGCUGUUGUGUAUAGCUGUUGUUGAGACAUUUCAUUCCAAAUCUGCAAGACACAGCCAGACAGAUUACUUCUGAGUGUCCCUGCUCAGGAACUGGAGCCAAACCAGCCGCCUGGUUCUCUAGGGAGCUGGUAAUGAUUAAACAUGAGAGAGGGUGACUACAACGAACUUGACAGAAUGAGUCCGUCUGAACACAGACUAGAGCCUCUUUGAAGACCUAUUCUGUGGCACUGCAUUCCCAAUUCCUGGAAUGGAGAUGUUUUCUUAUGUUAAAUGACUGUGUACUUUAAGGGGCGCACGCAUUCCUUUCGCUGUGGGUCACAUGAGAGAGGCAUUCCAUUCUCUUCCAACUGUUAUUCGAGUAACUGUCUUUUUCAACUGUCUUUCUGCUUCUCUUUCUGCGUGUGAGGAGGGAGAAUGGCUGCCGAGAGAGAUCUCAGGAUACUCAUGUGGGCAGUGUGUGUUAGUGUGAUCUGUCUAAAGUGAAACAGAAAGAGGAAGAUCCCUAAAUGUUAAUAGGGAGAAACCUGUGCAGGAAAAAGAAGAAUCACAGAAGAUAUCAGGAUUGGCAAUAGUAAACAAAACUAAGGACUUGGGAAUAUGGCUAACAAACAAAAAUAGUAACCUAUUUAAGGACAAUGAUACAAAAAUUUGGAAAGAAAUUAAAAGAGAUUUGGAGAUCUGGAAUAAAUUAAGAGUAUCACUCUGUGGCAGGAUAUCAGUAGUAAAAAUGAACGUGUUGCUUAAAAUGAUCUUUUUAUUUCAAAUUAUACCAAUCAUUGGAGGGAAGGGCUGUUUCAAAUUAUGGCAAAAAGACCUAUCAAAAUUUAUUUGGCAGUAUAAAAAACCAAGAAUUAAACAUAAACUUUUAAUAGAUAAAUAUAGAGGUGGAUUGGCUUUACCUGUUCUAAAUUUGUAUUACGAUUUGGUUUGUUUAAAUUGUCUAAAAGAGUAGAUAUUCUGGCAGGGAAAAGACCUCGAAUUAAACAUCAAAUCUUAAUUGAUAUUAAGGACAGAGGAGGCUUUUCCCUGUCCCAUAAUACAACUUAAGAUUGUAUUAUGAGGAAGCCUGUCUCACCUGGCUAAAGGAGUAGUGCACACUCAAAAACCCGGAAUUGUUAGACCUGGAAUGGUAUAACAACAGGAAUGGCUGGCAUGCCUACCUGGGUUAUGGGAAAGUCAGAGUUCACAGCAACUUUUUGAAUCAUAUCCGAAAAUCCCUCUACAUGGUCUGGGGAAAAUAUAAAGACCUUCUUGAACCAAAAGUGCCUUGGUGGGUCUCACCAAUCGAAGCACUUGCAGUGAGAAGGAAGAACGCAAACGGAAAUUUGCCUGUAUAUAAAUCAUUAUUAAAAGAAGAAGAAAACCAGUUAAAAGUUUAAAAAUUCAAGAAAUAAGAGACCAGGUGUCAGAUUGGUUUCAAUAUUAUCAAUUAUUUGAAACUUUUUAAAAUGAUAAAAGAAAGGAUUUGCGACGGAGAUUCAAAUCCGACCUAGUAAAGACCAAAACCCUUUCUGAAGCAUACCGACUCCUCCUUGGCUGGCAAGUCAAGGAGGAGGUCAAAUCAGCAAUGAUUAAAUGGGCCCAAGACUUUGGCCACAACAUAGAGAUGAGCCAAUGGCAACACCUACGGAAAGUUAAUUGGAAAUUUACGGCAUGUUUUACGUUAAGGGAGACCCUCCAAAAGAUGCUAUAUCGAUGGUAUUUAACCCCCUGUAAACUUUCCAAAAUGUACAAAAAUGUUCCAAAUACAUGCUAGAGAUGUAGAGAACCAGGUGGAACUCCCUUCCACAUGUGGUUAUGUAAAAAGAUUAAGACCUUUUGGAAUGAUAUAUAUAGAGAGAGCUCAAAACAAUGUAAAUUGUAACUUUUCUGAAAAAACCAGAAUAAUUUUUAUUGGGCAUUACAGGUCCAGACAUUGUUAGGACGAUAAGAAGUUUUUCUGUAUGCCAGAAAGUACUGCAAGAGUACUUAUAGCAAAACGUUGGAAGAGUGACAAAAUUGCCACUAAGAAUGGUUACUAAAGCUGGUAGAAUAUGCUGAAUUAGACAGUCUCUCGGAAAAGAUAAAAUAUCAAAGUCAAAACAGGAGUUCAUUUCAAACUGGGAACCUCUAAGGAGAUAUUUAAAGAACAAUUGUUGCAAUCUGAACUCGGUAGCAGCCUUUGCGUAAUCUCUGUGAGUAAUAUAGGUUAAAAGGGAGAAAACAGAUGUAUGAAAUAUGUAUGAAAAUUAUUAUUUCAUGAGUAAUAUAUUGAGACAAUAGGUUUAUUAGAGUGGAAAAACAGGGAAAGGACGGGACGUCAAGCUUAUGUAUUAAAUGUAUUGUAGGAGGACUUAUAUUCUUUCAUUGGAUUUUCAUUUUGACAAAAUUGACAUGUAAAAUAAGGAAGAUAUGUCUUUGAUGUACAGAUGCAAGUAUGAAGAAUAAAGCAUAUAUAUAUAUAUAUAUAUAUAUAUAUAUAUAUAUAUAUAUACCGUAUUUUUCGGACUAUAGGACGCACCGGCCCAUAGGACGCACCUAGUUUUCAGGGGAAGUCAAGGAAAAAAUAUGAUUUCCCCCCCCCAGGACUGGGAGUAGCGCACAGGCUGCGUGCAGCCUGUCCGCUGCUCCCAGACCUUCUCCCUGCUUUUGCGGGAGGUGGCGGAAUUCCCCCACCUCCCGCAAAAGCCCACAGGAGCCCCGCGCGACUCCUGCGGGCUUUUCGACCAGGAGGGAGAAGGGACUGAAACGGCCAGUCAGUCCCUUCUCCCUCCUCGGGAAAAGCCCCAAGAGCGGCGCGCUCUUUAAAGGGUGCGCGGCUCCUGCAGGCUUUUCUAGGAGGUGGGGAAUUCCCCCUCGUAGAAAAGCCAGCAGAGCCGCGGAGCCCCUUUAAAGAGCACGAGGCUUUGCGGGCUUUGCGGGAGGUGGGGAAUUCCCCAUCUCCCCCAAAGCUCGCAGGAGGGAGAAGGGACUGACUCGGCCUGUCAGUCCGUGCUCCCUCCUGGGGUAAACGCCCCCAAGCGCCGCUUGCUCUUAAACGGGUGUGGGGCUCGGGCGGGCUUUUCUUGGCGGUGGGGUAAUCCCCCCACCUCCUAGAAAAGCCGCGGAGCCCCUUUAAAGAGCGCGCGGCUUUUGCCUGCUUUUGCGGGAGGUGGGGGGAAUUCCCCCUUCUCCCGCAAAAGCCCAAAGGAGGGUUGGAGAGUAGCGGGAGGGCGUCGCACGCCUUCCCGCUGCCCCCAAUCCUCUGGGGCUGGCGAUGGGGAGCGCUGCUUCCCACCGCCAGCCUCAGCCGGGUUGGAGGGUAGCGGCAAGGCGUCGCGCGCCUUCCUGCUGCCCCCAUCCUCUGGGGCUGGCGAUGGGGAAGCGCUGCUUUCCCCACCGCCAGCCUCGAAGCCGGGUUGGAGGGUAGCGGCAAGGCGUCGCGCGCCUUCCUGCUGCCCCCCAUCCUCUGGGGCUGGCGAUGGGGGAAGCGCUGCUUUCCCCACCGCCAGCCUCGAAGCCGGGUUGGAGGGUAGCGGCAAGGCGUCGCGCGCCUUCCCGCUGCCCCCCAUCCUCUGGGGCUGGCGAUGGGGGAAGCGCUGCUUUCCCCACCGCCAGCCUCGAAGCCGGGUUGGAGGGUAGCGGCAAGGCGUCGCGCGCCUUCCUGCUGCCCCCAUCCUCUGGGGCUGGCGAUGGGGAAGCGCUGCUUUCCCCACCGCCAGCCUCGAGCCGGGUUGGAGGGUAGCGGCAAGGCGUCGCGCGCCUUCCUGCUGCCCCCAUCCUCUGGGGCUGGCGAUGGGGAAGCGCUGCUUCCCCACCGCCAGCCUCGAGCCGGGUUGGAGGGUAGCGGCAAGGCGUCGCGCGCCUUCCCGCUGCCCCCAUCCUCUGGGGCUGGCGAUGGGGAAGCGCUGCUUUCCCACCGCCAGCCUCGGCCGGGUUGGAGGGUAGCGGCAAGGCGUCGCGCGCCUUCCCGCUGCCCCCAUCCUCUGGGGCUGGCGAUGGGGAAGCGCUGCUUUCCCCACCGCCAGCCUCGGCCGGGUUGGAGGGUAGCGGCAAGGCGUCGCGCGCCUUCCCGCUGCCCCCAUCCUCUGGGGCUGGCGAUGGGGACGCGCAGCUGUCCCCACCGCCAGCCUCGAAGCCGGGUUGGAGGGUAGCGGCAAGGCGUCGCACGCCUUCCCGCUGCCCCCCAUCCUCUGGGGCUGGCGAUGGGGGAAGCGCUGCUUUCCCCACCGCCAGCCUCGAAGCCGGGUUGGAGGGUAGCGGCAAGGCGUCGCGUGCCUUCCCGCUGCCCCCCAUCCUCUGGGGCUGGCGAUGGGGGAAGCGCUGCUUUCCCCACCGCCAGCCUCAAGAGCAGACUCUCCUGGCUUCAGCGGAAGCAACGCGAAGCCUCCGGAGCGCAGGCUUCGGAGGCUUCGCAUUGCUAUCGCUGAAGCCGAGGAGUCUGCAUUCGCUCCAUAGGACGCACACACAUUUCCCCUUCAUUUUUGGAGGGGAAAAGUGCGUCCUAUGGUCCGAAAAAUACGGUAUAUGGAUAUUCUUACAGGAUGGAGAUUUAUUGGAUCUAGAAGGGUUUAAUAACCGCUAUGGGUGGCAUGCGUAUCUAGGAUACGAAAAGGUGAAAGUUCACAGGGGAUUUACCAAUCAUAUCAUAAGAAAAUCGAUAUACAGAGUAUGGGCAAAAUACAAAGAGCUACUAAAACCGAAGACACCCUGGUGGAUUUCACCCUACAAGCGAUAACGGUAAAAAAGAAAAACAAGGAACUAAAUUGGGCUACAUAUAAGGAUUUAUUAAAAGGGGGGGGGGGAUAAGCUGAUAUUAAAGGUUACAAGGAAAUAAGGUGGAUCUAACAGGGUGGAUUCAGUAUCACCAACUAAAUGAAGUGUUCAAGGCAGACAAGAAAAGAGGCUUUAUAAAGGAAAUUUCAUUACUAGAUAAAGAGUUAUUACAAAAUAAGACCAAGGUAACUUCUAAAAUUUAUGAAACGCUACUGGAGUAGGAGGAGAAGGACGAACAGGUAAUGAUUAGAUGGGCUAUAGAUAUAGGUAAAACUAUCGAAUUAUCAUCAUGGGGAAAAUUAUGGAAAGAGAGUUGGAAAUUUAUGGCUUGUGGAGCGAUAAGGGAAAAUUUAAUAAAAAUGUUUUACAGAUGGUAUUUAACACCAACCAAAAUAUGUAAAAGGGACAUGGGUGGCGCUGUGGUCUAAACCACUGAGCCUAGGGCUCCCCGAUCAGAAGGUCGGCGGUUCAAAUCCCCACGACGGGGUGAGCUCCCAUUGCUUAGUCCCAGCUCCUGCCAACCCAGCAGUUUGAAAUCAUGUCAAGGUGCUAGUAGAUAAAUAGGUACUGCUCCAGCGGGAAGGUAAAUGGCAUUUCCGUGUGCUGCUCUAGUUUCGCCAGAAGCAGCUUAGUCAUGCUGGCCACAUGAGCCUGAAAAACUGUCUGUCGACAAAUGUCGGCUCCCUCAGCCAGUAAAGUGAGAUGAGCGCCGCAACCCCAGUUUGCAACUGGACUUAACUGUCAGAGGUCCUUUACCUUUUUUAAAAUAUGUAAAAUGUAUAAAACAAAAUCAAAUCCGUGUUGGAGGUGUAACAAAUACAUAUGUGUUAUACAUAUGUGUUGAACUUGAUAAAAUCAAAGGCUUUUGAGAUAUCACGUACGAAGAGUUAAAGAAAAGGUUUAAACAAAACUUUGUUAAGAAAACAGACGCGUUUUUAUUGGGAAACUAGACACAGAUAUUGCCAGAGAAAAUAAUAAAAUAUUCUUUUAUGCCACGGGAGUGGCAAGAACACUAAUUGCCAAAAAUUGGAAAAAGAAAUAAUCCCAACAAAAAAAGAAUGGCAAGACAAAUUAUAUGAUUAUAUUGAAUUGGCCAGAUUGACAGAGGCAAUUAGGGGUCAAACCAACCCAAGCAAAAAUUCCAAGAAGAAUGAGUAAAAUACAGAGAAUAUCUUAAAAAGCAGUGCCCUCAAAUGAAUACUUGGACUUGUUUUGAUUAACUUCUGCAAAAUAGUUUAUGGUACUUAAGUUAAAAACAGAAAGUAAAAGGGGUAAUAAUGAACUAAAAAGGAGAUGGUUUACCAAAAACAAUAAAAGAACCGUGUUGAGGAUGAAGGAAGUCAAUUGGAAGAAAAAAAGAACUGAAAUACGGUGUGUGUGUGUGUGUGUGUGUGUGUAUGACUAUUUGUUUUGUAUAAGUUUUCAUACGUUAGCAUGUUUUAUUUGUACUUUUUUGUUUUGUGUUGUUUUGUUUUGUUGUUUCUAUUUGUUGUUUGUUUCUCUUUUGAUUCUGUACCUGUAUUAUUAUUUUCAUGCCCAGUUUGACAAGUGUGUGUGUAUGUUGUAAAUAAACUCAAUAAUUAUUAUUUUUUUUAAAAAUGAAACAGAAAGAGAAAGAUCCCUAAAUGUAAAUUGGGAGAAACCUGUGCAGGGGCUCUCUGUAAGGAACAGGGGGAAUACUGCUGAGGUGAAAGAAAAAACCUUUCAUAAACCUUUCAUAAGAAACUGUAAGACCUGAGUGAGAACUACUAUGGCCAAAAUGAAUGCAGAACAAAGUAGCUAUAUUUGGAUUUGUGGGUUUGACCUCAAGCAGUGCUCCUUGGUGUGGUCAUAUGGGUGUUAGAAACAGACAGGAAUGUCCUGCUUUCAGGUGGAAAAGGGGUCUGGUGCCCAUAUUAAUGAUAAAUUAUUUUGUAACAGGAUCUUCCAGAGACAAUCAGACCAGAGGUGUUUUUGGACUCAGAAACAAGUCAUGAAAGAUACAGGUGAGCAAUGUCUCUCUCAGAUCUUGCAGAGCUUUCUCCUUUAAGGGAAAGUUGAUUUUCUUUUUAGGUUUCAGAGAAGUGUUCCGCAGAACACAUUUGGUAUAUGAAGGUCUCACAAUCAUCACAUGUGGUGGUGCUCUCUAAAACGUUCCCAAACUACAUCUGUGUCAGGGACUGGGCAGAGGAGGAGUGGCGGAGACCGCCCCGCCCCCGAACCAUCCAGGGAGGAAGAAGAGGAAGACAGUAUAGAUUUAGAACAGGGGUUUGAGGGAGGUCACAGCUCAGAGUCAGAUGAGAGGGAAAGUUGGGAAAUCAUGGGAGAGCCAGAGCAACGCACAGCGAACACGUUAUCAUUAGAAAGCAUUCCAGACCCUCCAUCUUCCAGACCCAGCGAGCCUUAAAAGUAGGAGAGCAAAGACCCCCCCUAUACUGUCUUCCUCUUCUUCCUCCCUGGAAGUUUUUUUUUGGGGGGGGGCAAGUUUGGAGUGGGGAUUGCUUCCCAUCAAGAAGAUGCAGAGGGUUUCUGGCUCGUGUUCAAUCCACUUCUCUUUCCAUUUUCCCCUUUGUGCCAUUCAGACUAUGCUUCACGGAGGCUGGAUCCUUCCUUUGCUUUUAUACUGAUGUCAUAUUUGAGGUGAAAGGAGCUGUGACCAUCACCUACCACUUUGAUUCGUGGUCUAAGCACCUGGCCGAACAGAACACGGAGGACUGGGUUGUCGCUGGGCCUUUGAUCAACAUUGAAGCAGAUCCAGCAGAGGCUGUGGCAGCUGUUCACUUCCCUCACUUCUUGUGUCUCGCAGGUAUGGCAGGUAAAAAAGCUUGCAACAAAAUAAAUACAGCAGUACCUCACUUUUUGAACGUAAUCUGUUCCGGAAGACCAUUCGAGUUCUGAAACAUUCAAAAACUGAGGUACUCUUUGCAGAUAGGGAAACAAAUAACUUGGACUUCCGGGGUGGCGCCACCGGCAAUGGCGGACUCCCUCUGAACUGGAGGGACUAGCUCUGCGGGAAACGGGUCUUCUCCGCUACGGCGAAGCAGGGACCCUUUUAAAAAUCACAGGCGGAUGAAGCCUGUGACCAUGGGACUCGGCGGGCACCUUUAGGGCCCCCCCCAACUCGCUAAGGAACCCACUAACGGGCUCCGAAGUGAAGAGGGGGAAGUGGCGCGGUGCUGUGAGUCAACUGCUAUUUCCGUGGAGCGAAGCCGCAUAGCCGUUGCCGGAGAGCGCUGCCUUUUCCUGGGACAAUUUGGACUUUAAAAUAAGCACCCGUGAGUACUUAGACUUUGAACAAUUGGACAUCAAAUAAGGACUAGCGAGCAGAAAAGAAUUGGAUCUUAAAAACCUAUUUUAAUUUGGUACGGAACGGGAAGGUCUAAACAGGAAGUCAGCCUUCCGUUCUUUUGUAAACAGAAUAAAGCAAAGACAACUUAAACUAGAGCUCAGAAAAUCGCCUUUAAAGGAUUGGAUUUCAUCAUUUAAAAUUGUGGAACCCCCCUUCGACAGCAGGAGAAGAAGCGGGAUCUUUUUCGGACUGUUUAAAGUGAGUUUAAAGUAAAGUAACUUUCCUCCGUCCUGAUCCUGGAGGGGGGUGUCAGGACUGACGUUUGAAGUUCAUUGACCAAAGACAAGUGUUUUUGACAGAUAGCUAAAAGAAGAGAAACAUAGUGAUUCCACUGUUCCCCUUCGCAUUUUAAAGGAAUAAAUAUUGACAAAGUAUCUCAAAAAGGGAAACUUUGUUGCAAGAACAAAUAGAAGUUUUCCCCCUAGAGGGAGACUGUGAAACUGUAACCAACUCCAGGGAGCCGGCAGCUGUUACAGAUUACAAUCGUGGGAACAGGCAUCUGACCUUGCAGGACAAUGUAUUCAGAAGCUUUGUUGUGUGCUUUCUAUAAAACAAAUGCCCUACUGGAACAGUUACAUGAGAAGGUGAAUUGGAUGGCGACUUCGACUAGAAAUUUUGAACAGACAGUGGGAAAAUAUGUGGAGCCCACUCAGGAAUUAAAUCAGGAGUGUGUCUUGACAGAACAGGCCCAACAGGAAUAUGAGUUUUCAGAUUUGACAAAUGAACUUGGAAAAGCCAGAUUUGGAAAGGAAAAGUUUGGUUUGGCUUGGAAAUGGGGGGCUGGAUUGACCCCCCUAUGCUGGGAUGUUUGGACUUUUCAAAUCUGGCAAUGGGCCGUGAGAUGUUUGGGAUUGUGGGGGCUCUUAAUUUUGGAGGGUCUUUGAAACAUGCUUUUAAAUACUACAUGGAAUUCAGUGUUGAAUAUGGAAAAGGGGCUGAUCUGUCGAGAAGGGCUAAAAACAUUGUCAAGCUGGAGUUACCACGAGCAGGAGACAAGGGAAAAUACAGUUACAAAUAUGAAGAAGAGCUGCGGAAGGGACAUGGAAGAGACUUGAGGGCCUCGGAUAUAAGGUUGCCAGGUUAAUGGGCUAGAUCGACGGGAUAAUAAGGACUGACAAAACACGGAACCAGGAGGAAGGGACGUUGGAUGAAGAUUGGAUCUGUUUGUAUCUCUUUUCUCUACCAUUAGAACUGUUUUAUAAAAUUGAUGAAUGUUAGAAAAAUGUUGGAAUGAAAUUACUUGGCUUUAGCAAAGAUGUUUAAAGAAUUAUGAAAGAAUAUUAUGGUUAUGAGAAGUUGGUAAGGAUAAGAUUUAAGUUUUAAGCUUUAAGGUUUAUUUUAAUAUAGAAAGAUAAGAUUAAAACAGUUUAGGGUAAUGUAAUGACAGAAUAUUAUGAAACAUGGAAAGGAUUUGCUGGGAUAAUUAAUAACUAGGAUACAAAGAAAGGGAGGAGGAGGAGGUCUAAGAAAGAAGGCAAUGACAGUUGAGGAUUUGAAAAUAAUGAAUUUGUUUUUAAAUGUUUUUAAUUGUUUGUGAUGUAUUUUUGUAUUUUUCUUUUUUUCUGUCACUUUUUCUUAUUUUUGAAUUUGUACUCAUAUGGUUGGAAGGGGUUUCUUUUUUUCUUUUUCUACUUUGUUAACUAUUUUUAUUUUGUACUUUCUUUUGCUUCUAUUUUAUUUUGUAACACUUUGAAAAUUUCAAUAAAUAUCUUUAAAAAAAAACAAAAACAAAUAACUUGCACUCAGUGGAAGCUGCGUUUCCUGUUUGACUUUGAAGGCGUAUUCAAAAACCGAAGCAUUUACUUUUGGGUUUAUGCAGUUCGAAAACCAAAAUGUUUGUCAACAGGGAUGUUCAAAAACUGAGGCACCGUAUUUUUCGCUCCAUAACACGCACCGGACCAUAAGACGCACCUAGUUUUUAGAGGAGGAAAAGAAGAAGGAAAAAUAUUCUGAAUGAAACAGUGGAUGUAUGAUUUUUGUGGUUCAUGCUGUGGCCGUAGACAUGUGAUUUGACGGUGAGUUUGGGGUAGCCCAAUGCAAAAAUCCUGAGAAUCCAUGUGGAUCAGUGCUUUUUAACCACGUUUUUGCGCCGCAGGCAACAGUGAGUGUGUGAUUUUUUUUGGUGCAUGCUGUAGCCAUGGACAUGCUAUGUGAUCUGAUUUGACGGUGAGUUUGGGGUAGCCCAAUGCAAAAACCCUGAGGGUGCAUGUGGAUCCGUGUUUUGUAAUCACGUUUUAAGUGGGGCGGGAAGGAAAAACACUGAAGGGACAAGGAGCAUGUGUGGAGUGUGUGGAGAAGGAGCUUUUCAGCGAGCUGAGCCGGGGAGGAAGGAGGGAAAGAGAGCACGCUCGCUUUAAAGCAGCCAACUGGACAGGAGCCGCUUACACCCAUGUAAGCAGCUCCUCUCCUCUCCCACUUUGCUCCUUUAAAGUGAGCGGGCUCUCCUUCUCUCCCUCCUCCCCGGCUCAGCUCGCGACUGGAGCAGGAUCCCCCCGCCAUCUGUAGGCAUUCGCUCCAUAAGACACACAGACAUUUCCACUUACUUUUUAGGAGGAAAAAAGUGUGUCUUAUGAAGUGAAAAAUACGGUACUUUACUGAGCAGGGAGAGGCUGUGGCUGAGAGCAGUCCAGAAUCGGAGGCAGAAGUGGAGGCUGGAGAGGUGGUGGGCCAGGAGACAAAUGUGAGGCAGGCUGCUGAAGAAGCCUGGGGAGUCUCUCCUUCCUGCUGCGACAAGCUCCCUUCCCCACUGGUCUCCCAGAACCAGAAGAGGUACAGUGGCAUGUGGUCAGUGGACUUGGGGGAAGAGGCUAGUUUCCUAAGUGUUCUCCUGGCACCUGCUUCUCAAAGCCUGUGAAGCUUCUGCCUGCCUUAGGGAGAGAGGCACAUUACUCUGAUGUGUGCAAGAGCCUUCCCGUCCCCUUCUCAAAGCCCGCCUAAUGUUGGGAAGAAGGCAGCAGGGCUUCAGCAUCCUUUCAGAGACCUGGUGCCCCUUCCCAAAGCCCAGGAAGCUUCUGCCUGGCUUAGGGAGGGAGGUGCUAUACUCAUGUAUGCAACAUCACAAUGUUUUCACCCCACCCCCCAAAUCGCCUUCACAAGCUGGUGCCUACACCAUAACUGUUACCUACAGAAAAUGUCACCCCGUGCCACUAAAGAGGUAUGAAGAGAGCAGAGCAAAUACAAAUAUGGCGACGGAGUCUCAGAUUGCUUGGGAAGGACCCAGGGGGAAAGGAGCCUUAGGGAACUGCCUAAUGGGGGCUAGAUCUACCAGAAUGAGUUGCUAUGCUCACUAGGCCUGCCUUCUUUCUUUGAAUAAAUAGUUGACUUUACUGACACCAGGUGACAGACGGUCAACAGUUUCCCACUUGUGACACAUUUGUUUGUUUUUCCUUUCUGCUGCUUUCCAGGCAAAAGUGAUUCCCAAGUCCACCUUGCACAUUUUGUGGAAGGGGGGAUGAGUCUAGAGAAGCCAGACAGAGUGAGGCCAUAUCAUGUUGUGUUGGAAAACCCAAACUUCUCUCCCGUGGAGCCAUUUUGAGGACGUCAUGGUCAUUGUUUAAGCGAAAGAGGAAGGUCCACACUGUGGCACUGCUCUAUCAAAAGCUUCAAUUCAGCUCACCAAAAUUCCACCUGUAUCUCCUACCCAAUGACUCUUCUCUGAGAAAGGUAAUCGGGAUUCUCCAACUCUGAUUGGUAUUCCAGACAGCCUGGAUCAUUUGCCUGACCAUAGUAAGCCUGACAGAGUAGCUAUGCAAAAUCAUGCAGCAGAGUGUGACAUGGUUCAUGAACUGUAUCUCCCGUUGUUGGGCUUGAGCUAAUUUACCAAACAGCUAGCCAACAUCAACUUGCUGCUGGAGAGAUGAUUUGCAGUUGCUCUUCAACUGAGUUAUUUUGGUUGCCACCAGUAGUGGUUUUUAAAAGUGAGCUUUCCAACACUGUAAUAAGCAUUUUUCAUUUGCUGGGCAACCUCUUUUCCAAAUGCCCUGCUUGGUUCCAUAGACAGCAUGGUUAGUCAAUUAUGCGAACAAAAUAUGUUUACUUUAUAGUUCUAAGUACACUCAGCCUUCUCUGAAAUCAGUGGCGCUACCUUCAAAGUAAAUGCAUUUAGUGAUGAGCAAAUUCUCCUUGCUUCGUUGAGUAGUUACAGGCUUUCUGCAAGAACAUUGUUUCUGGUGUGUGAGGCUGGCACAUGAGAGAUAAAUGCCUUUGCAAUGUCAGCUGCUCCCCAUGCAGUCUGAAAAUUGCCUGUCCAUAUUUUGGUUUCUGAUGAGAUUUAGUUUUCUUUAUAUUGAAGAUGGAGAAUCUGUGUCUCUGCAGAUGCUCUUGGACUACAAAACCCAUCAUUCCUGACCCACACUGGCUGUGGCUGAUAGGAAUCCAAUGACAUCUGGAAGGUUGCAGCUUCCCCAUCCCUGCCUUGCAUGCUGCAACAAAGCCAAGAAAGGGGUAGGGAUCCAGUAUUCCAGAAGUUGGUUACCUUUCUUGCAUAUCUCAAAAGUGACCUUUGCUUUUCCUAGGCGGUUCAUGAGCACGAAGCACAAUGCCCUUCACAAAGAAUAGACAAACCCCCUUGGACCCUGAAACCUUUGACAAUUGGCUGUCGCUUCUUUGUGGAGACAAAUGAUGUCAGAGUCUGUCCCAAGGUGAGACGCAAAGAUGAUGAAAGGCUUUGCUAGGGCAGAGCCAUGGCUGUGAAGUAUGAGAACGGGAGGGACUCCACCAGGAUCCCUCAUCAUGCUUUAAUUUGACUCCCUUGGACUGGUCGAUUGGGCUAAGCCUUGUUUGCACAUAAGGAGGUUUUAUGCUUCCCCACAGGAAGUGGAGUUUCAAUAUCUGGAUGCUGACAAGCUGCAGCAGUAUGUGGAACUGUUUGCUCAGCAAAUGCAAGACAUGUUCAACUUCAGUGUGAUGGAGAAGCCCAAGAAUGAACUCAUCUGGGAGGCCCUUGUGACACAAGGUGAGCUUAGUUGGAAGAAAAUUGGAAGGUUGGACCAUAAUUUGGGAGGCAGGAUGAUAAAGGACAUUGCAGUCACAUUCCCUCUUUGACUGCCUCUUUCCUGUUCUCUUUCAGAAGAGUUAAAGUCUCCUGAGAUGACGUCUUCUCCUUCAAGCUCAGAGCAAGGUCUGCAGGUUUUAAUUGCUUAUUUCCUCGUAGUUAAAUCCCACCUUCCAAUGGCAGCACAGAGUGGCUGGUGAUACAGUACCAUAGAAAAGUUACUUUUGUAAUGUUAGGGAAUCGCCUUCCGGUGCAGGUUCCCCAUUGCUUUAUAGUCUCCUUUGGUGCCAGAUGAAGUUCUUUCCACGCAGCUAAAUUUUGUAGAAACAGCUUUGCCUUUCAUUCAGCACACCCAGUGUGCUAAUGGAAUCCAGUGCAAAUGCUCAAGAUACUGCAAUUGGGCUUUCCUCCCUUCACCCACCACUUCCCUCAAAUGCACUUUGGAGGGUCAAGGAGAACCUCCAGAACAGCCGGAAAGGGUGCGGUGUGUGUACUUGGCUGUUGGGGAGGGAUAGCUCUGUCUGGCAAGCAGGAAAGGUCACAGAGGGUGACAUUUAAUUUCUCCCUGUAUGUGUUACCGCCUGGACUUCUCAGUUUUCAGCUGAAUGUCAGUUGUUAAAAUAUCAUUUUUCAUACGAUACGAUAAUCUUUAUUGUCAUUGUCCCAUACAGAACAACCAAAUUGAAAAAAUCUACAUCAGACAUUCAAAAACUAACAAGCCUGCUAUCCCAGCUAUCCCAGCCUGGUUAACCCCCUAAAAACUCUGAUACCCCAUAAUUAAAUACAAUAUACUCCCAUAGAGACUACCUUACACUGCGUUUAAAACCAAAAUUGCAUUUGGAUAGAAACUGUUUCUCAGGUGGCUAGAUCUAGUCUUUAUAACUGUACCUUAUUCCAGAAGGCAGAAGCUGAAAGAGAUCAUUUCCGGGGUGCGCACUAUCCUGCACUAUCUCUGCAGCUUUCUUAUGACACCUGGAAGCAUAGAUUUGAUCCAAGGUGGGAAGAGUGCACCCAAUUAUUCUCUCUGCAGUCUUUACAACCCUGGACAGCAUUGUUUUUCCCCUGACCAUGCAGCUCCCAAAUCACACACACAGACCAUAAGUUAAUACACUCUCAACAGCACAAUGGUAAAAUGCCAUCAACAGGUCCUUUGAGAGAUUAUUUUUCCAGAGGAUUCUCAGAAAAUAUAACCUCUGCUGUGCUCUCUUCAUCAGGUCUUUACUGUUUUCUCCCCAGGUUAGGUCAUCUCUCAACUCCAUUCCCAGAAAUCAGAACACUGAGUCCUGUUCCACACACUUCCCCUCAGUAAUUAGUGGCUGAAUAUUCCAUUUCCAUUUCCUAAAGUCCACAAUGAUCUCUUUUGUUUUCUUUAAGUUAAGGAGUAAGUUGUUUUUCCUGCACCACUCCCCCAACUGCUCAACUUCCUUCCUAUAGGCCAUCUCCCCCUCUCCAGCCAUGUAAUUUCAGUACAGGGGACAGAGAGUGACUGGUUCCUUAAGAAAUACAUUUGUUAGACUAUUAGGACUGUCUUAUUUGAUUAGUCAUAGUUUGGGCCAGGAAACCAUAGUUUGCUUGUAUCACCACACCAUACUUUUUAAAAAGCCCUCUUACACCAUUUCAGCGGUGGUGGGGAAUCCUGGGAGCUUUAAUUUGCUAAGCAUCUCCUAAAGCACAAUUCAAAGUGUUGAUGUUGACCUUUAAAGCCCUAAACGGCCUCGGCCCAGUAUACCUGAAGGAGCAUCUCCACCCCCAUCAUUCUGCCCAGACACUGAGGUCUAGCACAGAGGGCCUUCUGGCAGUUCCCUCACUGCGAGAAGCAAAGCUACAGGGAACCAGGCAGAGGGCCUUCUCAAUAGUGGGGCCCGCCCUGUGGAACGCCCUCCCAUCAGAUGUCAAAGAGAUAAACAACUACCUGACAUUUAGAAGACACCUGUUCAGGGAUGUUUUCAAUGUGUGACAUUUUAAUGUAUUUUUAAUCUCUGUUGGAAGCCGCUGAGAGUGGCUAUUUAUUAUUAAAAAUAAUAAAUUAUUAUUAUUAUUACUAACAACCCCCAGCACCCUCACUAUCACCCACACAGUAGCCAUCACAUUUUUUCUAAAUAGAGGGUUUCCUGCUGUGCCAGGCACACUUUCUCUGGGUUUUGUUUUUUCUUAAAAAGAAAUAAUUCAGUCCAGCCCAGCAAUUGUCAAGACUGCAACCUUGCAAACUGAGCACAUUGGGAAUGCUUCUGGUUUCCUGACUUUCUUUCCCUGCUCCCAUUUGCUUGUUGGUAGUGAACUCAAUCAACACACUUGUUCAUGAUGCAAAAUGCUGGAGAGAUUUGAAAAUCCUGGGUUCACGCCCAGUGAUUAUGAUUUUCCCAUAGUCCCUGCAUGUUUCAUAAACACACCUUCUCUCUCGUUUUUCCAGGUGCUUAUUGCUUCACUAUGUCCCAUGCUGCAUCAGGACACAGUGUGGAAAGCAGGUAGGGCUUAACUGUUCCUCAGGAAAGGCCAGUCCUGCUAUUAGGGACAAUGAAGCAGCUGCCACAGGCAGGCAGCAGAUAUUGAAGGGGUGGUGCUGUUUAUGCAUUGACUGCACUGCGGUCUCUGGAGGGGCAGAAACAUACAAACGUGCAAAUUUUACAGAAGCUAAACUGGGUCACUCUACCUAUCAGUUGCAUAGAAGGUUCCCUCCAGGGAAGAGAGACACGGCUGCUUUUUCUUAUUCCAUGGCCAAGAGAUUAUAAGCCUCAUGCACAAUUUGGAAUGGGGCAGUGGAAGAGGGGGAGACAUAAUUCUUUCGGACAGAGGCAGCUAAUCUUUUUGGCCUGAGGAUGGUCAGAUACCUCUUUGAGGGUCACAGGCCACUGGUGGGCAUGGCCAAUGUAUGUGCACACAACACACAAAGAUCACACACACAAAUACUGCACAUGCAUUGCACAGAAGCACACCUAUGGAGCAUGCAGGCUCACCAGGCAUAAGGCACAAAACUCAGACACGCAGUGUCACAUAAAUCUCCACCUCACACAUACACACAAACUCUUCCUCGUACAAAACCCUACACUGAGGUCCAGCGCCGAGGGCCUUCUGGCAGUUCCCUCCCUGUGAGAAAUGAGGUCACAGGGAACCAGGCAGAGGGCCCUCUCAGUAGUGGUGCCGGUCCUGUGGAAUGCCCUCCCAUCAGAUGUGAAGGAAAUAAAGAACUAUCUGACUUUUAGAAGACAUCUGAAAGCAGCCCUGUUUAGGGAAUUUUUUAGGGUUUGAAUUUUUAUUCUGUUCUUAGAGUUCUGUUGAGAGCUGCCUAGAGUGGUUGGGGAAACCCAGCCAGAUGGGCGGGGUAUAAAAUUACUACUACUACUACUACUACUACUACUACUACUCUGUGUGAGAUCAGGAUGCCAAAAUGGUAGACUUACCCCAUUAUACUCAGGGAUUAUGGCACACUUUUCAGGAGGUCCGUUGUGAAAUUGAGUCUUUAUUCUGGCAGCAACUGCCCUUUAGAACUGCCUCCUGUUAUGCAUCAGUUAAGCGCUGUCUCUAUGCUCCUUUUGAAGACCUUGUUUUUUCAACUGAUGGAGAUCUUUAUCCCCCAGUCGGCAGCAGUAUUGGAUCUGGAAUGGUUUUAUAUUUUGGUAAGUAAAUUCAGCAGCUUCGUAGGAAGCAAUUCAUUAACUGAAAUGGAAAUGGAAUGAAAAACUCUCUCACACAGCACACAGGACUAAGCACCCCGAAGUGGACAGAUGCUGCCUGUUAAUCUUUAAAGAGCAGGAGGAGGGAGUUUAGCUGCCACCUCAGCAUUGUGAUGCUUGGCCCUUAUUGCUGAUAAAUUUAAGCACCACGGCAACCUGCAUUUCUUUCCGCUCCCUCUGUGCCAAUCCCAGGCAUGGAAGUUGGCAGCACUUACAGAUGGUGUGGCUCCUUCCCAGGUCCCUUUGCUGAGUGUCUCUUGUUUUGUGCCUGCUUUUCCCUGCCUCUGGGGUGAAAAUGCAGAGUGAUGAAGAAGACCACCAGAGACCACCUGGUGUCCAUCCUGGAGAACCUGAGGGAGGAUGAUCUCAACAGGUUCAAGUUCAAGCUGAACGAGAUCCCUGUCAGUGAGGGCCAUGACAACAUUCCCCUGGGGCGGCUGAAGAAGGCAGAUGUCAUGGACCUGAGCCAACUCCUCCUGAGUUUCUACACGGAGGAUUAUGCUGUGCAGGUGACAGCUGAUGUCCUCGGAGCUAUCAACUGCAGGGAUGAGGCACAGAGACUUCUCAGCCUCACCAGGAAGAGGUAAGAAAGAAGGAGGGCCAGCUCAUGAAACUGGCUGGGAGGGAAGGCAUAUGGAGGGCCAGUCGCCCCUGGCGCCCCACCCACUGUGAGGUGAGAGUGAUGGAUUCUGAUCCUGUCUCCAUGGGGGAGAAAGGAGGAAAGUCUUAUAUCACAGCCAGCCAAUCUAGUGCCCAUCAGCUCUUCGUUUAUUUUACUUACCGGUAUUUCACAGAUUGGCAUAUCUUUUAGCUGUAAACACCUCUAGGCAGUUUAUAUGUUGUUGGUUUUUUAUAUAUAAAGGUCAGAAGUUAACAAUGAGUUGAGUUUAAAAAAUUCAAAAUGUAAAAAACAUCAGCCAUUAAAGAUAUACACUUUAUAAAAUAAAAUGAUGUACAGGCAACUCCCCUCUUGCACGUGAACUAUUUGUGUGCAGCCGCAUGUAUGUAUAGUGCCAGGAACCUGGAAAUGGAGGGGGAAGUGGGAAAGUCAUUGUGGCUCAUGAGGAGAACCUUCCCAGAGCCCAAAGAGGAGGCUGAGGAGGUCAAAGGCUCAGUGGGGCUUUGUUUUGGCUGUGAAGUCUCCCUUCUUUCUUCUCCUGGCAGUAUUUAAUUGCUGUACUUCCAUAUAAACUUAUUCAUUCUCUCUCCCUCUCUCUCCUAGGAACUAG